AGUUUCCGUCCAAUGAAAUAUGAGAAUACGGAAGUCCUCAGUCAGGUUGUCGGGGUGUGUCGGGGUGUAAAUAAUAAGACCAUGGUUCCUGCUGAAGUCCUCUUCUGAAGGAGGAAACUGCCGAAGAUCACUAAACGACCGACUGUCUGUAAGUUUUCCCGUAAGCGGUUAUGAGAUGUCGGUGUCUGCUUUAUUUAUAGCCGAUUAACAGCAGAAUUGAACAAGUGUUAAUCUCUUUUAUUCUCUGAUCAGGUGAAAUAGGACAGAAGUUUUACUGCUAGUGAAUAAUCAGGCUGAUGGCCAUCUCAUUUGGUUCAUUCUGGGGAAAUGUAUACAGAGUAUAACGGUAUAUAUUCAUUAUGAUAAUAUAUAAUCAUUAUAAUAUAUAGUUGUAAUCAUUUUAAUCUAAAAUUUGGUAAUUUUUUUCAAUAAUGUUUGGUCCAUGGAAAGUCAGAUAUUUAGUGAAUGAGCCUUUGGGUGUGGUUUAAUGACUUUGAUGCAAAGUUAUAUGUGAAAAUAAUAAAAUUGAAAACAAAUCCUUUUAGAUCUAUUCAUUGUUAGCCAAACUAAGUGAGUACUGGGUCCAAUUUAACUGGAAAUGAUCAAAAAUGCCAAAUCAAUCAGGUGUUUUUAGAUCGACACAAUCAUUUUAAAUCUAAAUUAGGUCAGUUUGUAAGUAAAGGUUUGCCAAUGUAAAGUUAGACAGUAUAAGUGAUUGUGCAGCUUGUUAAAAUAAUGUUAAAUUCACAUACAGACCAGGGACGGUAAAACAGGGACAGUAUUUUGACGAGUAGUGAUAUUUUCUCUUGUUUUUAUUUGUAGAAUAAUUGAAUCAAAAUUUGCAACUGAGGUGUUUUAUUCUUCCAUGACUAUUUUAGGAUUUAAAAGUCAAUAAUUCUGACUUAUGGUAAGUCAGAAACUUUGGGAAUGACUCAGCAGGUAAAAAUAAAGAAAUGAAGGUACACCUUUUUUGCUGGCUAAGCAGUCAAAAUCAAUAGAACUUAAGGUAGGAUUAAGGACUGUUAACUUUGUGUCAGGCCUCCCUGAACUAGGCAAGAUGUGUCAAGAUGAAAAGUGUUCAUAGAUUUCUUAAUGCUAAUUCUGUUUUCCUGUGAUCAGGUGCUUUCUUUAAACCUCUUAUUUUUUCAUUUCCUUGAGAUAUUAAGUCCAGUUCGAACAGAGUAAUGGAACAAUUUGUCUUUGUUUGUCAUCAAAUUUAAAGUGCUUUACAAAUCAAAAUGAGAUAAAAGAAAUGCUAAGAGAACAAAAGAGUAUUGUGAGAAGUAAUAUGAGAUUUUAAAGUUUAAACAAAACUCAACAAAAGAGACAAAGGGGAAUUAAGAAACAAACAAAUAUAUAGAACGAACUAAGAAACAUAUUAAUGCCAGAAAUGAGAAAGAAACAAAGUCAAAGUAAAGACUUGUGCCGUUAAAACCAUAGACCAUAAAACAACUUUAAAAGUAACCAUAAACAAAAGGAAAUUAAACAAUGUUGAAAACAGUAAAAAUGUCAACAAUUAGGGAAAAAAAUACAUAAUUCUGCUGGUGAUGCUGCCUGAUAUUGGAAUAACAGCAGCAUCUAAAGGAUUAAACAUCUUUAGUUAAAGUAUUUCUAUCCACAAAGCAUUUGGAAAUAACUUACUGAUAAAUUAAUUUAUAAAAUGUAUUAAAUGAUGUCAGCUUGACAAGAAGAGGAAAUGUAAUCUUUAUUGUAGGUUUAUGAUAUUAUUUCAACUUGCUUCCCCUUCUUUUCUUUGCAGUCAUAAUGGCAACACCAACCCCUCUGUGCAAGGCCAACACCGCCUUCUCUCUGGCUCUGUUCAAACAACUGAGUGAUAAUGACAAGACGGGGAAUAUCUUCUACUCUCCUUUCAGCGUCUCCUCAGCUCUGGCCAUGGUGAUGCUAGGAGCCAGAAGCAAUACUGCUGCACAGAUGUCAGAGGUACAAAAUACUCAAGUUUACUCUCACACUAACUCUGGUUUAGUGUGGUUUGCUGAUUUGUUUAUUACUGUAAUAAAUUCAGCUCCUCUCUGUGAUAGCUUAAGCAACAGGAAACACAGCUGUGGAUUAUGAAUUACCAGGUUUUCCAUUCAGCGUCAGCAGCAAAGACAAAGAUUUGCUCAGACUCUGACUCAGGUUAUGGGGGCAGCUCUGCUGUGUUGCUAUGGUAACACAGUACAUAACAUGAAGGAGUGGAAAAGUUAUGAAGCUAAGGGUUAAGUAAUCAGUACAUCUUAUCAGAGCAGCAGCACAAAUCUGUGUCAUCAGUUAGUAACUCCUCCGAGGUGAGUCACUAAAAGAGCAUUAAUAAAGAGCUCACUUAGUCUAUCACACUGUGGCGCCCAGCACCUGCAGGUUUCCACCGAAUCCAUACCACUCAUUUAUCCUUCCAGACCUGUGCCGUUUUUCACACCCACAAACUCCAAAUUAUCCAAUCACAGCAUGCCACUGCACCCGGUCCAUUUGAAUUAAGGCUGCACGAUAUUGGAAAAAACUAACAUUGCGAUUUUUUUCAACCCUGCGAUAUAUAUUGCGAUAUUAAAAAAUACAGGAAUUUUCACCAGAUGACCUGAAUAGCACUUCAUGUUAUGCUGCACUGCUGAAAUCUUGAGGACAGUUAACCUGCACUGAUCUUAACUCUUUUUGUGAAUGUUUGUAGAGUGACUUCUGUCUGUCUCAGAGAUAUUUUUAGCUUUUAUUGUGCUGGGACGUUGUUGUGGAAACAGAUCAACACAGAACACGUAUUUUAGUCGACGUCAUCCAUCUUGUAACCAAAAUAAUUCCAGAUAAGUGACUUUCCUUUUCUUUUUGGCAACAAAUCUUCAUCUUCGGUGGUUUUCUCUGUUUGUUGCUCAGUUUGCAGUCGUUGUUGUUGUUACCGGUGUUCUGCCGAUGAAAUGCGUGUCCUCCGAGAAUUGUAUGCACCUCACAAAACGCGCACUGCUUAUAGUAGAGUGGUCCACGGAAAUGUACAAUUUUAAACCCAUACAGUUCUUAUUUGUUGGGCUGAACGGUGAUGAAGAAUGUUCCGAAAGUAAUUCCUAGCGGACACGCGUUUCUCGGCUCAACUCCGGUAGCUCAAGCGACUCACUCCAUGUGCAGAACAUGUGCAGGGGUGGGUUUCCUCCUCUCUGAUUUUGAUUGACAGCUGGCAGGGUAGUCUGAUUGGCAACUGAGAACUGAGUCUGAUUGGCAACUGAGUAAAGAACGAAGGUGAUUGGUGGAUCGCUGCUCAAACGAUAUAUCGUGCAGGCCUAAUUUGAAUUACUUUUUGGUUUGGAAAAAGCAGAACAUUGGGUGGGGCACAACAACCACAUGCUGGCUGACUACAUACUUACUGACUGACUGUACCGUAGGUACAAGACGACGUUCAAAAUAUGUUUUGUCUUGUGUUUUAAGUAUGCAUGUUUGUCUCUUGCCAAUUACAAAAAUGCUAAUGCUACUAUUUUGUACAUUCUCUGCUACUGUAGAGACCUGCUGGCAGUACAAAAUGUGACCUCUGAAGAAGGGGACCUGCUCCUUUGUAUAUUUAAUAAAAUUCACUCUUGUAUCUAACAUUGAUUUUAAUUCAUAGAGUCAUCAGUGGAAGCAGAGCAGCCUGUUUGCUCUGCAGGCGGAGCAGGAAUGUGGAUGGACGUAAAAGUGUUGUAAAGCACAACUUUGUAGAUGAUUGCUUAAGAAGCACCACACCCACAUAAUUCAGACUGUCAGUCAGUGAGGAGUGUGUGUGAGGGGUGUGAGAGUAUGUGGGAGAGUUGGUGUCUUAAACCAAACCCCCUGUUUCUGAGGAAAGUGUUGCUGUCCUAAAUAAUGAUAAAGUUGUGUAAAAGGUGGAUUGACAGGAGAUAAUUUACAACAUGCUAUAACAACAGAUAACAUUAUGUAACAUGUGCUGACUGAUCCUUAGACAAACCAGUGUAGAAAAAAAAUGUGUGUCUUUGUUUUGCAAAAGUUUUAUUCAGUCAACUGUUGCAGCAUGUUUGUAGAUUACUGGAUUAUUUAUUUUCUGAUGAAAUUUAAGGCAAAUCACUGCUUGAUAUUUACAUUUUAUGAUAUAAUAGUAGAAAUAUCAUCAAAACAGAGAAAACAACUAUCAAAACAUAAAGAUAUUUAAACAUCAGAAACAUACAAUCCACACAAUCUAUUUGAGUAAUAAGAGAAUAUAGUAUUAUGAUGAGUCAUGACACUGUCAUCAAAUUUUUCACCUAAUGGUCCAAAAAUCAGAAACACAGCUGUGUUAAUCUGUAUUUUCCUACAAUAAUACACUACAUAUUAUACACAAUAUAAUUUGGAAAUAUUAGCAAGCAGGGUUGUCAAACUGUUCAUUUUUAUUAAAUUGCAAUUAACCACGUUUUCAAUCACGCAUAAAAUCAGUGAUCUUAAGUAUUCUGAUUUAGGGAAUAAUUUAAUGUCAUGGAUUUGUACCUAAAACUUUUAGAUUUUUUACUCAAAUAAAUACUGCACCAGCGGGUCUAAAAUUAUGACUUGGGAAGGAGGCAACUUCAUAGUGAUUAUUACAACAACAGGGUUUAUUCUUAUCGUUUAAAGGACAAAAAUUUUACCUUAAGUAUGAAAAUUAAUAAGUAUGAAAUACUUACGAAAUAAGUAUGAAAUUAAUAAGCUACACAGAGUCUAAUUGGUUCAAAUUUAACUGUGAGAAAAAGCUGUUUUGAUUGAUUUUGAUUUUGAUUGCAAACAACUAAUGUGUGAAGCAUAUGGGAUAGUAGAUAGGUGAAAAAAAUAUGAAUAAAAGCAAACACACAUUCUUUUAAAGUUUGCUUUUACUGCAUAUUUCUUCAUAUUGUUACUGCAGCAUCAAUAGAAACAGUGCAGACCUUACAAUCAAGAAUUUGAGGUUUGUAAGUAACAAAUACUGUCAUGACAAAGAAGUGGUUAUUUUCUCUCUCUGUCAUGUUGGCUCUGUGCCAGCUGGUAAACCUUUAUAUAACUGCUGUUAUCUACAGGUCAAAGUUCAUGUCUUUUCCCAAUAACUCAGGAGCUUGCAGAAACUGUGGUGAGUAAAUUAUGGUUACAUAGUUGGGUGUGGUCACUUACACCUGCAGCGUUAUGGAUAAAGAUCUUGUGUAAUUUUUCUGGCCAAAAAAACAUGAUGAAAGGUCCAUGAUUUAUUUUUCAAUGCAACAAAAGCCGCAGAGAUGCAUAGUAGAGUGAAACUAUGAGGCUGGCUAAAAACACGGAUAAUAAAUGUGAUAAAAUAUUUUUUAUGAAAACUGAGCAAAAACACGAAUAAACAAUAGGUCUGACAAACACAAUUAUUGCAUAUUUUUGAUGGGUACACUCUGUAUUUCUGGAAUAGCUUUUGCGAUAGGUUAGUGCAAUGCCAGCAUUAUUUUCUUUUAGGCCUGCAAACAUCAACUCAUUCCAAGCAUCACUAUGUCGAUUUCAUGGUCUUUUAACAGUCACCAUUGCACCCCCAGGUCCUCUGCUUUACUGAGGCAGAGAAGCCUCAGCAUGCAGCACAGCAGCAGAUGAUGCAGAUGCAGCAGCAGGUCCGAAUGACUCUGCCAGAGCACCUGCUGAAGGUUGAGUGCUGCAGAGAUUAACUAACACAGGGUGGUUUUACUAACUCUCUCCUGGUGGAUUCGUCUGGUGAGGGGAACUUUGGAGAACAAGGGUUCUGGAGAUCCUCAUGCUUGUUUUUUUUUAAUGCUUUGGUGCCUGAUACCAAAUGUGAGGCUGUCUGUAACUGGAUUUAAAGGAAAACCAUCAGUUGAAAAAUGCAAAAAAGUUAAGCUUUUACCAAAACUGUGUUAAUGCACAGUAUGCAGGAGCAUAGUUCAGUUGGUUUCUGACUGGUCGUUGUUUAUCUCUUUGAAGCAGCAGCUGAACUCCACAGCAUGUCUAAAUGUAUGAUGAUAAAACAUACUAAACUGUUUCCUCUGCUACUCACAAAAACAAGUUUUCUAUUGAGAUAAAACCAAAUUCGGCAGACGUCAUGGUGACUGGUGGUUUAGGUCUUACUGAUUUGGUUGCUUAUUGUCAAAAACAUCACAUCCUGAUCUCUUAGCAAAAAUUUGGACCCUUUUUAUCACAAUAACAAAAAACUAACAGCUUGGUGGAGGGUGAACUUUGUCCUUAUGGGAAUGUUUCUAGAAAGCUUUGGCAGGGAGAUCAUGAGGACAAAAAUCUUUCUUUGUUUUCUUGUUUUUUCUUUUUCUUGUUUUUUUUUUUAACUGGUUUGGAUAUUUUGUAUUGGUUGUAAAUAUAAAAUGUAUUUAAUUCAUAAACUUUAACAUUAUGUGGUUUUAAAAGUCAAAGUUUUUCAUUUUCAGGCAGAUCAUUAUGGGUCUGUCUGGCUGUUGUGUUUCCAGUGUUAUCAUGGAGGGCAAAUGUGACAAUCAGAAUCAGGAAUCAGUCCUUGUUUAUUUGCACUAACAUUUCAGAAAUUAUCUUCACAGAUGGAAACCUUUUUGUCAGAGAAAAAGAUGCUUUGGUUUAGCAAAGAUGAACAGCUCCUUUUUAUCUGUAUUUUACCAAAUAAUAACCUACUGAGAUCAAGAUCACUUUCACUGGUGUGACCUGGUUAAGAGGUCAGCAGCACACGCCAUAAUUAUUACAUCAUCAAGAGACAGAUCGCAGACAACAAGUUAAAGGGAUAUCACGGCGUAAAAUUGACUUAGGAUCAAACACACCAUAACACCAAGUUAGACACCCCCUCGAGAAAUGAAUGUUGCUGACAGCUUGCUUCUAUAGAUAUACCAGCUUUAGUAAUGACAGCAUGAUAGCAAUACACAGCGGUCUAAGUUGCUAAGCAUAAACAUCAACCAAAAAGCCACUCUAUAGUCACAAAUAAUGCUCAGAGCAGCAACUAACUUUAGCAACAGUGCAUAUAGGGUCCCACCAAACUUUUUUGCGGCUUUGCCUGUUUCCUUUGGCAAAGAGACUAAACACAACUGACCUCUUCCAGCAGCCUCUUGUUUGUAUGAAGACCUCGGAUGAGUCCAUUACUGACUGCAGUAGGUGACGCAGCUCAAGGAAGAACAUUUAUGAUCAUUGCUUUAUCAUUUCCCUGAAGUAAUAAUCGCUGUAUUAAUCAUUUUGCAUUUCUUCAUGGAAAUGCAAUCAGACAAAGACACCAAGACAGAAUAACUACCGCGUCUGCAGUGCAAAAUGAUUAAUAUGGUGAUUAUUACUUCAAGGAAAUGAAGAGUUACUUUUUCAGUUGCAGGUUCAAUGUUUUUAGAUUAGGAUCUUAUUCUUUCACAUUCAAAUCAUGUUUUCAGUUGUUGUUUUUUUCACCUUCAAAACUUUUUUCACUCUCAUAUCGUAUUUUUUAAGUUUCAAACUUGUGGCCCUAUUCUGUCAUGGGGGGCGUGGGAUUGUUAGUGGCAGCAUUGCAAAGAAAGCUCAUGGUCUUCCCUGAUUAUGUUGCCUUCAAGAGAUGUGGGUACUUUCGAAGAUAUGAUUGAACACUUUCUAUAUACUGUACUCACCUGGUAGCUGUAGGCGCAAGGUUACCAUGAACUAUUUUUAUGCUUUUAGCUGCUGUUAAUGAUGUUGUAGUUAGUGUUAAGCUCAAACUUCAGUCCUUGGUUGGCCUUCUCCUGUUGGAGAAAGUUGAUAACAGUUGAUAAAAAACUUUUAUACAUUUAUUUUCAUCAACAAUACAGUGUUUUUAAAUUUCUUAAGAAUCAAGAUCUAACCUUGAACUUUCCGUUUAAAUGUUAAUUUUUUAAAUUCCUUUUUUUUUUUUUUUUCAAAUUAAUAAACCUUUUGGCCUGGAUUUAUCUCCAUAGCAUUCUGUGGCUCACAUGAUUUCUGUGACUGGACAACCUACUCUACCGCUGAGCUCAAACUCCCAGCUUUGUGACAUUGCUUUGUGUAUUUUAUUCUAAUUCAGUUAAAAUUAAGGAAGUCCUAAUACUAAUGUGGUAAUUAUAACUUCAAGGAAAUGAUAAAGUUAUGAUCAUAAAUGUUCGUACUUGAGCUGCGUCACCCCGCUGUAGUCGGAGAUGGACUCGUUCGAGUUGAUGCUGAGGGAGCAGAAAAACUGAAUGCUGUCUUCCCAAACUUCCCUAUUGUAUCGAUUUAUCUAAAGCUGCAGACUCCUCUGACAAAGACUUGUUGAUUUUGCAGAACAUGGGAGUUUCUAGGCUUUCUUCGCCUAAGUCAGAUAUUUUUCUGUAAUGUAUGUUACACUGGAAGCACAGAGCUAGGUAAGACAGUUCCAGGUUUGAAUCUGGGCCUUUACAUGUUCUGGGUGUUUUUUUUUUGUUUGUUUGUUUUUUCCCAGGUACGCUGACUUUCUUUCAGAGUCCACAUGCUCUUAAGGUCAACUGUGAUAAAUUUUCUGCAGGAAAAAGUGACUGUAGCCAGUCCUUGGUCUCUGUAUAUCAGCCCUGUGACAGGCUGAUGGCUUGUCCAGGGUGUACCCUACUUCUCGCUCAAUGAGACCAUGCAAUAACUCUCAAUUGGAUAAGGAGUGUCUAUUAAAGAGGGAUGGUACAUGUGCUACAAAUGUGACUUUGUUUAAUAUUAACCAUUCAAUGAACCAAAGCCACAGAUUUACAGAAAUCAAAUAAACAAUCCUGGAACUAAAAAGACUGUUUGUCAGUGGAGUCUGCUGCCUUUGAAUGGAGAUACUAAAUUGCUGAAUCUAGCACUUCACAAAAGUUUCUUACUUCAAGGAAUCUGAGUGGCAAAACCAAAAAGAGUUACUGGAUACACCUGACCACAAAUAUAACACAUUUCAGCCUGUGGUGGCAACUUCUAACAGUAAAGCUCUUUUGCCAGUUCUGUUGGAUGUUAGGCCUCAAACUCUUGCUUUCCAAAAAAAUCAAACUUGCAAAUACUCUGAAUGGUAAGAUUUAUUUAGAAUAAUCAGCAAUUAUCAAAUGAAAAGCUCCUCUAUAGUCACAAUAGGCUUGUUUAGUAAAUAAAAACACCUCAAACAGCCGAGGAGUAUAAAAGCUAUGGUCAGAGAAUCUGUUCCCGCUAAGCACAAAGUCCUUAUACCAACCCACAGCUGCAGGACAAAUUAAAAGCUCAGGAACUCUGACCAGCCACGGAAACACAGGUGACAUUGAUAUGAGAAAUGUAAGUGAAUUCUACAACUCUAUAGCAGCGAGUGAGGAACUUCUACCCACAAAACAGCUAAAUGAGACACAUACAGUAGAUUGGUAUUUCUUAUCCUGUCACUAUCAUAUAGCCACUUUAACUGCUGAAGGUCAAAGAAAUCCAAAGAAACAGCUUCAAAACUUUUAAGAUUCCAAUAUAGGUAAAACUGCCCAACUUUAAAAAUACCAGAAUGCCCUUUAGGCAUGUUUUCUUUCUGUCCAGACCAUAGACUGUCUGUUACACAGUGGUUUGUCUCUCAGUCGUUGCAUCCCAUUAACAGCUCACCUCCUCUUCCUCUGCAGUGCCUGAAAACUCAGGAGUGUCAGGAUGAAAUCCAUUCCAGUUUUGGCCAGCUGCUGGGCGAGCUCAACAAGGCAGACGCACCGUAUGCGCUCAAUGUGGCUAACCGGCUGUACGGGGAGCAGUCCUACCAGUUUGUUGAGGUGUGUGCACACCUUUAGAGCAGGUGUGAGCUGUUUGUAUUCAGUUAAUCUGGAGAGAAUAAGAACACUGGGGUGAUGGAUGAUGGGUGGACAGCAGGGUGUACAGGCACAUAAAGCAGUGACUGUGGAAACAUUAUCUGGCAGUGAAUUCCUCUGACCUAAAUGAAUCAUUACUCUGUGUUGAGAUGAAUAAAAGGUUUUCUCUCCAUUUUGAUUCAGGACUUCUUAGGAGACACCAGGAAGCACUAUGACGCUGAGCUGGAGGCCGUGGACUUCAUCAGCAGCUCUGAGGCUGCAAGAAUCAACAUCAACAGCUGGGUGGAAAAGAAGACACAAGGUCGAUUACACCCAGUCACACACAUUUAUUUUUACAUUCUAACAGCCUGACGUUACUCUUUGAUCAGAUACUUGAUAAGUAAUCACAAAAUCAUCUUAACAUGAGCUUGAAUUAAAAGUUAAAACUUCUCACUAGGGUGUUGCAGAAAAAGCAUAAUGCUCCACAUAGAAAGGCAACUUGCAUCAAAUGGCAUCAAACACAAUUUAGCAUUUCAUGGAGCUAAGUCCAGGCCCAAAGGUUUGAUGCAAUUGAAAAAAGUUUUUUUUUUUCAACUUAACUUAAGUUAUGAUUCAACUCAGUAAUUCUUUUGAUAAAUUCGCUUAAUUUUCAUUUUUUACUCAAAUAUAUUUAUAUAUUUUUUUAAUGUUAAAGGGAUAUUACGCGUAAAAUUAAUUUAGGGUCAAACACACCGUAACACCGAGUUAGACACCCCCUCGAGAGAUGAAUGUUGCCGACCACUUGCUUCUCUAGUUAUACCAACUUUGGUUACAACGGCAACAUAACAAUACACAGCAGUCUAAGGAGCCAACAUCCAGCACUCCAGGGGAUGAGAAGCGGAGGAGGAGAUGCUGUGAGCGGCUGCAAAAGAGGGGAAAAUGCGGAGGCAAGAUGGAUGAGAUCUGACUGGAGCUACACAAAAGCAGAUAAACAACUGCUGCAGCUUAAUAUCACGGAAACCUGGCUGGAUAGCACUACCCCGUCCUCGACUAUUGAGCUAGCCAGCCGCACUGCCUACCGAGCGGAUAGAGCAGCUGACUCGGGGAAGAAGCUAGGAGGAAGUCUGUGUAUCUAUAUCAAUGACUUGUGGUGUACUAAUGUCACGAUGUGGAAGUUAUGCUGCUCAAAUGUAGACCAUUCUAGUAACCACGAGAAUUCUCUGCUGUUUACAUCUGUAUGGUUUACAUUCCACCCGAUGCCAGUGCUAAGCUAGCACUAGCAGGAAAUGAUGAGUUACUUUUUUAGUUGCAGGUUUAAUGUUUUUAGAUUAGGAUCUUAUUCUUUCACAUUCAAAUCAUGUUUUCAGUUUUUUUCUUUUUUUGAACCUUUAAAACUUUUUUCACUCACAUCAUAUUUUUUAAGUUUCAAACUUGUGGCCCUAUUCUGGCGGGGGGUGGGGGGGGGGGGGGGCGUGGGAUUGUCAGUUAUGAAUGAUGUUGUAGUUAGUGUUAAGCUCAAACUUCAAUCCUUGAUUGGCCUUCUCCUGUUGGGGAAAGUUGAUUACAGUUGUAGAAAAACUUUUAUACAUUUAUUUUCAUAAACAAUACAGUGUUUUAAAUUUCUUUAAAGUCAAGAUCAAACUUUUUUAAAUUUUAAAUUUAAGUUUAAAUUUUUUUUUUUUAAAUUCCUUUUUUUUUUUUUUUUUUUUCAAAUUAAUAAACCUUUUGGCCUGGAUUUAGCUCCAUAGGAUUUUAUGGCUCACAUGAUUUCUGUGACUAGACAACCUACCCUACUGCUGAGUUCAAACUCCCAGCUGUGUGACAUUGCUUUGUUUGUUUUAUUCUGAUUUCAGGUAAAAUUAAAGACGUCCUGGCUCAGGGCGUGGUGAACACCAUGACCCGACUGGUACUGGUCAAUGCCAUCUACUUCAAAGGAAACUGGGAGAAACAGUUUAAGGAGAAUGCCACACGUGACCUUCCGUUCAGGCUCAACAAGGUGACUCUGACCAGACUGAUGUUAGCUCUAGUCUGUUAGUGUGGAUUAAAAGCUCUCCAUGACAGUAAAGUAAAACACUGUUGCUGUGGAUGCUAUUUCUGACCUUUUGUGAACCAAAGGAAACUAGACCACAGGGUUCAGUUUGAUCCAAACCUGUUUGUAGACAGACACUUCAAAUAAGUUUUUGGCUAUAAAUGCUGUCAGUGAUUUAGAACACUUCAUAUUACACAAAAACAUUAAACCAUUAAAUAAUGUAUGAAUUGAUUUAUCAGCUAUUUUGAUGCUGACAGUGCUUUUAUCUUUUCUUUGCUGAGAGUUUGAAUCCAAGGUUUUUCUAGAAACUGAGUAUUUUCUGCAGUGAUGCACGAUAUGCAUUUAAUGAGCUGAUACUAGGCCCAGCCAGGCCCAGAGUGGCUAAUUUGGUCAACCAGGACAUGACCUGGUAGGCUGGAGCUCUCACUCUGAACUGUAUUAUUGCCACUACUGAUUAAUUCUUAAAAAAUAAGGACAACCAGCAUCCAUAAUAUACUCUUCACAUCUAACACAGCUUGUAAUGUGCUUGUUAUUUGUAGCUCAAUGCCAGCCUCAGAUAUUUCCACUUUUUCUUCUGUUCAGAGUUUUACCUGAUCACACUUAAAAGUUACGUCAGCCACCCACAUCACUGAAACAAAAAUGUUUCUCGUCUUUAUAACUUUUGAUUUUUUUCCAGAAUGAAACCAAGACGGUCAAAAUGAUGCACCAGAAAUCAAAGUUCCCCUUGACCUACAUCCCUGAAGGAUCUUGCCAGGUAAUCGAGUAAUACAGUAUAUUACUUUUACUUCUGUUAACUGAUUGGAUGUCAGGUUGUCUGGUCAUAUCCGCCUAUACAAAUAUGGAAAUCUGUGCAGCUAUAACAACUUCAUAAGAUUUGGGUUUGCUUUUAAAUUCAUAGAACAGUUUUGGACGGAUCAAGUCACUGAUAUAUGUUGUGUUUGAUUAACCUUUCUUCUCUCAUGUCUAUUUAAGAAGAUACCAUCACACUAAUGUUUGCUAUGCAGCUUCCAGUCAUUUCCUGGAUUUGCGUACUAUAUUUUUUGUAAUACCUGGAACCCUCUCUUGCACAGGUUCUGGAGAUGCCCUACAAAGGAAAGGAGCUCAGCAUGCUCAUAUUUCUUCCCAACAACAUAGAAGACGAUACAACGGGUCUGGAGAAGGUAGGACCCAAACUCACCUGGACAUGCAUAUGUAGAUAAACCUGCAGACAUGAAAACAACCUGAUGUUUGAUUUUUUAUUUACUACAGCUGGAGCAACAGCUGACAUACGAGAACUUUAUGGAUUGGACUCGUCCUGAUAUGAUGGAUACCGUUGAGGUGAUGGUGGGGCUUCCUCGGUUCAAGAUGGAAGAGAAGUAUGACUUGAAGGACAUCCUGACGAGCAUGGGGAUGGUGGACGCCUUUGACAUGGGGAGGAGCGACUUCUCUGGUAGGAGAUGUACAUGUAUCGUAAUAGAGAGAUUCACAGUUUUUUAUCGAACAGAAAUCCAGAAAACUAUAAUGGCACACACAAGCUAUAACCACCUGCUCACUAUUCAUCAUCCUGAGCAGUCUCUGGUCAGUACAGAGAUUUUCUGUUGUUAAAAUGACAUUAAUUGAUAACCCCCCACAUAACAGGUAUGUCUCCGGCUAACGACCUGGUCCUGUCUAAAGUCAUCCACAAAGCAUUUGUGGAGGUAAAUGAGGAGGGAACUGAAGCCGCUGCCGCCACCGUUGGUAUCAUGAUGAUGCGCUGUGCCAUGCGUCCAGCCUCCUUCAUCGCCGACCACCCCUUCCUCUUCUUCAUCAGACACAACCCUUCAAUGAGCAUCCUCUUUGCUGGACGAUACUGCUCCCCUGAGUGAGUGCCACACUGUUCAGAGCAACUGGAGGAAGAUCUAAACCCCAUCUACUGCCACUAUGAUUAAUUUAGUUUAACAAGAAUGAGGGAAAAAAACACUCCAGAAUUUUCUACAUGGUCACUAGGAAAUAAAAUCAGUGGAGCUCAGUUUCUUAAUUAGUUUGCCAUGUAUUUCCCUUACACUCUUGGAUAUCAUUGCACUUUUUACCUUUUGUGCCUAAUCCCUCCUAGAGAAUCAGUUUUCCUCAUUAUCUGCUAUGCAUGCUUGGCCCUUUUUGCAGCACAUUAAUCUUUUUUCCCACAGUUGUCUCCACUACUAUAACACUUAUCUUGUACCUUACACUCUUGGGCAGGGUCUGACUUUACCAAAAUGAUAACCAUAAUGUAAAUGAAGGCUGCACAGGCUCAUUAAAAGAAUAAAAACUGCACAUUGACUGUACUUUAGGUCCAUGUAAAAAAUGGUUGUACGCUUAAAGAGUUUUCCUACAAAAGCGCAACAUCAGUUUAUUAUUUUUAUUAAACCAAAGAGAAUAAUGUGAUAAAACCACACAUUCAGAGUUUAAAUAAGCAAAGUGCACUUCCAUGUUAUUGUACUGUUAUGCAUUUAUAAAUGAAAAGACAAAAGCUUAAAAUAAACAGAGAUAAAUCUGAUGUGAAUCCAGGCUGUUAUUGUGCUUGUACACAUACAAUAAAAAGGGUGCUUUUCAGUUCUUGACUCUGUGAGUGUUUUUUGACAGCUAUUGUCUCAGAUUUAGUUCAGUUUUCUGUGAUAAAAUGAGUGAAGUGAACUUUGACCAGCAAUUUCUAAGGGGUUACUACACUGGUUAUCAAAGGGAGGUCUGAUAUUCAACACUAAAUUAUUGAAGGUUAAGACCUCAGUCAGUUUUUUAAGAGUGGAACAAAUAAUUACUUUUAGUGAAUGUUUCCUACAGGCUGGGGUUAGUUUGGCUGUGUGUGAAUACAUGAAAUUGCAUUGCAGAUCUGAAUCUCAAUUCUUUAACUGUUGACCAACAUAUAUCACAUUUUUGGAAGAUCCUCUAUGGACGUUAACUAAUAUUUUGUGUGAAACUACUGCAUUAACUGGGUGAAAAAAAGGUUUUUUGGAAUUUGUGGGAGAAUUAUCUUAGAAUCAUAAGAAGCUUUUGUUGAUGUCAGAAAAUACGCUCUCCUUUUAUUUAUUUUGACCAUUCUUAGGUUGCACACCGAUAACAAAAACAGCAUAUAAAGUUAAACAAAAAAAAAAAAAGGGUUGUACUGGAUUGACCAGUCCAGUCCCAUACGUCUGGAUUGUAUCUGUUCAGUUAAGCACACAACACAGACAACAGCAAGCAUCCUUUAAAAAGACACAUAUACCUUCCAUCAUGUUCCAGUCAAGAACAUACUUGGACAUGACACAAUGUUGAGAGAAUCUAUGUUCAGCUGUGCUCUUCAGAGAACACUGUAUGCACUUUGUUUGAUCAUUCUCCACUGUUGUCCCCAGUGGUUAAAUGUUGACUUGCACUGUCCUGCUCUCCGACAAUUUGUUCAGCCCUUGAGUAAGCUAACAGAUGGUUCCUCUGUAAUUUUGUGGUGAUGACAAUUUAUUUGAUGAUGACGAUAGAUAAUGAAUGCUCUCAUUAAAAAAAAAAUUAUAAUAAACAGUAUUCACUGUUGUGCAUUGCCUUUCAAGUACCUGUGUCCUACUUGAAUCGAAGCACAUGAUGUUCUUACUCUUUUUCUGAGCUUUACUUGUGUUGUUCUCAGAUGUAUGUAGCUAUGGAAAAAAUCUUCAAAAUGACAUUGUAACAUUGCAACAAUGUAAGCCCCCACUCUUUCCACUCCCAAGAAAGCCAGCAAAACAGUUCAACAUAUAGUAGCAGAUUAUAUUGUCUUUAGAGGUGUGCGUAGACAAAAACAACCAAAGAUUCCCUAAAUAAACCCCAAACCAACAAUCUGAAAACAAAUACUGAAAAAUGGCAGAUAUCGAACCUAAUCUCCCCAUUUAAAAAAAAUAAAAGAGUAAAAAAACAUAAAACAAAAAGCUACACUAUCUUGACUGUCAUUUUUGUACAUUUGAUUAUUCACAGUUUACCUUACCAUACAGCAGACAAUUUCAUCCAAAUAGACAUAUAUUCAAGAAUAACUUGGUACAGGUUGAUGAGGUGGGCAGGUUGGGCAGGAAAAUAACACACAUACACUUCUUUUAAGGAGAACUGCCCCAACACUUACUGAUUUCAUGGUGCAAUUCAGUGCUCAAAUCAGGGUAGUGAUAUUAACCCUUAGCUUGGAAACAGUUCUGGACCAGUGUUUUCCUGAUCUAAAAUUCAGGUGUACAAGAAUAUAUCUCCUAGGGGGCUUUGGUAUUGACAGCUGAGAGUCUAUUUGAUGUGAUCAUGGCGUGCAUUUGGUGCAACCUCCUCCUGUCCAGCUCGUUGAAUUUGCCAUGUACAACCGCCCCAACAUGUAGCACUUACUGAAGGUAAAGUCAAAUGCUCGGGUUGGGUUAACCUUCAGGCCAUCAGUGAAUUUCUGUCCUGGUAUGAUUUUUCUAAGAAGCUACUUCCAGGACCCCCAUGCAGCGUCCCUUUGGAGGGCAUUUCAUUGUUUUUUAUUAUUUCCUUCACUUUAUAUCCUUCGAGCAGUCCUUUGGGCUUGACUCCGCCCGGUAACUUCCUGGUUUCCAUAGCUGUGACUAUUGCUUGUAUUCAGAGAUCCAUACUCAACAGGAUGGCCCAUCAGCCUGGGUAAUGUUCCAUUAAUGAGUAGUGGUAAGCGGCCUCACACCCCAUCAAAAAAAUCACCUUGCCCCUCACAUGUCCUCCUCAUCGGAUUCAACAUCAAUACAUUGUAACAUUCAAAGUCUACUUUUAAUGCAGAGGGGGUGAUGAAAUAAGACUACAUCUUGUCAUGACUGCCCUGUGAACCAGUCAUCUGUAUUGUGUUGAUGCCUUAUUCAUCUGAGUCUUUGCAAUAGUUCUUUGUCAGUAAAACUACCCCAACAAAAAGCACUUACUGCAUGUGGAACCCAAGUCAGUGUUUGUGUUGGGGUUACAGUACUGACCAGUUACAGGCAAGACUAGACCCCCCUCAUUUUUCCCUAAUCAGCACAGCAAGGCUUUUAAUCCUGGAUUAAAUUAAAAACAAAUGUUGCCACAGUGCUGGUGGAUGAACAUUUGAGAACUUUCAUAUCCUCUUGGUGGUUCUUACCAUCCUAGACAACCCUAAAGAGAAGCACUUUUGUUGAAGCAAAUCAGCAGUGGAUCUGCUUGGAGUGAUCUAGGAGACAAUCUUGCAUGAUCAGACUUCAAGAAAAUGAAAAAAGGACGCACACACACACCGCUUUUUCUGUCAAGAAAAACUGCCCCAACAAGUAGCACUUACUGAGUUCAAGGUGCAAGUUAAUGCUCAAGUCAGGGUAGUGAUAUUGACCCUCAGCUCAGAAACAGUUCUGGACCAGUGUUUUCCUGAGCUAAAAUUCUGUUGUACAAGAAUAAAUCUCCUAGGGGGCUUUGGUAUUGCCAGCUGAGAAUUGGUUUUCAGCAACACUACUCCAACAAGUAGCACUUACUGCUUUCGCUUGUCUAGUCAGUGCAUGUGUUUGGGUAAUGCUGGUGACAUAAUCAGUACAAAUAUGGAAUGAAAAAUAAUAAUAAAUAAUCAUGACAAAACCAGUAAGCCAUAAUGAAACAUGUCUUUGCCAGUAUUUUUCUGUUUCAUACCUGCUUUUUGAUGAAAAGACACCAACAAAACACCCCCAAAGAGAAGCACUUAUGAACAGAGAAAUCAUCAGUGUCUCUAUUUGAGGUGAUCAUGUUGUGCAUUUGCUGCAACCUCCUCCUGUCCAGCUCGGUGAAUUUGCCAUGUACAACCGCCCCAACAUGUAGCACUUACUGAAGGUCAGCAGCCAAGUCAAAUGCUCAGGUUGGGUUAAUCUUCAGGCCAUCAGUGAAUUUCUGUCCUGGUUAUAUAUGUCUUAGAUGCUACUUCCAGGACCCCCAUGCAGCGUCCCUUUGGAAGGCAUUUAAUUGCUUUUCAUCAUUUCUUCAACUUUAUAUCCUUCAAGCAGUCCUUUGGGCUUGACUCCGCCCGGUAACUUCCUGGUUUCCAUAGCUGUGACUAUUGCUUGUAUUCAGAGAUCCAUACUCAACAGGAUGGCCCAUCAGCCUAGGUAAUGUCCCAUUAAUGAGUAGUGGUAAGCGGCCUCACACCCCAUCAAAAAAUAUCACCUUGCCCCUCACAUGUCCUCCUCAUCGGAUUCAACAUCAAUACAUUGUAACAUUCAAAGUCUACUUUUAAUGCGGAGGGGGUGAUGAAAUAAGACUACAUCUUGUCAUGACUGCCCUGUGAACCAGUCAUCUGGAUUUUGUUGAUGCCUUAUUCAUCUGAGUCUUUGCAAUAGUUCUUUGUCAGUAAAACUACCCCAACAAAAAGCACUUACUGCAUGUGGAACCCAAGUCAGUGUUUGUGUUGGGGUUACAGUACUGAACAGUUAGAGGCAAGACUAGACCCCCCUCAUUUUUCCCUGAUCAGCACAGCAAGGCUUUUAAUCCUGGAUUAAAUUAUGAAAACAAAUGUUGCCACAGUGCUGGUGGAUGAACAGUCGAGAACUUUCAUAUCCUCUUGGUGGUUUUUACCAUCCUAGACAACCCCAAAGAGAAGCACUUUUGUUGAAGCAAAUCAGCAGUGGCUCUGUUUGGAGUGAUCUAGGAGACAAUCUUGCAUGAUCAGACUUCAAGAACAAUGAAAAAAGGACACACACACACAGCUUUUUCUGUCAAGUAAAACUGCCCCAACAAGUAGCACUUACUGAGUUCAAGGUGCAAGUUAAUGCUCAAGUCAGGGUAGUGAUAUUGACCCUCAGCUCAGAAACAGUUCUGGACCGGUGUUUUCCUGAGCUAAAAUUCUGUUGUACAAGAAUAUAUCUCCCAGGGGGCUUUGGUAUUGCCAGCUGAGAGUUGGUUUUCAGCAACACUACCCCAACAAGUAGCACUUACUGCUUUCACUUAUCUAGUCAGUGCAUGUGUUUGGGUAAUGCUGGUGACAUAAUCAUGACAAAUACAAAGGAAUGAAAAAUAAUAAUAAAUAAUCAUGACAAAACCAGUAAGCCAUAAUGAAACACGUCUUUGCCAGUAUUUUUCUGUUUCAUACCUGCUUUUUGAUGAAAAGACACCAACAAAACACCCCCAAAGAGAAGCACUUAUGAACAGAGAAAUCAUCAGUGUCUCUAUUUGAGGUGAUCAUGUUGUGCAUUUGCUGCAACCUCCUCCUGUCCAGCUCGGUGAAUUUGCCAUGUACAACCGCCCCAACAUGUAGCACUUACUGAAGGUCAGCAGCCAAGUCAAAUGCUCAGGUUGGGUUAAUCUUCAGGCCAUCAGUGAAUUUCUGUCCUGGUUAUAUAUGUCUUAGAUGCUACUUCCAGGACCCCCAUGCAGCGUCCCUUUGGAAGGCAUUUAAUUGCUUUUCAUCAUUUCUUCAACUUUAUAUCCUUCAAGCAGUCCUUUGGGCUUGACUCCGCCCGGUAACUUCCUGGUUUCCAUAGCUGUGACUAUUGCUUGUAUGCAGAGAUCCAUACUCAACAGGAUGGCCCAUCACCCUGGGUAAUGUCCCAUUAAUGAGUAGUGGUAAGCAGCCUCACACCCCAUCAAAAACAUCACCUUGCCCCUCACAUGUCCUCCUCAUCGGAUUCAACAUCAAUACAUUGUAACAUUCAAAGUCUACUUUUAAUGCGGAGGGGGUGAUGAAAUAAGACUACAUCUUGUCAUGACUGCCCUGUGAACCAGUCAUCUGGAUUUUGUUGAUGCCUUAUUCAUCUGAGUCUUUGCAAUAGUUCUUUGUCAGUAAAACUACCCCAACAAAAAGCACUUACUGCAUGUGGAACCCAAGUCAGUGUUUGUGUUGGGGUUACAGUACUGACCAGUUACAGGCAAGACUAGACCCCCCUCAUUUUUCCCUAAUCAGCACAGCAAGGCUUUUAAUCCUGGAUUAAAUUAUGAAAACAAAUGUUGCCACAAUGCUGGUGGAUGAACAGUCGAGAACUUUCAUAUCCUCUUGGUGGUUUUUACCAUCCUAGACAACCCCAAAGAGAAGCACUUUUGUUGAAGCAAAUCAGCAGUGGCUCUGUUUGGAGUGAUCUAGGAGACAAUCUUGCAUGAUCAGACUUCAAGAAAAUGAAAAAAGGACGCACACACACACACCGCUUUUUCUGUCAAGAAAAACUGCCCCAACAAGUAGCACUUACUGAGUUCAAGGUGCAAGUUAAUGCUCAAGUCAGGGUAGUGAUAUUGACCCUCAGCUCAGAAACAGUUCUGGACCAGUGUUUUCCUGAGCUAAAAUUCUGUUGUACAAGAAUAUAUCUCCCAGGGGGCUUUGGUAUUGCCAGCUGAGAGUUGGUUUUCAGCAACACUACCCCAACAAGUAGCACUUACUGCUUUCACUUAUCUAGUCAGUGCAUGUGUUUGGGUAAUGCUGGUGACAUAAUCAUGACGAAUAAAACGGAAUGAAAAAAAAAAAAAAAAAUCAUGACUAAGCCAUAAUGAAACAUGUCUUUGCCAGUAUUUUUCUGUUUCAUACCUGCUUUUUGAUGAAAAGACACCAACAAAACACCCCCAAAGAGAAGCACUUAUUAACAGAGAAAUCAUCAGUGUCUCUAUUUGAGGUGAUCAUGUUGUGCAUUUGCUGCAACCUCCUCCUGUCCAGCUCGGUGAUUUUGCCAUGUACAACCGCCCCAACAUGUAGCACUUACUGAAGGUCAGCAGCCAAGUCAAAUGCUCAGGUUGGGUUAAUCUUCAGGCCAUCAGUGAAUUUCUGUCCUGGUUAUAUAUGUCUUAGAUGCUACUUCCAGGACCCCCAUGCAGCGUCCCUUUGGAAGGCAUUUAAUUGCUUUUCAUCAUUUCUUCAACUUUAUAUCCUUCAAGCAGUCCUUUGGGCUUGACUCCGCCCGGUAACUUCCUGGUUUCCAUAGCUGUGACUAUUGCUUGUAUUCAGAGAUCCAUACUCAACAGGAUGGCCCAUCAGCCUGGGUAAUGUCCCAUUAAUGAGUAGUGGUAAGCAGCCUCACACCCCAUCAAAAACAUCACCUUGCCCCUCACAUGUCCUCCUCAUCGGAUUCAACAUCAAUACAUUGUAACAUUCAAAGUCUACUUUUAAUGCGGAGGGGGUGAUGAAAUAAGACUACAUCUUGUCAUGACUGCCCUGUGAACCAGUCAUCUGGAUUUUGUUGAUGCCUUAUUCAUCUGAGUCUUUGCAAUAGUUCUUUGUCAGUAAAACUACCCCAACAAAAAGCACUUACUGCAUGUGGAACCCAAGUCAGUGUUUGUGUUGGGGUUACAGUACUGACCAGUUACAGGCAAGACUAGACCCCCCUCAUUUUUCCCUAAUCAGCACAGCAAGGCUUUUAAUCCUGGAUUAAAUUAUGAAAACAAAUGUUGCCACAAUGCUGGUGGAUGAACAGUCGAGAACUUUCAUAUCCUCUUGGUGGUUUUUACCAUCCUAGACAACCCCAAAGAGAAGCACUUUUGUUGAAGCAAAUCAGCAGUGGCUCUGUUUGGAGUGAUCUAGGAGACAAUCAUGCAUGAUCAGACUUCAAGAACAAUUAAAAAAAGGACGCACACACACAGCUUUUUCUGUCAAGUAAAACUGCCCCAACAAGUAGCACUUACUGAAGGUCAGCAGCCAAGUGAAAUGCUCAGGUUGGGUUAAUCUUCAUGCCAUCAGUGAAUUUCUGUCCUGGUUAUAUAUGUCUUAGAUGCUACUUCCAGGACCCCCAUGCAGCGUCCCUUUGGAAGGCAUUUAAUUGCUUUUCAUCAUUUCUUCAACUUUAUAUCCUUCAAGCAGUCCUUUGGGCUUGACUCCGCCGGAUUCAACAUCAAUACAUUGUAACAUUCAAAGUCUACUUUUAAUGCGGAGGGGGUGAUGAAAUAAGACUACAUCUUGUCAUGACUGCCCUGUGAACCAGUCAUCUGGAUUGUGUUGAUGCCUUAUUCAUCUGAGUCUUUGCAAUAGUUCUUUGUCAGUAAAACUACCCCAACAAAAAGCACUUACUGCAUGUGGAACCCAAGUCAGUGUUUGUGUUGGGGUUACAGUACUGACCAGUUACAGGCAAGACUAGACCCCCCUCAUUUUUCCCUAAUCAGCACAGCAAGGCUUUUAAUCCUGGAUUAAAUUAUGAAAACAAAUGUUGCCACAAUGCUGGUGGAUGAACAGUCGAGAACUUUCAUAUCCUCUUGGUGGUUUUUACCAUCCUAGACAACCCCAAAGAGAAGCACUUUUGUUGAAGCAAAUCAGCAGUGGCUCUGUUUGGAGUGAUCUAGGAGACAAUCUUGCAUGAUCAGACUUCAAGAACAAUUAAAAAAAGGACGCACACACACAGCUUUUUCUGUCAAGUAAAACUGCCCCAACAAGUAGCACUUACUGAGUUCAAGGUGCAAGUUAAUGCUCAAGUCAGGGUAGUGAUAUUGACCCUCAGCUCAGAAACAGUUCUGGACCAGUGUUUUCCUGAGCUAAAAUUCUGUUGUACAAGAAUAUAUCUCCCAGGGGGCUUUGGUAUUGCCAGCUGAGAGUUGGUUUUCAGCAACACUACCCCAACAAGUAGCACUUACUGCUUUCACUUAUCUAGUCAGUGCAUGUGUUUGGGUAAUGCUGGUGACAUAAUCAUGACAAAUAAAAAGGAAUGAAAAAUAAUAAUAAAUAAUCGUGACUAAGCCAUAAUGAAACAUGUCUUUGCCAGUAUUUUUCUGUUUCAUACCUGCUUUUUGAUGAAAAGACACCAACAAAACACCCCCAAAGAGAAGCACUUAUGAACAGAGAAAUCAUCAGUGUCUCUAUUUGAGGUGAUCAUGUUGUGCAUUUGCUGCAACCUCCUCCUGUCCAGCUCGUGAAUUUGCCAUGUACAACCGCCCCAACAUGUAGCACUUACUGAAGGUCAGCAGCCAAGUCAAAUGCUCAGGUUGGGUUAAUCUUCAGGCCAUCAGUGAAUUUCUGUCCUGGUUAUAUAUGUCUUAGAUGCUACUUCCAGGACCCCCAUGCAGCGUCCCUUUGGAAGGCAUUUAAUUGCUUUUCAUCAUUUCCUCAACUUUAUAUCCUUCAAGCAGUCCUUUGGGCUUGACUCCGCCCGGUAACUUCCUGGUUUCCAUAGCUGUGACUAUUGCUUGUAUUCAGAGAUCCAUACUCAACAGGAUGGCCCAUCAGCCUGGGUAAUGUCCCAUUAAUGAGUAGUGGUAAGCAGCCUCACACCCCAUCAAAAAUAUCACCUUGCCCCUCACAUGUCCUCCUCAUCGGAUUCAACAUCAAUACAUUGUAACAUUCAAAGUCUACUUUUAAUGCGGAGGGGGUGAUGAAAUAAGACUACAUCUUGUCAUGACUGCCCUGUGAACCAGUCAUCUGGAUUUUGUUGAUGCCUUAUUCAUCUGAGUCUUUGCAAUAGUUCUUUGUCAGUAAAACUACCCCAACAAAAAGCACUUACUGCAUGUGGAACCCAAGUCAGUGUUUGUGUUGGGGUUACAGUACUGACCAGUUACAGGCAAGACUAGACCCCCUCAUUUUUCCCUGAUCAGCACAGCAAGGCUUUUAAUCCUGGAUUAAAUUAUGAAAACAAAUGUUGCCACAGUGCUGGUGGAUGAACAGUCGAGAACUUUCAUAUCCUCUUGGUGGUUUUUACCAUCCUAGACAACCCCAAAGAGAAGCACUUUUGUUGAAGCAAAUCAGCAGUGGCUCUGUUUGGAGUGAUCUAGGAGACAUUCUUGCAUGAUCAGACUUCAAGAACAAUGAAAAAAGGACGCACACACACAGCUUUUUCUGUCAAGUAAAACUGCCCCAACAAGUAGCACUUACUGAGUUCAAGGUGCAAGUUAAUGCUCAAGUCAGGGUAGUGAUAUUGACCCUCAGCUCAGAAACAGUUCUGGACCAGUGUUUUCCUGAGCUAAAAUUCUGUUGUACAAGAAUAUAUCUCCCUGGGGGCUUCUGUGUUGACAGCUGAGAGUCCGUUUUCAGCAACACUACCCCAACAAGUAGCACUUACUGCUUUCACUUAUCUAGUCAGUGCAUGUGUUUGGGUAAUGCUGGUGACAUAAUCAUGACAAAUAAUAAGGAAUGAAAAAUAAUAAUAAAUAAUCAUGACAAAACCAGUAAGCCAUAAUGAAACAUGUCUUUGCCAGUAUUUUUCUGUUUCAUACCUGCUUUUUGGUGAAAAGACACCAACAAAACACCCCCAAAGAGAAGCACUUAUGAACAGAGAAAUCAUCAGUGUCUCUAUUUGAGGUGAUCAUGUUGUGCAUUUGCUGCAACCUCCUCCUGUCCAGCUCGUUGAAUUUGCCAUGUACAACCGCCCCAACAUGUAGCACUUACUGAAGGUCAGCAGCCAAGUCAAAUGCUCAGGUUGGGUUAAUCUUCAGGCCAUCAGUGAAUUUCUGUCCUGGUUAUAUAUGUCUUAGAUGCUACUUCCAGGACCCCCAUGCAGCGUCCCUUUGGAAGGCUUUAAUUGCUUUUCAUCAUUUCCUCAACUUUAUAUCCUUCAAGCAGUCCUUUGGGCUUGACUCCGCCCGGUAACUUCCUGGUUUCCAUAGCUGUGACUAUUGCUUGUAUUCAGAGAUCCAUACUCAACAGGAUGGCCCAUCAGCCUGGGUAAUGUCCCAUUAAUGAGUAGUGGUAAGCAGCCUCACACCCCAUCAAAAAUAUCACCUUGCCCCUCACAUGUCCUCCUCAUCGGAUUCAACAUCAAUACAUUGUAACAUUCAAAGUCUACUUUUAAUGCGGAGGGGGUGAUGAAAUAAGACUACAUCUUGUCAUGACUGCCCUGUGAACCAGUCAUCUGGAUUUUGUUGAUGCCUUAUUCAUCUGAGUCUUUGCAAUAGUUCUUUGUCAGUAAAACUACCCCAACAAAAAGCACUUACUGCAUGUGGAACCCAAGUCAGUGUUUGUGUUGGGGUUACAGUACUGACCAGUUACAGGCAAGACUAGACCCCCCUCAUUUUUCCCUGAUCAGCACAGCAAGGCUUUUAAUCCUGGAUUAAAUUAUGAAAACAAAUGUUGCCACAGUGCUGGUGGAUGAACAGUCGAGAACUUUCAUAUCCUCUUGGUGGUUUUUACCAUCCUAGACAACCCCAAAGAGAAGCACUUUUGUUGAAGCAAAUCAGCAGUGGCUCUGUUUGGAGUGAUCUAGGAGACAAUCUUGCAUGAUCAGACUUCAAGAACAAUGAAAAAAGGACGCACACACACAGCUUUUUCUGUCAAGUAAAACUGCCCCAACAAGUAGCACUUACUGAGUUCAAGGUGCAAGUUAAUGCUCAAGUCAGGGUAGUGAUAUUGACCCUCAGCUCAGAAACAGUUCUGGACCAGUGUUUUCCUGAGCUAAAAUUCUGUUGUACAAGAAUAUAUCUCCCAGGGGGCUUUGGUAUUGCCAGCUGAGAGUUGGUUUUCAGCAACACUACCCCAACAAGUAGCACUUACUGCUUUCACUUAUCUAGUCAGUGCAUGUGUUUGGGUAAUGCUGGUGACAUAAUCAUGACAAAUAAAAGGAAUGAAAAAUAAUAAUAAAUAAUCAUGACAAAACCAGUAAGCCAUAAUGAAAACAUGUCUUUGCCAGUAUUUUUCUGUUUCAUACCUGCUUUUUGGUGAAAAGACACCAACAAAACACCCCCAAAGAGAAGCACUUAUGAACAGAGAAAUCAUCAGUGUCUCUAUUUGAGGUGAUCAUGUUGUGCAUUUGCUGCAACCUCCUCCUGUCCAGCUCGUUGAAUUUGCCAUGUACAACCGCCCCAACAUGUAGCACUUACUGAAGGUCAGCAGCCAAGUCAAAUGCUCAGGUUGGGUUAAUCUUCAGGCCAUCAGUGAAUUUCUGUCCUGGUUAUAUAUGUCUUAGAUGCUACUUCCAGGACCCCCAUGCAGCGUCCCUUUGGAAGGCAUUUAAUUGCUUUUCAUCAUUUCUUCAACUUUAUAUCCUUCAAGCAGUCCUUUGGGCUUGACUCCGCCCGGUAACUUCCUGGUUUCCAUAGCUGUGACUAUUGCUUGUAUUCAGAGAUCCAUACUCAACAGGAUGGCCCAUCAGCCUGGGUAAUGUCCCAUUAAUGAGUAGUGGUAAGCAGCCUCACACCCCAUCAAAAAAUAUCACCUUGCCCCUCACAUGUCCUCCUCAUCGGAUUCAACAUCAAUACAUUGUAACAUUCAAAGUCUACUUUUAAUGCGGAGGGGGUGAUGAAAUAAGACUACAUCUUGUCAUGACUGCCCUGUGAACCAGUCAUCUGGAUUUUGUUGAUGCCUUAUUCAUCUGAGUCUUUGCAAUAGUUCUUUGUCAGUAAAACUACCCCAACAAAAAGCACUUACUGCAUGUGGAACCCAAGUCAGUGUUUGUGUUGGGGUUACAGUACUGACCAGUUACAGGCAAGACUAGACCCCCCUCAUUUUUCCCUGAUCAGCACAGCAAGGCUUUUAAUCCUGGAUUAAAUUAUGAAAACAAAUGUUGCCACAGUGCUGGUGGAUGAACAGUCGAGAACUUUCAUAUCCUCUUGGUGGUUUUUACCAUCCUAGACAACCCCAAAGAGAAGCACUUUUGUUGAAGCAAAUCAGCAGUGGCUCUGUUUGGAGUGAUCUAGGAGACAUUCUUGCAUGAUCAGACUUCAAGAACAAUGAAAAAAGGACGCACACACACAGCUUUUUCUGUCAAGUAAAACUGCCCCAACAAGUAGCACUUACUGAGUUCAAGGUGCAAGUUAAUGCUCAAGUCAGGGUAGUGAUAUUGACCCUCAGCUCAGAAACAGUUCUGGACCAGUGUUUUCCUGAGCUAAAAUUCUGUUGUACAAGAAUAUAUCUCCCAGGGGGCUUUGGUAUUGACAGCUGAGAGUUGGUUUUCAGCAACACUACCCCAACAAGUAGCACUUACUGCUUUCACUUAUCUAGUCAGUGCAUGUGUUUGGGUAAUGCUGGUGACAUAAUCAUGACAAAUAAUAAGGAAUGAAAAAUAAUAAUAAAUAAUCAUGACAAAACCAGUAAGCCAUAAUGAAACAUGUCUUUGCCAGUAUUUUUCUGUUUCAUACCUGCUUUUUGGUGAAAAGACACCAACAAAACACCCCCAAAGAGAAGCACUUAUGAACAGAGAAAUCAUCAGUGUCUCUAUUUGAGGUGAUCAUGUUGUGCAUUUGCUGCAACCUCCUCCUGUCCAGCUCGUUGAAUUUGCCAUGUACAACCGCCCCAACAUGUAGCACUUACUGAAGGUCAGCAGCCAAGUCAAAUGCUCAGGUUGGGUUAAUCUUCAGGCCAUCAGUGAAUUUCUGUCCUGGUUAUAUAUGUCUUAGAUGCUACUUCCAGGACCCCCAUGCAGCGUCCCUUUGGAAGGCAUUUAAUUGCUUUUCAUCAUUUCCUCAACUUUAUAUCCUUCAAGCAGUCCUUUGGGCUUGACUCCACCCGUUAACUUCCUGGUUUCCAUAGCUGUGACUAUUGCUUGUAUUCAGAGAUCCAUACUCAACAGGAUGGCCCAUCAGCCUGGGUAAUGUCCCAUUAAUGAGUAGUGGUAAGCGGCCUCACACCCCAUCAAAAAAUAUCACCUUGCCCCUCACAUGUCCUCCUCAUCGGAUUCAACAUCAAUACAUUGUAACAUUCAAAGUCUACUUUUAAUGCGGAGGGGGUGAUGAAAUAAGACUACAUCUUGUCAUGACUGCCCUGUGAACCAGUCAUCUGGAUUUUGUUGAUGCCUUAUUCAUCUGAGUCUUUGCAAUAGUUCUUUGUCAGUAAAACUACCCCAACAAAAAGCACUUACUGCAUGUGGAACCCAAGUCAGUGUUUGUGUUGGGGUUACAGUACUGACCAGUUACAGGCAAGACUAGACCCCCCUCAUUUUUCCCUGAUCAGCACAGCAAGGCUUUUAAUCCUGGAUUAAAUUAUGAAAACAAAUGUUGCCACAGUGCUGGUGGAUGAACAGUCGAGAACUUUCAUAUCCUCUUGGUGGUUUUUACCAUCCUAGACAACCCCAAAGAGAAGCACUUUUGUUGAAGCAAAUCAGCAGUGGCUCUGUUUGGAGUGAUCUAGGAGACAAUCUUGCAUGAUCAGACUUCAAGAACAAUGAAAAAAGGACGCACACACACAGCUUUUUCUGUCAAGUAAAACUGCCCCAACAAGUAGCACUUACUGAGUUCAAGGUGCAAGUUAAUGCUCAAGUCAGGGUAGUGAUAUUGACCCUCAGCUCAGAAACAGUUCUGGACCAGUGUUUUCCUGAGCUAAAAUUCUGUUGUACAAGAAUAUAUCUCCCAGGGGGCUUUGGUAUUGACAGCUGAGAGUUGGUUUUCAGCAACACUACCCCAACAAGUAGCACUUACUGCUUUCACUUAUCUAGUCAGUGCAUGUGUUUGGGUAAUGCUGGUGACAUAAUCAUGACAAAUAAUAAGGAAUGAAAAAUAAUAAUAAAUAAUCAUGACAAAACCAGUAAGCCAUAAUGAAACAUGUCUUUGCCAGUAUUUUUCUGUUUCAUACCUGCUUUUUGGUGAAAAGACACCAACAAAACACCCCCAAAGAGAAGCACUUAUGAACAGAGAAAUCAUCAGUGUCUCUAUUUGAGGUGAUCAUGUUGUGCAUUUGCUGCAACCUCCUCCUGUCCAGCUCGUUGAAUUUGCCAUGUACAACCGCCCCAACAUGAAGCAUUUACUGAAGAUCAGCAGCCAAGUCAAAUGCUCAGGUUGGGUUUAUCCUCAGACCAUCAGUGAAUUUCUGUCCUGGUUAUAUAUGUCUUAGAUGCUACUUCCAGGACCCCCAUGCAGCGUCCCUUUGGAAGGCAUUUAAUUGCUUUUCAUCAUUUCCUCAACUUUAUAUCCUUCAAGCAGUCCUUUGGGCUUGACUCCGCCCGGUAACUUCCUGGUUUACAUAGCUGUGACUAUUGCUUGUAUUCAGAGAUCCAUACUCAACAGGAUGGCCCAUCAGCCUGGGUAAUGUCCCAUUAAUGAGUAGUGGUAAGCGGCCUCACACCCCAUCAAAAAGUAUCACCUUGCCCCUCACAUGUCCUCCUCAUCGGAUUCAACAUCAUUACAUUGUAACAUUCAAAGUCUACUUUUAAUGCGGAGGGGGUGAUGAAAUAAGACUACAUCUUGUCAUGACUGCCCUGUGAACCAGUCAUCUGGAUUUUGUUGAUGCCUUAUUCAUCUGAGUCUUUGCAAUAGUUCUUUGUCAGUAAAACUACCCCAACAAAAAGCACUUACUGCAUGUGGAACCCAAGUCAGUGUUUGUGUUGGGGUUACAGUACAGACCAGUUACAGGCAAGACUAGACCCCCUCAUUUUUCCCUGAUCAGCACAGCAAGGCUUUUAAUCCUGGAUUAAAUUAUGAAAACAAACGUUGCCACAGUGCUGGUGGAUGAACAGUCGAGAACUUUCAUAUCCUCUUGGUGGUUUUUACCAUCCUAGACAACCCCAAAGAGAAGCACUUUUGUUGAAGCAAAUCAGCAGUGGCUCUGUUUGGAGUGAUCUAGGAGACAUUCUUGCAUGAUCAGACUUCAAGAACAAUGAAAAAAGGACGCACACACACAGCUUUUUCUGUCAAGUAAAACUGCCCCAACAAGUAGCACUUACUGAGUUCAAGGUGCAAGUUAAUGCUCAAGUCAGGGUAGUGAUAUUGACCCUCAGCUCAGAAACAGUUCUGGACCAGUGUUUUCCUGAGCUAAAAUUCUGUUGUACAAGAAUAUAUCUCCCAGGGGGCUUUGGUAUUGACAGCUGAGAGUUGGUUUUCAGCAACACUACCCCAACAAGUAGCACUUACUGCUUUCACUUAUCUAGUCAGUGCAUGUGUUUGGGUAAUGCUGGUGACAUAAUCAUGACAAAUAAUAAGGAAUGAAAAAUAAUAAUAAAUAAUCAUGACAAAACCAGUAAGCCAUAAUGAAACAUGUCUUUGCCAGUAUUUUUCUGUUUCAUACCUGCUUUUUGGUGAAAAGACACCAACAAAACACCCCCAAAGAGAAGCACUUAUGAACAGAGAAAUCAUCAGUGUCUCUAUUUGAGGUGAUCAUGUUGUGCAUUUGCUGCAACCUCCUCCUGUCCAGCUCGUUGAAUUUGCCAUGUAAACCGCCCCAACAUGUAGCACUUACUGAAGGUCAGCAGCCAAGUCAAAUGCUCAGGUUGGGUUAAUCUUCAGGCCAUCAGUGAAUUUCUGUCCUGGUUAUAUAUGUCUUAGAUGCUACUUCCAGGACCCCCAUGCAGCGUCCCUUUGGAAGGCAUUUAAUUGCUUUUCAUCAUUUCCUCAACUUUAUAUCCUUCAAGCAGUCCUUUGGGCUUGACUCCGCCCGGUAACUUCCUGGUUUCCAUAGCUGUGACUAUUGCUUGUAUUCAGAGAUCCAUACUCAACAGGAUGGCCCAUCAGCCUGGGUAAUGUCCCAUUAAUGAGUAGUGGUAAGCAGCCUCACACCCCAUCAAAAAUAUCACCUUGCCCCUCACAUGUCCUCCUCAUCGGAUUCAACAUCAUUACAUUGUAACAUUCAAAGUCUACUUUUAAUGCGGAGGGGGUGAUGAAAUAAGACUACAUCUUGUCAUGACUGCCCUGUGAACCAGUCAUCUGGAUUUUGUUGAUGCCUUAUUCAUCUGAGUCUUUGCAAUAGUUCUUUGUCAGUAAAACUACCCCAACAAAAAGCACUUACUGCAUGUGGAACCCAAGUCAGUGUUUGUGUUGGGGUUACAGUACUGACCAGUUACAGGCAAGACUAGACCCCCCUCAUUUUUCCCUGAUCAGCACAGCAAGGCUUUUAAUCCUGGAUUAAAUUAUGAAAACAAAUGUUGCCACAGUGCUGGUGGAUGAACAGUCGAGAACUUUCAUAUCCUCUUGGUGGUUUUUACCAUCCUAGACAACCCCAAAGAGAAGCACUUUUGUUGAAGCAAAUCAGCAGUGGCUCUGUUUGGAGUGAUCUAGGAGACAUUCUUGCAUGAUCAGACUUCAAGAACAAUGAAAAAAGGACGCACACACACAGCUUUUUCUGUCAAGUAAAACUGCCCCAACAAGUAGCACUUACUGAGUUCAAGGUGCAAGUUAAUGCUCAAGUCAGGGUAGUGAUAUUGACCCUCAGCUCAGAAACAGUUCUGGACCAGUGUUUUCCUGAGCUAAAAUUCUGUUGUACAAGAAUAUAUCUCCCAGGGGGCUUCUGUGUUGACAGCUGAGAGUCCGUUUUCAGCAACACUACCCCAACAAGUAGCACUUACUGCUUUCACUUAUCUAGUCAGUGCAUGUGUUUGGGUAAUGCUGGUGACAUAAUCAUGACAAAUAAUAAGGAAUGAAAAAUAAUAAUAAAUAAUCAUGACAAAACCAGUAAGCCAUAAUGAAACAUGUCUUUGCCAGUAUUUUUCUGUUUCAUACCUGCUUUUUGGUGAAAAGACACCAACAAAACACCCCCAAAGAGAAGCACUUAUGAACAGAGAAAUCAUCAGUGUCUCUAUUUGAGGUGAUCAUGUUGUGCAUUUGCUGCAACCUCCUCCUGUCCAGCUCGUUGAAUUUGCCAUGUACAACCGCCCCAACAUGUAGCACUUACUGAAGGUCAGCAGCCAAGUCAAAUGCUCAGGUUGGGUUAAUCUUCAGGCCAUCAGUGAAUUUCUGUCCUGGUUAUAUAUGUCUUAGAUGCUACUUCCAGGACCCCCAUGCAGCGUCCCUUUGGAAGGCAUUUAAUUGCUUUUCAUCAUUUCCUCAACUUUAUAUCCUUCAAGCAGUCCUUUGGGCUUGACUCCGCCCGGUAACUUCCUGGUUUCCAUAGCUGUGACUAUUGCUUGUAUUCAGAGAUCCAUACUCAACAGGAUGGCCCAUCAGCCUGGGUAAUGUCCCAUUAAUGAGUAGUGGUAAGCAGCCUCACACCCCAUCAAAAAAUAUCACCUUGCCCCUCACAUGUCCUCCUCAUCGGAUUCAACAUCAUUACAUUGUAACAUUCAAAGUCUACUUUUAAUGCGGAGGGGGUGAUGAAAUAAGACUACAUCUUGUCAUGACUGCCCUGUGAACCAGUCAUCUGGAUUUUGUUGAUGCCUUAUUCAUCUGAGUCUUUGCAAUAGUUCUUUGUCAGUAAAACUACCCCAACAAAAAGCACUUACUGCAUGUGGAACCCAAGUCAGUGUUUGUGUUGGGGUUACAGUACUGACCAGUUACAGGCAAGACUAGACCCCCUCAUUUUUCCCUGAUCAGCACAGCAAGGCUUUUAAUCCUGGAUUAAAUUAUGAAAACAAAUGUUGCCACAGUGCUGGUGGAUGAACAGUCGAGAACUUUCAUAUCCUCUUGGUGGUUUUUACCAUCCUAGACAACCCCAAAGAGAAGCACUUUUGUUGAAGCAAAUCAGCAGUGGCUCUGUUUGGAGUGAUCUAGGAGACAUUCUUGCAUGAUCAGACUUCAAGAACAAUGAAAAAAGGACGCGCACACACAGCUUUUUCUGUCAAGUAAAACUGCCCCAACAAGUAGCACUUACUGAGUUCAAGGUGCAAGUUAAUGCUCAAGUCAGGGUAGUGAUAUUGACCCUCAGCUCAGAAACAGUUCUGGACCAGUGUUUUCCUGAGCUAAAAUUCUGUUGUACAAGAAUAUAUCUCCCAGGGGGCUUUGGUAUUGACAGCUGAGAGUUGGUUUUCAGCAACACUACCCCAACAAGUAGCACUUACUGCUUUCACUUAUCUAGUCAGUGCAUGUGUUUGGGUAAUGCUGGUGACAUAAUCAUGACAAAUAAUAAGGAAUGAAAAAUAAUAAUAAAUAAUCAUGACAAAACCAGUAAGCCAUAAUGAAACAUGUCUUUGCCAGUAUUUUUCUGUUUCAUACCUGCUUUUUGGUGAAAAGACACCAACAAAACACCCCCAAAGAGAAGCACUUAUGAACAGAGAAAUCAUCAGUGUCUCUAUUUGAGGUGAUCAUGUUGUGCAUUUGCUGCAACCUCCUCCUGUCCAGCUCGUUGAAUUUGCCAUGUACAACCGCCCCAACAUGUAGCACUUACUGAAGGUCAGCAGCCAAGUCAAAUGCUCAGGUUGGGUUAAUCUUCAGGCCAUCAGUGAAUUUCUGUCCUGGUUAUAUAUGUCUUAGAUGCUACUUCCAGGACCCCCAUGCAGCGUCCCUUUGGAAGGCAUUUAAUUGCUUUUCAUCAUUUCCUCAACUUUAUAUCCUUCAAGCAGUCCUUUGGGCUUGACUCCGCCCGGUAACUUCCUGGUUUCCAUAGCUGUGACUAUUGCUUGUAUUCAGAGAUCCAUACUCAACAGGAUGGCCCAUCAGCCUGGGUAAUGUCCCAUUAAUGAGUAGUGGUAAGCAGCCUCACACCCCAUCAAAAAAUAUCACCUUGCCCCUCACAUGUCCUCCUCAUCGGAUUCAACAUCAAUACAUUGUAACAUUCAAAGUCUACUUUUAAUGCGGAGGGGGUGAUGAAAUAAGACUACAUCUUGUCAUGACUGCCCUGUGAACCAGUCAUCUGGAUUUUGUUGAUGCCUUAUUCAUCUGAGUCUUUGCAAUAGUUCUUUGUCAGUAAAACUACCCCAACAAAAAGCACUUACUGCAUGUGGAACCCAAGUCAGUGUUUGUGUUGGGGUUACAGUACUGACCAGUUACAGGCAAGACUAGACCCCCUCAUUUUUCCCUGAUCAGCACAGCAAGGCUUUUAAUCCUGGAUUAAAUUAUGAAAACAAAUGUUGCCACAGUGCUGGUGGAUGAACAGUCGAGAACUUUCAUAUCCUCUUGGUGGUUUUUACCAUCCUAGACAACCCCAAAGAGAAGCACUUUUGUUGAAGCAAAUCAGCAGUGGCUCUGUUUGGAGUGAUCUAGGAGACAUUCUUGCAUGAUCAGACUUCAAGAACAAUGAAAAAAGGACGCGCACACACAGCUUUUUCUGUCAAGUAAAACUGCCCCAACAAGUAGCACUUACUGAGUUCAAGGUGCAAGUUAAUGCUCAAGUCAGGGUAGUGAUAUUGACCCUCAGCUCAGAAACAGUUCUGGACCAGUGUUUUCCUGAGCUAAAAUUCUGUUGUACAAGAAUAUAUCUCCCUGGGGGCUUCUGUGUUGACAGCUGAGAGUUGGUUUUCAGCAACACUACCCCAACAAGUAGCACUUACUGCUUUCACUUAUCUAGUCAGUGCAUGUGUUUGGGUAAUGCUGGUGACAUAAUCAUGACAAAUAAUAAGGAAUGAAAAAUAAUAAUAAAUAAUCAUGACAAAACCAGUAAGCCAUAAUGAAACAUGUCUUUGCCAGUAUUUUUCUGUUUCAUACCUGCUUUUUGGUGAAAAGACACCAACAAAACACCCCCAAAGAGAAGCACUUAUGAACAGAGAAAUCAUCAGUGUCUCUAUUUGAGGUGAUCAUGUUGUGCAUUUGCUGCAACCUCCUCCUGUCCAGCUCGUUGAAUUUGCCAUGUACAACCGCCCCAACAUGUAGCACUUACUGAAGGUCAGCAGCCAAGUCAAAUGCUCAGGUUGGGUUAAUCUUCAGGCCAUCAGUGAAUUUCUGUCCUGGUUAUAUAUGUCUUAGAUGCUACUUCCAGGACCCCCAUGCAGCGUCCCUUUGGAAGGCAUUUAAUUGCUUUUCAUCAUUUCCUCAACUUUAUAUCCUUCAAGCAGUCCUUUGGGCUUGACUCCGCCCGGUAACUUCCUGGUUUCCAUAGCUGUGACUAUUGCUUGUAUUCAGAGAUCCAUACUCAACAGGAUGGCCCAUCAGCCUGGGUAAUGUCCCAUUAAUGAGUAGUGGUAAGCGGCCUCACACCCCAUCAAAAAAUAUCACCUUGCCCCUCACAUGUCCUCCUCAUCGGAUUCAACAUCAUUACAUUGUAACAUUCAAAGUCUACUUUUAAUGCGGAGGGGGUGAUGAAAUAAGACUACAUCUUGUCAUGACUGCCCUGUGAACCAGUCAUCUGGAUUUUGUUGAUGCCUUAUUCAUCUGAGUCUUUGCAAUAGUUCUUUGUCAGUAAAACUACCCCAACAAAAAGCACUUACUGCAUGUGGAACCCAAGUCAGUGUUUGUGUUGGGGUUACAGUACUGACCAGUUACAGGCAAGACUAGACCCCCCUCAUUUUUCCCUGAUCAGCACAGCAAGGCUUUUAAUCCUGGAUUAAAUUAUGAAAACAAAUGUUGCCACAGUGCUGGUGGAUGAACAGUCGAGAACUUUCAUAUCCUCUUGGUGGUUUUUACCAUCCUAGACAACCCCAAAGAGAAGCACUUUUGUUGAAGCAAAUCAGCAGUGGCUCUGUUUGGAGUGAUCUAGGAGACAAUCUUGCAUGAUCAGACUUCAAGAACAAUGAAAAAAGGACGCACACACACAGCUUUUUCUGUCAAGUAAAACUGCCCCAACAAGUAGCACUUACUGAGUUCAAGGUGCAAGUUAAUGCUCAAGUCAGGGUAGUGAUAUUGACCCUCAGCUCAGAAACAGUUCUGGACCAGUGUUUUCCUGAGCUAAAAUUCUGUUGUACAAGAAUAUAUCUCCCAGGGGGCUUUGGUAUUGACAGCUGAGAGUUGGUUUUCAGCAACACUACCCCAACAAGUAGCACUUACUGCUUUCACUUAUCUAGUCAGUGCAUGUGUUUGGGUAAUGCUGGUGACAUAAUCAUGACAAAUAAUAAGGAAUGAAAAAUAAUAAUAAAUAAUCAUGACAAAACCAGUAAGCCAUAAUGAAACAUGUCUUUGCCAGUAUUUUUCUGUUUCAUACCUGCUUUUUGGUGAAAAGACACCAACAAAACACCCCCAAAGAGAAGCACUUAUGAACAGAGAAAUCAUCAGUGUCUCUAUUUGAGGUGAUCAUGUUGUGCAUUUGCUGCAACCUCCUCCUGUCCAGCUUGUUGAAUUUGCCAUGUACAACCGCCCCAACAUGUAGCACUUACUGAAGGUCAGCAGCCAAGUCAAAUGCUCAGGUUGGGUUAAUCUUCAGGCCAUCAGUGAAUUUCUGUCCUGGUUAUAUAUGUCUUAGAUGCUACUUCCAGGACCCCCAUGCAGCGUCCCUUUGGAAGGCAUUUAAUUGCUUUUCAUCAUUUCCUCAACUUUAUAUCCUUCAAGCAGUCCUUUGGGCUUGACUCCACCCGGUAACUUCCUGGUUUCCAUAGCUGUGACUAUUGCUUGUAUUCAGAGAUCCAUACUCAACAGGAUGGCCCAUCAGCCUGGGUAAUGUCCCAUUAAUGAGUAGUGGUAAGCGGCCUCACACCCCAUCAAAAAAUAUCACCUUGCCCCUCACAUGUCCUCCUCAUCGGAUUCAACAUCAUUACAUUGUAACAUUCAAAGUCUACUUUUAAUGCGGAGGGGGUGAUGAAAUAAGACUACAUCUUGUCAUGACUGCCCUGUGAACCAGUCAUCUGGAUUUUGUUGAUGCCUUAUUCAUCUGAGUCUUUGCAAUAGUUCUUUGUCAGUAAAACUACCCCAACAAAAAGCACUUACUGCAUGUGGAACCCAAGUCAGUGUUUGUGUUGGGGUUACAGUACUGACCAGUUACAGGCAAGACUAGACCCCCCUCAUUUUUCCCUGAUCAGCACAGCAAGGCUUUUAAUCCUGGAUUAAAUUAUGAAAACAAAUGUUGCCACAGUGCUGGUGGAUGAACAGUCGAGAACUUUCAUAUCCUCUUGGUGGUUUUUACCAUCCUAGACAACCCCAAAGAGAAGCACUUUUGUUGAAGCAAAUCAGCAGUGGCUCUGUUUGGAGUGAUCUAGGAGACAUUCUUGCAUGAUCAGACUUCAAGAACAAUGAAAAAAGGACGCGCACACACAGCUUUUUCUGUCAAGUAAAACUGCCCCAACAAGUAGCACUUACUGAGUUCAAGGUGCAAGUUAAUGCUCAAGUCAGGGUAGUGAUAUUGACCCUCAGCUCAGAAACAGUUCUGGACCAGUGUUUUCCUGAGCUAAAAUUCUGUUGUACAAGAAUAUAUCUCCCAGGGGGCUUUGGUAUUGACAGCUGAGAGUUGGUUUUCAGCAACACUACCCCAACAAGUAGCACUUACUGCUUUCACUUAUCUAGUCAGUGCAUGUGUUUGGGUAAUGCUGGUGACAUAAUCAUGACAAAUAAUAAGGAAUGAAAAAUAAUAAUAAAUAAUCAUGACAAAACCAGUAAGCCAUAAUGAAACAUGUCUUUGCCAGUAUUUUUCUGUUUCAUACCUGCUUUUUGGUGAAAAGACACCAACAAAACACCCCCAAAGAGAAGCACUUAUGAACAGAGAAAUCAUCAGUGUCUCUAUUUGAGGUGAUCAUGUUGUGCAUUUGCUGCAACCUCCUCCUGUCCAGCUCGUUGAAUUUGCCAUGUACAACCGCCCCAACAUGUAGCACUUACUGAAGGUCAGCAGCCAAGUCAAAUGCUCAGGUUGGGUUAAUCUUCAGGCCAUCAGUGAAUUUCUGUCCUGGUUAUAUAUGUCUUAGAUGCUACUUCCAGGACCCCCAUGCAGCGUCCCUUUGGAAGGCAUUUAAUUGCUUUUCAUCAUUUCCUCAACUUUAUAUCCUUCAAGCAGUCCUUUGGGCUUGACUCCGCCCGGUAACUUCCUGGUUUCCAUAGCUGUGACUAUUGCUUGUAUUCAGAGAUCCAUACUCAACAGGAUGGCCCAUCAGCCUGGGUAAUGUCCCAUUAAUGAGUAGUGGUAAGCAGCCUCACACCCCAUCAAAAAGUAUCACCUUGCCCCUCACAUGUCCUCCUCAUCGGAUUCAACAUCAUUACAUUGUAACAUUCAAAGUCUACUUUUAAUGCGGAGGGGGUGAUGAAAUAAGAGUACAUGUUGUCAUGACUGCCCUGUGAACCAGUCAUCUGGAUUUUGUUGAUGCCUUAUUCAUCUGAGUCUUUGCAAUAGUUCUUUGUCAGUAAAACUACCCCAACAAAAAGCACUUACUGCAUGUGGAACCCAAGUCAGUGUUUGUGUUGGGGUUACAGUACUGACCAGUUACAGGCAAGACUAGACCCCCCUCAUUUUUCCCUGAUCAGCACAGCAAGGCUUUUAAUCCUGGAUUAAAUUAUGAAAACAAAUGUUGCCACAGUGCUGGUGGAUGAACAGUCGAGAACUUUCAUAUCCUCUUGGUGGUUUUUACCAUCCUAGACAACCCCAAAGAGAAGCACUUUUGUUGAAGCAAAUCAGCAGUGGCUCUGUUUGGAGUGAUCUAGGAGACAUUCUUGCAUGAUCAGACUUCAAGAACAAUGAAAAAAGGACGCGCACACACAGCUUUUUCUGUCAAGUAAAACUGCCCCAACAAGUAGCACUUACUGAGUUCAAGGUGCAAGUUAAUGCUCAAGUCAGGGUAGUGAUAUUGACCCUCAGCUCAGAAACAGUUCUGGACCAGUGUUUUCCUGAGCUAAAAUUCUGUUGUACAAGAAUAUAUCUCCCUGGGGGCUUCUGUGUUGACAGCUGAGAGUUGGUUUUCAGCAACACUACCCCAACAAGUAGCACUUACUGCUUUCACUUAUCUAGUCAGUGCAUGUGUUUGGGUAAUGCUGGUGACAUAAUCAUGACAAAUAAUAAGGAAUGAAAAAUAAUAAUAAAUAAUCAUGACAAAACCAGUAAGCCAUAAUGAAACAUGUCUUUGCCAGUAUUUUUCUGUUUCAUACCUGCUUUUUGGUGAAAAGACACCAACAAAACACCCCCAAAGAGAAGCACUUAUGAACAGAGAAAUCAUCAGUGUCUCUAUUUGAGGUGAUCAUGUUGUGCAUUUGCUGCAACCUCCUCCUGUCCAGCUUGUUGAAUUUGCCAUGUACAACCGCCCCAACAUGUAGCACUUACUGAAGGUCAGCAGCCAAGUCAAAUGCUCAGGUUGGGUUAAUCUUCAGGCCAUCAGUGAAUUUCUGUCCUGGUUAUAUAUGUCUUAGAUGCUACUUCCAGGACCCCCAUGCAGCGUCCCUUUGGAAGGCAUUUAAUUGCUUUUCAUCAUUUCCUCAACUUUAUAUCCUUCAAGCAGUCCUUUGGGCUUGACUCCACCCGUUAACUUCCUGGUUUCCAUAGCUGUGACUAUUGCUUGUAUUCAGAGAUCCAUACUCAACAGGAUGGCCCAUCAGCCUGGGUAAUGUCCCAUUAAUGAGUAGUGGUAAGCGGCCUCACACCCCAUCAAAAAAUAUCACCUUGCCCCUCACAUGUCCUCCUCAUCGGAUUCAACAUCAUUACAUUGUAACAUUCAAAGUCUACUUUUAAUGCGGAGGGGGUGAUGAAAUAAGAGUACAUCUUGUCAUGACUGCCCUGUGAACCAGUCAUCUGGAUUUUGUUGAUGCCUUAUUCAUCUGAGUCUUUGCAAUAGUUCUUUGUCAGUAAAACUACCCCAACAAAAAGCACUUACUGCAUGUGGAACCCAAGUCAGUGUUUGUGUUGGGGUUACAGUACUGACCAGUUACAGGCAAGACUAGACCCCCCUCAUUUUUCCCUGAUCAGCACAGCAAGGCUUUUAAUCCUGGAUUAAAUUAUGAAAACAAAUGUUGCCACAGUGCUGGUGGAUGAACAGUCGAGAACUUUCAUAUCCUCUUGGUGGUUUUUACCAUCCUAGACAACCCCAAAGAGAAGCACUUUUGUUGAAGCAAAUCAGCAGUGGCUCUGUUUGGAGUGAUCUAGGAGACAUUCUUGCAUGAUCAGACUUCAAGAACAAUGAAAAAAGGACGCACACACACAGCUUUUUCUGUCAAGUAAAACUGCCCCAACAAGUAGCACUUACUGAGUUCAAGGUGCAAGUUAAUGCUCAAGUCAGGGUAGUGAUAUUGACCCUCAGCUCAGAAACAGUUCUGGACCAGUGUUUUCCUGAGCUAAAAUUCUGUUGUACAAGAAUAUAUCUCCCAGGGGGCUUCUGUGUUGACAGCUGAGAGUUGUUUUCAGCAACACUACCCCAACAAGUAGCACUUACUGCUUUCACUUAUCUAGUCAGUGCAUGUGUUUGGGUAAUGCUGGUGACAUAAUCAUGACAAAUAAUAAGGAAUGAAAAAUAAUAAUAAAUAAUCAUGACAAAACCAGUAAGCCAUAAUGAAACAUGUCUUUGCCAGUAUUUUUCUGUUUCAUACCUGCUUUUUGGUGAAAAGACACCAACAAAACACCCCCAAAGAGAAGCACUUAUGAACAGAGAAAUCAUCAGUGUCUCUAUUUGAGGUGAUCAUGUUGUGCAUUUGCUGCAACCUCCUCCUGUCCAGCUCGUUGAAUUUGCCAUGUACAACCGCCCCAACAUGUAGCACUUACUGAAGGUCAGCAGCCAAGUCAAAUGCUCAGGUUGGGUUAAUCUUCAGGCCAUCAGUGAAUUUCUGUCCUGGUUAUAUAUGUCUUAGAUGCUACUUCCAGGACCCCCAUGCAGCGUCCCUUUGGAAGGCAUUUAAUUGCUUUUCAUCAUUUCCUCAACUUUAUAUCCUUCAAGCAGUCCUUUGGGCUUGACUCCGCCCGGUAACUUCCUGGUUUCCAUAGCUGUGACUAUUGCUUGUAUUCAGAGAUCCAUACUCAACAGGAUGGCCCAUCAGCCUGGGUAAUGUCCCAUUAAUGAGUAGUGGUAAGCGGCCUCACACCCCAUCAAAAAAUAUCACCUUGCCCCUCACAUGUCCUCCUCAUCGGAUUCAACAUCAAUACAUUGUAACAUUCAAAGUCUACUUUUAAUGCGGAGGGGGUGAUGAAAUAAGACUACAUCUUGUCAUGACUGCCCUGUGAACCAGUCAUCUGGAUUUUGUUGAUGCCUUAUUCAUCUGAGUCUUUGCAAUAGUUCUUUGUCAGUAAAACUACCCCAACAAAAAGCACUUACUGCAUGUGGAACCCAAGUCAGUGUUUGUGUUGGGGUUACAGUACUGACCAGUUACAGGCAAGACUAGACCCCCCUCAUUUUUCCCUGAUCAGCACAGCAAGGCUUUUAAUCCUGGAUUAAAUUAUGAAAACAAAUGUUGCCACAGUGCUGGUGGAUGAACAGUCGAGAACUUUCAUAUCCUCUUGGUGGUUUUUACCAUCCUAGACAACCCCAAAGAGAAGCACUUUUGUUGAAGCAAAUCAGCAGUGGCUCUGUUUGGAGUGAUCUAGGAGACAUUCUUGCAUGAUCAGACUUCAAGAACAAUGAAAAAAGGACGCGCACACACAGCUUUUUCUGUCAAGUAAAACUGCCCCAACAAGUAGCACUUACUGAGUUCAAGGUGCAAGUUAAUGCUCAAGUCAGGGUAGUGAUAUUGACCCUCAGCUCAGAAACAGUUCUGGACCAGUGUUUUCCUGAGCUAAAAUUCUGUUGUACAAGAAUAUAUCUCCCAGGGGGCUUUGGUAUUGACAGCUGAGAGUUGGUUUUCAGCAACACUACCCCAACAAGUAGCACUUACUGCUUUCACUUAUCUAGUCAGUGCAUGUGUUUGGGUAAUGCUGGUGACAUAAUCAUGACAAAUAAUAAGGAAUGAAAAAUAAUAAUAAAUAAUCAUGACAAAACCAGUAAGCCAUAAUGAAACAUGUCUUUGCCAGUAUUUUUCUGUUUCAUACCUGCUUUUUGGUGAAAAGACACCAACAAAACACCCCCAAAGAGAAGCACUUAUGAACAGAGAAAUCAUCAGUGUCUCUAUUUGAGGUGAUCAUGUUGUGCAUUUGCUGCAACCUCCUCCUGUCCAGCUCGUUGAAUUUGCCAUGUACAACCGCCCCAACAUGUAGCACUUACUGAAGGUCAGCAGCCAAGUCAAAUGCUCAGGUUGGGUUAAUCUUCAGGCCAUCAGUGAAUUUCUGUCCUGGUUAUAUAUGUCUUAGAUGCUACUUCCAGGACCCCCAUGCAGCGUCCCUUUGGAAGGCAUUUAAUUGCUUUUCAUCAUUUCCUCAACUUUAUAUCCUUCAAGCAGUCCUUUGGGCUUGACUCCGCCCGGUAACUUCCUGGUUUCCAUAGCUGUGACUAUUGCUUGUAUUCAGAGAUCCAUACUCAACAGGAUGGCCCAUCAGCCUGGGUAAUGUCCCAUUAAUGAGUAGUGGUAAGCAGCCUCACACCCCAUCAAAAAAUAUCACCUUGCCCCUCACAUGUCCUCCUCAUCGGAUUCAACAUCAAUACAUUGUAACAUUCAAAGUCUACUUUUAAUGCGGAGGGGGUGAUGAAAUAAGACUACAUCUUGUCAUGACUGCCCUGUGAACCAGUCAUCUGGAUUUUGUUGAUGCCUUAUUCAUCUGAGUCUUUGCAAUAGUUCUUUGUCAGUAAAACUACCCCAACAAAAAGCACUUACUGCAUGUGGAACCCAAGUCAGUGUUUGUGUUGGGGUUACAGUACUGACCAGUUACAGGCAAGACUAGACCCCCCUCAUUUUUCCCUGAUCAGCACAGCAAGGCUUUUAAUCCUGGAUUAAAUUAUGAAAACAAAUGUUGCCACAGUGCUGGUGGAUGAACAGUCGAGAACUUUCAUAUCCUCUUGGUGGUUUUUACCAUCCUAGACAACCCCAAAGAGAAGCACUUUUGUUGAAGCAAAUCAGCAGUGGCUCUGUUUGGAGUGAUCUAGGAGACAUUCUUGCAUGAUCAGACUUCAAGAACAAUGAAAAAAGGACGCGCACACACAGCUUUUUCUGUCAAGUAAAACUGCCCCAACAAGUAGCACUUACUGAGUUCAAGGUGCAAGUUAAUGCUCAAGUCAGGGUAGUGAUAUUGACCCUCAGCUCAGAAACAGUUCUGGACCAGUGUUUUCCUGAGCUAAAAUUCUGUUGUACAAGAAUAUAUCUCCCAGGGGGCUUUGGUAUUGACAGCUGAGAGUUGGUUUUCAGCAACACUACCCCAACAAGUAGCACUUACUGCUUUCACUUAUCUAGUCAGUGCAUGUGUUUGGGUAAUGCUGGUGACAUAAUCAUGACAAAUAAUAAGGAAUGAAAAAUAAUAAUAAAUAAUCAUGACAAAACCAGUAAGCCAUAAUGAAACAUGUCUUUGCCAGUAUUUUUCUGUUUCAUACCUGCUUUUUGGUGAAAAGACACCAACAAAACACCCCCAAAGAGAAGCACUUAUGAACAGAGAAAUCAUCAGUGUCUCUAUUUGAGGUGAUCAUGUUGUGCAUUUGCUGCAACCUCCUCCUGUCCAGCUCGUUGAAUUUGCCAUGUCAACCGCCCCAACAUGUAGCACUUACUGAAGGUCAGCAGCCAAGUCAAAUGCUCAGGUUGGGUUAAUCUUCAGGCCAUCAGUGAAUUUCUGUCCUGGUUAUAUAUGUCUUAGAUGCUACUUCCAGGACCUCCAUGCAGCGUCCCUUUGGAAGGCAUUUAAUUGCUUUUCAUCAUUUCCUCAACUUUAUAUCCUUCAAGCAGUCCUUUGGGCUUGACUCCGCCCGGUAACUUCCUGGUUUCCAUAGCUGUGACUAUUGCUUGUAUUCAGAGAUCCAUACUCAACAGGAUGGCCCAUCAGCCUGGGUAAUGUCCCAUUAAUGAGUAGUGGUAAGCAGCCUCACACCCCAUCAAAAACAUCACCUUGCCCCUCACAUGUCCUCCUCAUCGGAUUCAACAUCAAUACAUUGUAACAUUCAAAGUCUACUUUUAAUGCGGAGGGGGUGAUGAAAUAAGACUACAUCUUGUCAUGACUGCCCUGUGAACCAGUCAUCUGGAUUUUGUUGAUGCCUUAUUCAUCUGAGUCUUUGCAAUAGUUCUUUGUCAGUAAAACUACCCCAACAAAAAGCACUUACUGCAUGUGGAACCCAAGUCAGUGUUUGUGUUGGGGUUACAGUACUGACCAGUUACAGGCAAGACUAGACCCCCCUCAUUUUUCCCUGAUCAGCACAGCAAGGCUUUUAAUCCUGGAUUAAAUUAUGAAAACAAAUGUUGCCACAGUGCUGGUGGAUGAACAGUCGAGAACUUUCAUAUCCUCUUGGUGGUUUUUACCAUCCUAGACAACCCCAAAGAGAAGCACUUUUGUUGAAGCAAAUCAGCAGUGGCUCUGUUUGGAGUGAUCUAGGAGACAUUCUUGCAUGAUCAGACUUCAAGAACAAUGAAAAAAGGACGCGCACACACAGCUUUUUCUGUCAAGUAAAACUGCCCCAACAAGUAGCACUUACUGAGUUCAAGGUGCAAGUUAAUGCUCAAGUCAGGGUAGUGAUAUUGACCCUCAGCUCAGAAACAGUUCUGGACCAGUGUUUUCCUGAGCUAAAAUUCUGUUGUACAAGAAUAUAUCUCCCAGGGGGCUUUGGUAUUGACAGCUGAGAGUUGGUUUUCAGCAACACUACCCCAACAAGUAGCACUUACUGCUUUCACUUAUCUAGUCAGUGCAUGUGUUUGGGUAAUGCUGGUGACAUAAUCAUGACAAAUAAUAAGGAAUGAAAAAUAAUAAUAAAUAAUCAUGACAAAACCAGUAAGCCAUAAUGAAACAUGUCUCUGCCAGUAUUUUUCUGUUUCAUACCUGCUUUUUGGUGAAAAGACACCAACAAAACACCCCCAAAGAGAAGCACUUAUGAACAGAGAAAUCAUCAGUGUCUCUAUUUGAGGUGAUCAUGUUGUGCAUUUGCUGCAACCUCCUCCUGUCCAGCUCGUUGAAUUUGCCAUGUACAACCGCCCCAACAUGAAGCACUUACUGAAGAUCAGCAGCCAAGUCAAAUGCUCAGGUUGGGUUUAUCCUCAGGCCAUCAGUGAAUUUCUGUCCUGGUUAUAUAUGUCUUAGAUGCUACUUCCAGGACCUCCAUGCAGCGUCCCUUUGGAAGGCAUUUAAUUGCUUUUCAUCAUUUCCUCAACUUUAUAUCCUUCAAGCAGUCCUUUGGGCUUGACUCCGCCCGGUAACUUCCUGGUUUCCAUAGCUGUGACUAUUGCUUGUAUUCAGAGAUCCAUACUCAACAGGAUGGCCCAUCAGCCUGGGUAAUGUCCCAUUAAUGAGUAGUGGUAAGCAGCCUCACACCCCAUCAAAAAAUAUCACCUUGCCCCUCACAUGUCCUCCUCAUCGGAUUCAACAUCAAUACAUUGUAACAUUCAAAGUCUACUUUUAAUGCGGAGGGGGUGAUGAAAUAAGAGUACAUCUUGUCAUGACUGCCCUGUGAACCAGUCAUCUGGAUUUUGUUGAUGCCUUAUUCAUCUGAGUCUUUGCAAUAGUUCUUUGUCAGUAAAACUACCCCAACAAAAAGCACUUACUGCAUGUGGAACCCAAGUCAGUGUUUGCGUUGGGGUUACAGUACUGACCAGUUACAGGCAAGACUAGACCCCCUCAUUUUUCCCUGAUCAGCACAGCAAGGCUUUUAAUCCUGGAUUAAAUUAUGAAAACAAAUGUUGCCACAGUGCUGGUGGAUGAACGGUCGAGAACUUUCAUAUCCUCUUGGUGGUUUUUACCAUCCUAGACAACCCCAAAGAGAAGCACUUUUGUUGAAGCAAAUCAGCAGUGGCUCUGUUUGGAGUGAUCUAGGAGACAUUCUUGCAUGAUCAGACUUCAAGAACAAUGAAAAAAGGACGCGCACACACAGCUUUUUCUGUCAAGUAAAACUGCCCCAACAAGUAGCACUUACUGAGUUCAAGGUGCAAGUUAAUGCUCAAGUCAGGGUAGUGAUAUUGACCCUCAGCUCAGAAACAGUUCUGGACCAGUGUUUUCCUGAGCUAAAAUUCUGUUGUACAAGAAUAUAUCUCCCAGGGGGCUUUGGUAUUGACAGCUGAGAGUUGGUUUUCAGCAACACUACCCCAACAAGUAGCACUUACUGCUUUCACUUAUCUAGUCAGUGCAUGUGUUUGGGUAAUGCUGGUGACAUAAUCAUGACAAAUAAUAAGGAAUGAAAAAUAAUAAUAAAUAAUCAUGACAAAACCAGUAAGCCAUAAUGAAACAUGUCUUUGCCAGUAUUUUUCUGUUUCAUACCUGCUUUUUGGUGAAAAGACACCAACAAAACACCCCCAAAGAGAAGCACUUAUGUACAGAGAAAUCAUCAGUGUCUCUAUUUGAGGUGAUCAUGUUGUGCAUUUGCUGCAACCUCCUCCUGUCCAGCUUGUUGAAUUUGCCAUGUACAACCGCCCCAACAUGUAGCACUUACUGAAGGUCAGCAGCCAAGUCAAAUGCUCAGGUUGGGUUAAUCUUCAGGCCAUCAGUGAAUUUCUGUCCUGGUUAUAUAUGUCUUAGAUGCUACUUCCAGGACCCCCAUGCAGCGUCCCUUUGGAAGGCAUUUAAUUGCUUUUCAUCAUUUCCUCAACUUUAUAUCCUUCAAGCAGUCCUUUGGGCUUGACUCCGCCCGGUAACUUCCUGGUUUCCAUAGCUGUGACUAUUGCUUGUAUUCAGAGAUCCAUACUCAACAGGAUGGCCCAUCAGCCUGGGUAAUGUCCCAUUAAUGAGUAGUGGUAAGCGGCCUCACACCCCAUCAAAAAAUAUCACCUUGCCCCUCACAUGUCCUCCUCAUCGGAUUCAACAUCAAUACAUUGUAACAUUCAAAGUCUACUUUUAAUGCGGAGGGGGUGAUGAAAUAAGACUACAUCUUGUCAUGACUGCCCUGUGAACCAGUCAUCUGGAUUUUGUUGAUGCCUUAUUCAUCUGAGUCUUUGCAAUAGUUCUUUGUCAGUAAAACUACCCCAACAAAAAGCACUUACUGCAUGUGGAACCCAAGUCAGUGUUUGUGUUGGGGUUACAGUACAGACCAGUUACAGGCAAGACUAGACCCCCCUCAUUUUUCCCUGAUCAGCACAGCAAGGCUUUUAAUCCUGGAUUAAAUUAUGAAAACAAAUGUUGCCACAGUGAAGGUGGAUGAACAGUCGAGAACUUUCAUAACCUCUUGGUGGUUUUUACCAUCCUAGACAGCCCCAAAGAGAAGCACUUUUGUUGAAGAAAAUCAGCAGUGGCUCUGUUUGGAGUGAUCUAGGAGACAUUCUUGCAUGAUCAGACUUCAAGAACAAUGAAAAAGGACGCCACACACAGCUUUUUCUGUCAAGUAAAACUGCCCCAACAAGUAGCACUUACUGAGUUCAAGGUGCAAGUUAAUGCUCAAGUCAGGGUAGUGAUAUUGACCCUCAGCUCAGAAACAGUUCUGGACCAGUGUUUUCCUGAGCUAAAAUUCUGUUGUACAAGAAUAUAUCUCCCAGGGGGCUUUGGUAUUGACAGCUGAGAGUUGGUUUUCAGCAACACUACCCCAACAAGUAGCACUUACUGCUUUCACUUAUCUAGUCAGUGCAUGUGUUUGGGUAAUGCUGGUGACAUAAUCAUGACAAAUAAUAAGGAAUGAAAAAUAAUAAUAAAUAAUCAUGACAAAACCAGUAAGCCAUAAUGAAACAUGUCUUUGCCAGUAUUUUUCUGUUUCAUACCUGCUUUUUGGUGAAAAGACACCAACAAAACACCCCCAAAGAGAAGCACUUAUGAACAGAGAAAUCAUCAGUGUCUCUAUUUGAGGUGAUCAUGUUGUGCAUUUGCUGCAACCUCCUCCUGUCCAGCUUGUUGAAUUUGCCAUGUACAACCGCCCCAACAUGUAGCACUUACUGAAGGUCAGCAGCCAAGUCAAAUGCUCAGGUUGGGUUAAUCUUCAGGCCAUCAGUGAAUUUCUGUCCUGGUUAUAUAUGUCUUAGAUGCUACUUCCAGGACCCCCAUGCAGCGUCCCUUUGGAAGGCAUUUAAUUGCUUUUCAUCAUUUCCUCAACUUUAUAUCCUUCAAGCAGUCCUUUGGGCUUGACUCCACCCGUUAACUUCCUGGUUUCCAUAGCUGUGACUAUUGCUUGUAUUCAGAGAUCCAUACUCAACAGGAUGGCCCAUCAGCCUGGGUAAUGUCCCAUUAAUGAGUAGUGGUAAGCGGCCUCACACCCCAUCAAAAAAUAUCACCUUGCCCCUCACAUGUCCUCCUCAUCGGAUUCAACAUCAUUACAUUGUAACAUUCAAAGUCUACUUUUAAUGCGGAGGGGGUGAUGAAAUAAGAGUACAUCUUGUCAUGACUGCCCUGUGAACCAGUCAUCUGGAUUUUGUUGAUGCCUUAUUCAUCUGAGUCUUUGCAAUAGUUCUUUGUCAGUAAAACUACCCCAACAAAAAGCACUUACUGCAUGUGGAACCCAAGUCAGUGUUUGUGUUGGGGUUACAGUACUGACCAGUUACAGGCAAGACUAGACCCCCCUCAUUUUUCCCUGAUCAGCACAGCAAGGCUUUUAAUCCUGGAUUAAAUUAUGAAAACAAAUGUUGCCACAGUGCUGGUGGAUGAACAGUCGAGAACUUUCAUAUCCUCUUGGUGGUUUUUACCAUCCUAGACAACCCCAAAGAGAAGCACUUUUGUUGAAGCAAAUCAGCAGUGGCUCUGUUUGGAGUGAUCUAGGAGACAUUCUUGCAUGAUCAGACUUCAAGAACAAUGAAAAAAGGACGCGCACACACAGCUUUUUCUGUCAAGUAAAACUGCCCCAACAAGUAGCACUUACUGAGUUCAAGGUGCAAGUUAAUGCUCAAGUCAGGGUAGUGAUAUUGACCCUCAGCUCAGAAACAGUUCUGGACCAGUGUUUUCCUGAGCUAAAAUUCUGUUGUACAAGAAUAUAUCUCCCAGGGGGCUUUGGUAUUGACAGCUGAGAGUUGGUUUUCAGCAACACUACCCCAACAAGUAGCACUUACUGCUUUCACUUAUCUAGUCAGUGCAUGUGUUUGGGUAAUGCUGGUGACAUAAUCAUGACAAAUAAUAAGGAAUGAAAAAUAAUAAUAAAUAAUCAUGACAAAACCAGUAAGCCAUAAUGAAACAUGUCUUUGCCAGUAUUUUUCUGUUUCAUACCUGCUUUUUGGUGAAAAGACACCAACAAAACACCCCCAAAGAGAAGCACUUAUGAACAGAGAAAUCAUCAGUGUCUCUAUUUGAGGUGAUCAUGUUGUGCAUUUGCUGCAACCUCCUCCUGUCCAGCUCGUUGAAUUUGCCAUGUACAACCGCCCCAACAUGUAGCACUUACUGAAGGUCAGCAGCCAAGUCAAAUGCUCAGGUUGGGUUAAUCUUCAGGCCAUCAGUGAAUUUCUGUCCUGGUUAUAUAUGUCUUAGAUGCUACUUCCAGGACCCCCAUGCAGCGUCCCUUUGGAAGGCAUUUAAUUGCUUUUCAUCAUUUCCUCAACUUUAUAUCCUUCAAGCAGUCCUUUGGGCUUGACUCCGCCCGGUAACUUCCUGGUUUCCAUAGCUGUGACUAUUGCUUGUAUUCAGAGAUCCAUACUCAACAGGAUGGCCCAUCAGCCUGGGUAAUGUCCCAUUAAUGAGUAGUGGUAAGCAGCCUCACACCCCAUCAAAAAAUAUCACCUUGCCCCUCACAUGUCCUCCUCAUCGGAUUCAACAUCAUUACAUUGUAACAUUCAAAGUCUACUUUUAAUGCGGAGGGGGUGAUGAAAUAAGAGUACAUCUUGUCAUGACUGCCCUGUGAACCAGUCAUCUGGAUUUUGUUGAUGCCUUAUUCAUCUGAGUCUUUGCAAUAGUUCUUUGUCAGUAAAACUACCCCAACAAAAAGCACUUACUGCAUGUGGAACCCAAGUCAGUGUUUGUGUUGGGGUUACAGUACUGACCAGUUACAGGCAAGACUAGACCCCCCUCAUUUUUCCCUGAUCAGCACAGCAAGGCUUUUAAUCCUGGAUUAAAUUAUGAAAACAAAUGUUGCCACAGUGCUGGUGGAUGAACAGUCGAGAACUUUCAUAUCCUCUUGGUGGUUUUUACCAUCCUAGACAACCCCAAAGAGAAGCACUUUUGUUGAAGCAAAUCAGCAGUGGCUCUGUUUGGAGUGAUCUAGGAGACAUUCUUGCAUGAUCAGACUUCAAGAACAAUGAAAAAAGGACGCGCACACACAGCUUUUUCUGUCAAGUAAAACUGCCCCAACAAGUAGCACUUACUGAGUUCAAGGUGCAAGUUAAUGCUCAAGUCAGGGUAGUGAUAUUGACCCUCAGCUCAGAAACAGUUCUGGACCAGUGUUUUCCUGAGCUAAAAUUCUGUUGUACAAGAAUAUAUCUCCCAGGGGGCUUUGGUAUUGACAGCUGAGAGUUGGUUUUCAGCAACACUACCCCAACAAGUAGCACUUACUGCUUUCACUUAUCUAGUCAGUGCAUGUGUUUGGGUAAUGCUGGUGACAUAAUCAUGACAAAUAAUAAGGAAUGAAAAAUAAUAAUAAAUAAUCAUGACAAAACCAGUAAGCCAUAAUGAAACAUGUCUUUGCCAGUAUUUUUCUGUUUCAUACCUGCUUUUUGGUGAAAAGACACCAACAAAACACCCCCAAAGAGAAGCACUUAUGAACAGAGAAAUCAUCAGUGUCUCUAUUUGAGGUGAUCAUGUUGUGCAUUUGCUGCAACCUCCUCCUGUCCAGCUUGUUGAAUUUGCCAUGUACAACCGCCCCAACAUGUAGCACUUACUGAAGGUCAGCAGCCAAGUCAAAUGCUCAGGUUGGGUUAAUCUUCAGGCCAUCAGUGAAUUUCUGUCCUGGUUAUAUAUGUCUUAGAUGCUACUUCCAGGACCCCCAUGCAGCGUCCCUUUGGAAGGCAUUUAAUUGCUUUUCAUCAUUUCCUCAACUUUAUAUCCUUCAAGCAGUCCUUUGGGCUUGACUCCACCCGUUAACUUCCUGGUUUCCAUAGCUGUGACUAUUGCUUGUAUUCAGAGAUCCAUACUCAACAGGAUGGCCCAUCAGCCUGGGUAAUGUCCCAUUAAUGAGUAGUGGUAAGCGGCCUCACACCCCAUCAAAAAAUAUCACCUUGCCCCUCACAUGUCCUCCUCAUCGGAUUCAACAUCAUUACAUUGUAACAUUCAAAGUCUACUUUUAAUGCGGAGGGGGUGAUGAAAUAAGAGUACAUCUUGUCAUGACUGCCCUGUGAACCAGUCAUCUGGAUUUUGUUGAUGCCUUAUUCAUCUGAGUCUUUGCAAUAGUUCUUUGUCAGUAAAACUACCCCAACAAAAAGCACUUACUGCAUGUGGAACCCAAGUCAGUGUUUGUGUUGGGGUUACAGUACUGACCAGUUACAGGCAAGACUAGACCCCCCUCAUUUUUCCCUGAUCAGCACAGCAAGGCUUUUAAUCCUGGAUUAAAUUAUGAAAACAAAUGUUGCCACAGUGCUGGUGGAUGAACAGUCGAGAACUUUCAUAUCCUCUUGGUGGUUUUUACCAUCCUAGACAACCCCAAAGAGAAGCACUUUUGUUGAAGCAAAUCAGCAGUGGCUCUGUUUGGAGUGAUCUAGGAGACAUUCUUGCAUGAUCAGACUUCAAGAACAAUGAAAAAAGGACGCGCACACACAGCUUUUUCUGUCAAGUAAAACUGCCCCAACAAGUAGCACUUACUGAGUUCAAGGUGCAAGUUAAUGCUCAAGUCAGGGUAGUGAUAUUGACCCUCAGCUCAGAAACAGUUCUGGACCAGUGUUUUCCUGAGCUAAAAUUCUGUUGUACAAGAAUAUAUCUCCCAGGGGGCUUUGGUAUUGACAGCUGAGAGUUGGUUUUCAGCAACACUACCCCAACAAGUAGCACUUACUGCUUUCACUUAUCUAGUCAGUGCAUGUGUUUGGGUAAUGCUGGUGACAUAAUCAUGACAAAUAAUAAGGAAUGAAAAAUAAUAAUAAAUAAUCAUGACAAAACCAGUAAGCCAUAAUGAAACAUGUCUUUGCCAGUAUUUUUCUGUUUCAUACCUGCUUUUUGGUGAAAAGACACCAACAAAACACCCCCAAAGAGAAGCACUUAUGAACAGAGAAAUCAUCAGUGUCUCUAUUUGAGGUGAUCAUGUUGUGCAUUUGCUGCAACCUCCUCCUGUCCAGCUUGUUGAAUUUGCCAUGUACAACCGCCCCAACAUGUAGCACUUACUGAAGGUCAGCAGCCAAGUCAAAUGCUCAGGUUGGGUUAAUCUUCAGGCCAUCAGUGAAUUUCUGUCCUGGUUAUAUAUGUCUUAGAUGCUACUUCCAGGACCCCCAUGCAGCGUCCCUUUGGAAGGCAUUUAAUUGCUUUUCAUCAUUUCCUCAACUUUAUAUCCUUCAAGCAGUCCUUUGGGCUUGACUCCACCCGUUAACUUCCUGGUUUCCAUAGCUGUGACUAUUGCUUGUAUUCAGAGAUCCAUACUCAACAGGAUGGCCCAUCAGCCUGGGUAAUGUCCCAUUAAUGAGUAGUGGUAAGCGGCCUCACACCCCAUCAAAAAAUAUCACCUUGCCCCUCACAUGUCCUCCUCAUCGGAUUCAACAUCAAUACAUUGUAACAUUCAAAGUCUACUUUUAAUGCGGAGGGGGUGAUGAAAUAAGACUACAUCUUGUCAUGACUGCCCUGUGAACCAGUCAUCUGGAUUUUGUUGAUGCCUUAUUCAUCUGAGUCUUUGCAAUAGUUCUUUGUCAGUAAAACUACCCCAACAAAAAGCACUUACUGCAUGUGGAACCCAAGUCAGUGUUUGUGUUGGGGUUACAGUACUGACCAGUUACAGGCAAGACUAGACCCCCCUCAUUUUUCCCUGAUCAGCACAGCAAGGCUUUUAAUCCUGGAUUAAAUUAUGAAAACAAAUGUUGCCACAGUGCUGGUGGAUGAACAGUCGAGAACUUUCAUAUCCUCUUGGUGGUUUUUACCAUCCUAGACAACCCCAAAGAGAAGCACUUUUGUUGAAGCAAAUCAGCAGUGGCUCUGUUUGGAGUGAUCUAGGAGACAUUCUUGCAUGAUCAGACUUCAAGAACAAUGAAAAAAGGACGCACACACACAGCUUUUUCUGUCAAGUAAAACUGCCCCAACAAGUAGCACUUACUGAGUUCAAGGUGCAAGUUAAUGCUCAAGUCAGGGUAGUGAUAUUGACCCUCAGCUCAGAAACAGUUCUGGACCAGUGUUUUCCUGAGCUAAAAUUCUGUUGUACAAGAAUAUAUCUCCCAGGGGGCUUUGGUAUUGACAGCUGAGAGUUGGUUUUCAGCAACACUACCCCAACAAGUAGCACUUACUGCUUUCACUUAUCUAGUCAGUGCAUGUGUUUGGGUAAUGCUGGUGACAUAAUCAUGACAAAUAAUAAGGAAUGAAAAAUAAUAAUAAAUAAUCAUGACAAAACCAGUAAGCCAUAAUGAAACAUGUCUUUGCCAGUAUUUUUCUGUUUCAUACCUGCUUUUUGGUGAAAAGACACCAACAAAACACCCCCAAAGAGAAGCACUUAUGAACAGAGAAAUCAUCAGUGUCUCUAUUUGAGGUGAUCAUGUUGUGCAUUUGCUGCAACCUCCUCCUGUCCAGCUUGUUGAAUUUGCCAUGUACAACCGCCCCAACAUGUAGCACUUACUGAAGGUCAGCAGCCAAGUCAAAUGCUCAGGUUGGGUUAAUCUUCAGGCCAUCAGUGAAUUUCUGUCCUGGUUAUAUAUGUCUUAGAUGCUACUUCCAGGACCCCCAUGCAGCGUCCCUUUGGAAGGCAUUUAAUUGCUUUUCAUCAUUUCCUCAACUUUAUAUCCUUCAAGCAGUCCUUUGGGCUUGACUCCACCCGUUAACUUCCUGGUUUCCAUAGCUGUGACUAUUGCUUGUAUUCAGAGAUCCAUACUCAACAGGAUGGCCCAUCAGCCUGGGUAAUGUCCCAUUAAUGAGUAGUGGUGGUAAGCGGCCUCACACCCCAUCAAAAAAUAUCACCUUGCCCCUCACAUGUCCUCCUCAUCGGAUUCAACAUCAUUACAUUGUAACAUUCAAAGUCUACUUUUAAUGCGGAGGGGGUGAUGAAAUAAGACUACAUCUUGUCAUGACUGCCCUGUGAACCAGUCAUCUGGAUUUUGUUGAUGCCUUAUUCAUCUGAGUCUUUGCAAUAGUUCUUUGUCAGUAAAACUACCCCAACAAAAAGCACUUACUGCAUGUGGAACCCAAGUCAGUGUUUGUGUUGGGGUUACAGUACUGACCAGUUACAGGCAAGACUAGACCCCCCUCAUUUUUCCCUGAUCAGCACAGCAAGGCUUUUAAUCCUGGAUUAAAUUAUGAAAACAAAUGUUGCCACAGUGCUGGUGGAUGAACAGUCGAGAACUUUCAUAUCCUCUUGGUGGUUUUUACCAUCCUAGACAACCCCAAAGAGAAGCACUUUUGUUGAAGCAAAUCAGCAGUGGCUCUGUUUGGAGUGAUCUAGGAGACAUUCUUGCAUGAUCAGACUUCAAGAACAAUGAAAAAAGGACGCGCACACACAGCUUUUUCUGUCAAGUAAAACUGCCCCAACAAGUAGCACUUACUGAGUUCAAGGUGCAAGUUAAUGCUCAAGUCAGGGUAGUGAUAUUGACCCUCAGCUCAGAAACAGUUCUGGACCAGUGUUUUCCUGAGCUAAAAUUCUGUUGUACAAGAAUAUAUCUCCCAGGGGGCUUUGGUAUUGACAGCUGAGAGUUGGUUUUCAGCAACACUACCCCAACAAGUAGCACUUACUGCUUUCACUUAUCUAGUCAGUGCAUGUGUUUGGGUAAUGCUGGUGACAUAAUCAUGACAAAUAAUAAGGAAUGAAAAAUAAUAAUAAAUAAUCAUGACAAAACCAGUAAGCCAUAAUGAAACAUGUCUUUGCCAGUAUUUUUCUGUUUCAUACCUGCUUUUUGGUGAAAAGACACCAACAAAACACCCCCAAAGAGAAGCACUUAUGAACAGAGAAAUCAUCAGUGUCUCUAUUUGAGGUGAUCAUGUUGUGCAUUUGCUGCAACCUCCUCCUGUCCAGCUCGUUGAAUUUGCCAUGUACAACCGCCCCAACAUGUAGCACUUACUGAAGGUCAGCAGCCAAGUCAAAUGCUCAGGUUGGGUUAAUCUUCAGGCCAUCAGUGAAUUUCUGUCCUGGUUAUAUAUGUCUUAGAUGCUACUUCCAGGACCCCCAUGCAGCGUCCCUUUGGAAGGCAUUUAAUUGCUUUUCAUCAUUUCCUCAACUUUAUAUCCUUCAAGCAGUCCUUUGGGCUUGACUCCGCCCGGUAACUUCCUGGUUUCCAUAGCUGUGACUAUUGCUUGUAUUCAGAGAUCCAUACUCAACAGGAUGGCCCAUCAGCCUGGGUAAUGUCCCAUUAAUGAGUAGUGGUAAGCGGCCUCACACCCCAUCAAAAAAUAUCACCUUGCCCCUCACAUGUCCUCCUCAUCGGAUUCAACAUCAAUACAUUGUAACAUUCAAAGUCUACUUUUAAUGCGGAGGGGGUGAUGAAAUAAGACUACAUCUUGUCAUGACUGCCCUGUGAACCAGUCAUCUGGAUUUUGUUGAUGCCUUAUUCAUCUGAGUCUUUGCAAUAGUUCUUUGUCAGUAAAACUACCCCAACAAAAAGCACUUACUGCAUGUGGAACCCAAGUCAGUGUUUGUGUUGGGGUUACAGUACUGACCAGUUACAGGCAAGACUAGACCCCCCUCAUUUUUCCCUGAUCAGCACAGCAAGGCUUUUAAUCCUGGAUUAAAUUAUGAAAACAAAUGUUGCCACAGUGCUGGUGGAUGAACAGUCGAGAACUUUCAUAUCCUCUUGGUGGUUUUUACCAUCCUAGACAACCCCAAAGAGAAGCACUUUUGUUGAAGCAAAUCAGCAGUGGCUCUGUUUGGAGUGAUCUAGGAGACAUUCUUGCAUGAUCAGACUUCAAGAACAAUGAAAAAAGGACGCGCACACACAGCUUUUUCUGUCAAGUAAAACUGCCCCAACAAGUAGCACUUACUGAGUUCAAGGUGCAAGUUAAUGCUCAAGUCAGGGUAGUGAUAUUGACCCUCAGCUCAGAAACAGUUCUGGACCAGUGUUUUCCUGAGCUAAAAUUCUGUUGUACAAGAAUAUAUCUCCCAGGGGGCUUUGGUAUUGACAGCUGAGAGUUGGUUUUCAGCAACACUACCCCAACAAGUAGCACUUACUGCUUUCACUUAUCUAGUCAGUGCAUGUGUUUGGGUAAUGCUGGUGACAUAAUCAUGACAAAUAAUAAGGAAUGAAAAAUAAUAAUAAAUAAUCAUGACAAAACCAGUAAGCCAUAAUGAAACAUGUCUUUGCCAGUAUUUUUCUGUUUCAUACCUGCUUUUUGGUGAAAAGACACCAACAAAACACCCCCAAAGAGAAGCACUUAUGAACAGAGAAAUCAUCAGUGUCUCUAUUUGAGGUGAUCAUGUUGUGCAUUUGCUGCAACCUCCUCCUGUCCAGCUUGUUGAAUUUGCCAUGUACAACCGCCCCAACAUGUAGCACUUACUGAAGGUCAGCAGCCAAGUCAAAUGCUCAGGUUGGGUUAAUCUUCAGGCCAUCAGUGAAUUUCUGUCCUGGUUAUAUAUGUCUUAGAUGCUACUUCCAGGACCCCCAUGCAGCGUCCCUUUGGAAGGCAUUUAAUUGCUUUUCAUCAUUUCCUCAACUUUAUAUCCUUCAAGCAGUCCUUUGGGCUUGACUCCGCCCGUUAACUUCCUGGUUUCCAUAGCUGUGACUAUUGCUUGUAUUCAGAGAUCCAUACUCAACAGGAUGGCCCAUCAGCCUGGGUAAUGUCCCAUUAAUGAGUAGUGGUAAGCGGCCUCACACCCCAUUAAAAAAUAUCACCUUGCCCCUCACAUGUCCUCCUCAUCGGAUUCAACAUCAAUACAUUGUAACAUUCAAAGUCUACUUUUAAUGCGGAGGGGGGUGAUGAAAUAAGACUACAUCUUGUCAUGACUGCCCUGUGAACCAGUCAUCUGGAUUUUGUUGAUGCCUUAUUCAUCUGAGUCUUUGCAAUAGUUCUUUAUCAGUAAAACUACCCCAACAAAAAGCACUUACUGCAUGUGGAACCCAAGUCAGUGUUUGUGUUGGGGUUACAGUACUGACCAGUUACAGGCAAGACUAGACCCCCCUCAUUUUUCCCUGAUCAGCACAGCAAGGCUUUUAAUCCUGGAUUAAAUUAUGAAAACAAAUGUUGCCACAGUGCUGGUGGAUGAACAGUCGAGAACUUUCAUAUCCUCUUGGUGGUUUUUACCAUCCUAGACAACCCCAAAGAGAAGCACUUUUGUUGAAGCAAAUCAGCAGUGGCUCUGUUUGGAGUGAUCUAGGAGACAUUCUUGCAUGAUCAGACUUCAAGAACAAUGAAAAAAGGACGCGCACACACAGCUUUUUCUGUCAAGUAAAACUGCCCCAACAAGUAGCACUUACUGAGUUCAAGGUGCAAGUUAAUGCUCAAGUCAGGGUAGUGAUAUUGACCCUCAGCUCAGAAACAGUUCUGGACCAGUGUUUUCCUGAGCUAAAAUUCUGUUGUACAAGAAUAUAUCUCCCAGGGGGCUUUGGUAUUGACAGCUGAGAGUUGGUUUUCAGCAACACUACCCCAACAAGUAGCACUUACUGCUUUCACUUAUCUAGUCAGUGCAUGUGUUUGGGUAAUGCUGGUGACAUAAUCAUGACAAAUAAUAAGGAAUGAAAAAUAAUAAUAAAUAAUCAUGACAAAACCAGUAAGCCAUAAUGAAACAUGUCUUUGCCAGUAUUUUUCUGUUUCAUACCUGCUUUUUGGUGAAAAGACACCAACAAAACACCCCCAAAGAGAAGCACUUAUGAACAGAGAAAUCAUCAGUGUCUCUAUUUGAGGUGAUCAUGUUGUGCAUUUGCUGCAACCUCCUCCUGUCCAGCUUGUUGAAUUUGCCAUGUACAACCGCCCCAACAUGUAGCACUUACUGAAGGUCAGCAGCCAAGUCAAAUGCUCAGGUUGGGUUAAUCUUCAGGCCAUCAGUGAAUUUCUGUCCUGGUUAUAUAUGUCUUAGAUGCUACUUCCAGGACCCCCAUGCAGCGUCCCUUUGGAAGGCAUUUAAUUGCUUUUCAUCAUUUCCUCAACUUUAUAUCCUUCAAGCAGUCCUUUGGGCUUGACUCCGCCCGUUAACUUCCUGGUUUCCAUAGCUGUGACUAUUGCUUGUAUUCAGAGAUCCAUACUCAACAGGAUGGCCCAUCAGCCUGGGUAAUGUCCCAUUAAUGAGUAGUGGUAAGCGGCCUCACACCCCAUCAAAAAAUAUCACCUUGCCCCUCACAUGUCCUCCUCAUCGGAUUCAACAUCAUUACAUUGUAACAUUCAAAGUCUACUUUUAAUGCGGAGGGGGUGAUGAAAUAAGACUACAUCUUGUCAUGACUGCCCUGUGAACCAGUCAUCUGGAUUUUGUUGAUGCCUUAUUCAUCUGAGUCUUUGCAAUAGUUCUUUGUCAGUAAAACUACCCCAACAAAAAGCACUUACUGCAUGUGGAACCCAAGUCAGUGUUUGUGUUGGGGUUACAGUACUGACCAGUUACAGGCAAGACUAGACCCCCCUCAUUUUUCCCUGAUCAGCACAGCAAGGCUUUUAAUCCUGGAUUAAAUUAUGAAAACAAAUGUUGCCACAGUGCUGGUGGAUGAACAGUCGAGAACUUUCAUAUCCUCUUGGUGGUUUUUACCAUCCUAGACAACCCCAAAGAGAAGCACUUUUGUUGAAGCAAAUCAGCAGUGGCUCUGUUUGGAGUGAUCUAGGAGACAUUCUUGCAUGAUCAGACUUCAAGAACAAUGAAAAAAGGACGCGCACACACAGCUUUUUCUGUCAAGUAAAACUGCCCCAACAAGUAGCACUUACUGAGUUCAAGGUGCAAGUUAAUGCUCAAGUCAGGGUAGUGAUAUUGACCCUCAGCUCAGAAACAGUUCUGGACCAGUGUUUUCCUGAGCUAAAAUUCUGUUGUACAAGAAUAUAUCUCCCAGGGGGCUUUGGUAUUGACAGCUGAGAGUUGGUUUUCAGCAACACUACCCCAACAAGUAGCACUUACUGCUUUCACUUAUCUAGUCAGUGCAUGUGUUUGGGUAAUGCUGGUGACAUAAUCAUGACAAAUAAUAAGGAAUGAAAAAUAAUAAUAAAUAAUCAUGACAAAACCAGUAAGCCAUAAUGAAACAUGUCUUUGCCAGUAUUUUUCUGUUUCAUACCUGCUUUUUGGUGAAAAGACACCAACAAAACACCCCCAAAGAGAAGCACUUAUGAACAGAGAAAUCAUCAGUGUCUCUAUUUGAGGUGAUCAUGUUGUGCAUUUGCUGCAACCUCCUCCUGUCCAGCUUGUUGAAUUUGCCAUGUACAACCGCCCCAACAUGUAGCACUUACUGAAGGUCAGCAGCCAAGUCAAAUGCUCAGGUUGGGUUAAUCUUCAGGCCAUCAGUGAAUUUCUGUCCUGGUUAUAUAUGUCUUAGAUGCUACUUCCAGGACCCCCAUGCAGCGUCCCUUUGGAAGGCAUUUAAUUGCUUUUCAUCAUUUCCUCAACUUUAUAUCCUUCAAGCAGUCCUUUGGGCUUGACUCCACCCGUUAACUUCCUGGUUUCCAUAGCUGUGACUAUUGCUUGUAUUCAGAGAUCCAUACUCAACAGGAUGGCCCAUCAGCCUGGGUAAUGUCCCAUUAAUGAGUAGUGGUAAGCGGCCUCACACCCCAUCAAAAAAUAUCACCUUGCCCCUCACAUGUCCUCCUCAUCGGAUUCAACAUCAUUACAUUGUAACAUUCAAAGUCUACUUUUAAUGCGGAGGGGGUGAUGAAAUAAGAGUACAUCUUGUCAUGACUGCCCUGUGAACCAGUCAUCUGGAUUUUGUUGAUGCCUUAUUCAUCUGAGUCUUUGCAAUAGUUCUUUGUCAGUAAAACUACCCCAACAAAAAGCACUUACUGCAUGUGGAACCCAAGUCAGUGUUUGUGUUGGGGUUACAGUACUGACCAGUUACAGGCAAGACUAGACCCCCCUCAUUUUUCCCUGAUCAGCACAGCAAGGCUUUUAAUCCUGGAUUAAAUUAUGAAAACAAAUGUUGCCACAGUGCUGGUGGAUGAACAGUCGAGAACUUUCAUAUCCUCUUGGUGGUUUUUACCAUCCUAGACAACCCCAAAGAGAAGCACUUUUGUUGAAGCAAAUCAGCAGUGGCUCUGUUUGGAGUGAUCUAGGAGACAUUCUUGCAUGAUCAGACUUCAAGAACAAUGAAAAAAGGACGCGCACACACAGCUUUUUCUGUCAAGUAAAACUGCCCCAACAAGUAGCACUUACUGAGUUCAAGGUGCAAGUUAAUGCUCAAGUCAGGGUAGUGAUAUUGACCCUCAGCUCAGAAACAGUUCUGGACCAGUGUUUUCCUGAGCUAAAAUUCUGUUGUACAAGAAUAUAUCUCCCAGGGGGCUUUGGUAUUGACAGCUGAGAGUUGGUUUUCAGCAACACUACCCCAACAAGUAGCACUUACUGCUUUCACUUAUCUAGUCAGUGCAUGUGUUUGGGUAAUGCUGGUGACAUAAUCAUGACAAAUAAUAAGGAAUGAAAAAUAAUAAUAAAUAAUCAUGACAAAACCAGUAAGCCAUAAUGAAACAUGUCUUUGCCAGUAUUUUUCUGUUUCAUACCUGCUUUUUGGUGAAAAGACACCAACAAAACACCCCCAAAGAGAAGCACUUAUGAACAGAGAAAUCAUCAGUGUCUCUAUUUGAGGUGAUCAUGUUGUGCAUUUGCUGCAACCUCCUCCUGUCCAGCUUGUUGAAUUUGCCAUGUACAACCGCCCCAACAUGUAGCACUUACUGAAGGUCAGCAGCCAAGUCAAAUGCUCAGGUUGGGUUAAUCUUCAGGCCAUCAGUGAAUUUCUGUCCUGGUUAUAUAUGUCUUAGAUGCUACUUCCAGGACCCCCAUGCAGCGUCCCUUUGGAAGGCAUUUAAUUGCUUUUCAUCAUUUCCUCAACUUUAUAUCCUUCAAGCAGUCCUUUGGGCUUGACUCCACCCGUUAACUUCCUGGUUUCCAUAGCUGUGACUAUUGCUUGUAUUCAGAGAUCCAUACUCAACAGGAUGGCCCAUCAGCCUGGGUAAUGUCCCAUUAAUGAGUAGUGGUAAGCGGCCUCACACCCCAUCAAAAAAUAUCACCUUGCCCCUCACAUGUCCUCCUCAUCGGAUUCAACAUCAUUACAUUGUAACAUUCAAAGUCUACUUUUAAUGCGGAGGGGGUGAUGAAAUAAGAGUACAUCUUGUCAUGACUGCCCUGUGAACCAGUCAUCUGGAUUUUGUUGAUGCCUUAUUCAUCUGAGUCUUUGCAAUAGUUCUUUGUCAGUAAAACUACCCCAACAAAAAGCACUUACUGCAUGUGGAACCCAAGUCAGUGUUUGUGUUGGGGUUACAGUACUGACCAGUUACAGGCAAGACUAGACCCCCUCAUUUUUCCCUGAUCAGCACAGCAAGGCUUUUAAUCCUGGAUUAAAUUAUGAAAACAAAUGUUGCCACAGUGCUGGUGGAUGAACAGUCGAGAACUUUCAUAUCCUCUUGGUGGUUUUUACCAUCCUAGACAACCCCAAAGAGAAGCACUUUUGUUGAAGCAAAUCAGCAGUGGCUCUGUUUGGAGUGAUCUAGGAGACAUUCUUGCAUGAUCAGACUUCAAGAACAAUGAAAAAAGGACGCGCACACACAGCUUUUUCUGUCAAGUAAAACUGCCCCAACAAGUAGCACUUACUGAGUUCAAGGUGCAAGUUAAUGCUCAAGUCAGGGUAGUGAUAUUGACCCUCAGCUCAGAAACAGUUCUGGACCAGUGUUUUCCUGAGCUAAAAUUCUGUUGUACAAGAAUAUAUCUCCCAGGGGGCUUUGGUAUUGACAGCUGAGAGUUGGUUUUCAGCAACACUACCCCAACAAGUAGCACUUACUGCUUUCACUUAUCUAGUCAGUGCAUGUGUUUGGGUAAUGCUGGUGACAUAAUCAUGACAAAUAAUAAGGAAUGAAAAAUAAUAAUAAAUAAUCAUGACAAAACCAGUAAGCCAUAAUGAAACAUGUCUUUGCCAGUAUUUUUCUGUUUCAUACCUGCUUUUUGGUGAAAAGACACCAACAAAACACCCCCAAAGAGAAGCACUUAUGAACAGAGAAAUCAUCAGUGUCUCUAUUUGAGGUGAUCAUGUUGUGCAUUUGCUGCAACCUCCUCCUGUCCAGCUCGUUGAAUUUGCCAUGUACAACCGCCCCAACAUGUAGCACUUACUGAAGGUCAGCAGCCAAGUCAAAUGCUCAGGUUGGGUUAAUCUUCAGGCCAUCAGUGAAUUUCUGUCCUGGUUAUAUAUGUCUUAGAUGCUACUUCCAGGACCCCCAUGCAGCGUCCCUUUGGAAGGCAUUUAAUUGCUUUUCAUCAUUUCCUCAACUUUAUAUCCUUCAAGCAGUCCUUUGGGCUUGACUCCGCCCGGUUAACUUCCUGGUUUCCAUAGCUGUGACUAUUGCUUGUAUUCAGAGAUCCAUACUCAACAGGAUGGCCCAUCAGCCUGGGUAAUGUCCCAUUAAUGAGUAGUGGUAAGCGGCCUCACACCCCAUCAAAAAAUAUCACCUUGCCCCUCACAUGUCCUCCUCAUCGGAUUCAACAUCAUUACAUUGUAACAUUCAAAGUCUACUUUUAAUGCGGAGGGGGUGAUGAAAUAAGACUACAUCUUGUCAUGACUGCCCUGUGAACCAGUCAUCUGGAUUUUGUUGAUGCCUUAUUCAUCUGAGUCUUUGCAAUAGUUCUUUGUCAGUAAAACUACCCCAACAAAAAGCACUUACUGCAUGUGGAACCCAAGUCAGUGUUUGUGUUGGGGUUACAGUACUGACCAGUUACAGGCAAGACUAGACCCCCUCAUUUUUCCCUGAUCAGCACAGCAAGGCUUUUAAUCCUGGAUUAAAUUAUGAAAACAAAUGUUGCCACAGUGCUGGUGGAUGAACAGUCGAGAACUUUCAUAUCCUCUUGGUGGUUUUUACCAUCCUAGACAACCCCAAAGAGAAGCACUUUUGUUGAAGCAAAUCAGCAGUGGCUCUGUUUGGAGUGAUCUAGGAGACAUUCUUGCAUGAUCAGACUUCAAGAACAAUGAAAAAAGGACGCGCACACACAGCUUUUUCUGUCAAGUAAAACUGCCCCAACAAGUAGCACUUACUGAGUUCAAGGUGCAAGUUAAUGCUCAAGUCAGGGUAGUGAUAUUGACCCUCAGCUCAGAAACAGUUCUGGACCAGUGUUUUCCUGAGCUAAAAUUCUGUUGUACAAGAAUAUAUCUCCCAGGGGGCUUUGGUAUUGACAGCUGAGAGUUGGUUUUCAGCAACACUACCCCAACAAGUAGCACUUACUGCUUUCACUUAUCUAGUCAGUGCAUGUGUUUGGGUAAUGCUGGUGACAUAAUCAUGACAAAUAAUAAGGAAUGAAAAAUAAUAAUAAAUAAUCAUGACAAAACCAGUAAGCCAUAAUGAAACAUGUCUUUGCCAGUAUUUUUCUGUUUCAUACCUGCUUUUUGGUGAAAAGACACCAACAAAACACCCCCAAAGAGAAGCACUUAUGAACAGAGAAAUCAUCAGUGUCUCUAUUUGAGGUGAUCAUGUUGUGCAUUUGCUGCAACCUCCUCCUGUCCAGCUCGUUGAAUUUGCCAUGUACAACCGCCCCAACAUGUAGCACUUACUGAAGGUCAGCAGCCAAGUCAAAUGCUCAGGUUGGGUUAAUCUUCAGGCCAUCAGUGAAUUUCUGUCCUGGUUAUAUAUGUCUUAGAUGCUACUUCCAGGACCCCCAUGCAGCGUCCCUUUGGAAGGCAUUUAAUUGCUUUUCAUCAUUUCCUCAACUUUAUAUCCUUCAAGCAGUCCUUUGGGCUUGACUCCGCCCGGUAACUUCCUGGUUUCCAUAGCUGUGACUAUUGCUUGUAUUCAGAGAUCCAUACUCAACAGGAUGGCCCAUCAGCCUGGGUAAUGUCCCAUUAAUGAGUAGUGGUAAGCGGCCUCACACCCCAUCAAAAAAUAUCACCUUGCCCCUCACAUGUCCUCCUCAUCGGAUUCAACAUCAUUACAUUGUAACAUUCAAAGUCUACUUUUAAUGCGGAGGGGGUGAUGAAAUAAGACUACAUCUUGUCAUGACUGCCCUGUGAACCAGUCAUCUGGAUUUUGUUGAUGCCUUAUUCAUCUGAGUCUUUGCAAUAGUUCUUUGUCAGUAAAACUACCCCAACAAAAAGCACUUACUGCAUGUGGAACCCAAGUCAGUGUUUGUGUUGGGGUUACAGUACUGACCAGUUACAGGCAAGACUAGACCCCCCUCAUUUUUCCCUGAUCAGCACAGCAAGGCUUUUAAUCCUGGAUUAAAUUAUGAAAACAAAUGUUGCCACAGUGCUGGUGGAUGAACAGUCGAGAACUUUCAUAUCCUCUUGGUGGUUUUUACCAUCCUAGACAACCCCAAAGAGAAGCACUUUUGUUGAAGCAAAUCAGCAGUGGCUCUGUUUGGAGUGAUCUAGGAGACAUUCUUGCAUGAUCAGACUUCAAGAACAAUGAAAAAAGGACGCGCACACACAGCUUUUUCUGUCAAGUAAAACUGCCCCAACAAGUAGCACUUACUGAGUUCAAGGUGCAAGUUAAUGCUCAAGUCAGGGUAGUGAUAUUGACCCUCAGCUCAGAAACAGUUCUGGACCAGUGUUUUCCUGAGCUAAAAUUCUGUUGUACAAGAAUAUAUCUCCCAGGGGGCUUUGGUAUUGACAGCUGAGAGUUGGUUUUCAGCAACACUACCCCAACAAGUAGCACUUACUGCUUUCACUUAUCUAGUCAGUGCAUGUGUUUGGGUAAUGCUGGUGACAUAAUCAUGACAAAUAAUAAGGAAUGAAAAAUAAUAAUAAAUAAUCAUGACAAAACCAGUAAGCCAUAAUGAAACAUGUCUUUGCCAGUAUUUUUCUGUUUCAUACCUGCUUUUUGGUGAAAAGACACCAACAAAACACCCCCAAAGAGAAGCACUUAUGAACAGAGAAAUCAUCAGUGUCUCUAUUUGAGGUGAUCAUGUUGUGCAUUUGCUGCAACCUCCUCCUGUCCAGCUUGUUGAAUUUGCCAUGUACAACCGCCCCAACAUGUAGCACUUACUGAAGGUCAGCAGCCAAGUCAAAUGCUCAGGUUGGGUUAAUCUUCAGGCCAUCAGUGAAUUUCUGUCCUGGUUAUAUAUGUCUUAGAUGCUACUUCCAGGACCCCCAUGCAGCGUCCCUUUGGAAGGCAUUUAAUUGCUUUUCAUCAUUUCCUCAACUUUAUAUCCUUCAAGCAGUCCUUUGGGCUUGACUCCACCCGUUAACUUCCUGGUUUCCAUAGCUGUGACUAUUGCUUGUAUUCAGAGAUCCAUACUCAACAGGAUGGCCCAUCAGCCUGGGUAAUGUCCCAUUAAUGAGUAGUGGUAAGCGGCCUCACACCCCAUCAAAAAAUAUCACCUUGCCCCUCACAUGUCCUCCUCAUCGGAUUCAACAUCAUUACAUUGUAACAUUCAAAGUCUACUUUUAAUGCGGAGGGGGUGAUGAAAUAAGAGUACAUCUUGUCAUGACUGCCCUGUGAACCAGUCAUCUGGAUUUUGUUGAUGCCUUAUUCAUCUGAGUCUUUGCAAUAGUUCUUUGUCAGUAAAACUACCCCAACAAAAAGCACUUACUGCAUGUGGAACCCAAGUCAGUGUUUGUGUUGGGGUUACAGUACUGACCAGUUACAGGCAAGACUAGACCCCCCUCAUUUUUCCCUGAUCAGCACAGCAAGGCUUUUAAUCCUGGAUUAAAUUAUGAAAACAAAUGUUGCCACAGUGCUGGUGGAUGAACAGUCGAGAACUUUCAUAUCCUCUUGGUGGUUUUUACCAUCCUAGACAACCCCAAAGAGAAGCACUUUUGUUGAAGCAAAUCAGCAGUGGCUCUGUUUGGAGUGAUCUAGGAGACAUUCUUGCAUGAUCAGACUUCAAGAACAAUGAAAAAAGGACGCGCACACACAGCUUUUUCUGUCAAGUAAAACUGCCCCAACAAGUAGCACUUACUGAGUUCAAGGUGCAAGUUAAUGCUCAAGUCAGGGUAGUGAUAUUGACCCUCAGCUCAGAAACAGUUCUGGACCAGUGUUUUCCUGAGCUAAAAUUCUGUUGUACAAGAAUAUAUCUCCCAGGGGGCUUUGGUAUUGACAGCUGAGAGUUGGUUUUCAGCAACACUACCCCAACAAGUAGCACUUACUGCUUUCACUUAUCUAGUCAGUGCAUGUGUUUGGGUAAUGCUGGUGACAUAAUCAUGACAAAUAAUAAGGAAUGAAAAAUAAUAAUAAAUAAUCAUGACAAAACCAGUAAGCCAUAAUGAAACAUGUCUUUGCCAGUAUUUUUCUGUUUCAUACCUGCUUUUUGGUGAAAAGACACCAACAAAACACCCCCAAAGAGAAGCACUUAUGAACAGAGAAAUCAUCAGUGUCUCUAUUUGAGGUGAUCAUGUUGUGCAUUUGCUGCAACCUCCUCCUGUCCAGCUCGUUGAAUUUGCCAUGUACAACCGCCCCAACAUGUAGCACUUACUGAAGGUCAGCAGCCAAGUCAAAUGCUCAGGUUGGGUUAAUCUUCAGGCCAUCAGUGAAUUUCUGUCCUGGUUAUAUAUGUCUUAGAUGCUACUUCCAGGACCCCCAUGCAGCGUCCCUUUGGAAGGCAUUUAAUUGCUUUUCAUCAUUUCCUCAACUUUAUAUCCUUCAAGCAGUCCUUUGGGCUUGACUCCGCCCGGUAACUUCCUGGUUUCCAUAGCUGUGACUAUUGCUUGUAUUCAGAGAUCCAUACUCAACAGGAUGGCCCAUCAGCCUGGGUAAUGUCCCAUUAAUGAGUAGUGGUAAGCGGCCUCACACCCCAUCAAAAAAUAUCACCUUGCCCCUCACAUGUCCUCCUCAUCGGAUUCAACAUCAUUACAUUGUAACAUUCAAAGUCUACUUUUAAUGCGGAGGGGGUGAUGAAAUAAGACUACAUCUUGUCAUGACUGCCCUGUGAACCAGUCAUCUGGAUUUUGUUGAUGCCUUAUUCAUCUGAGUCUUUGCAAUAGUUCUUUGUCAGUAAAACUACCCCAACAAAAAGCACUUACUGCAUGUGGAACCCAAGUCAGUGUUUGUGUUGGGGUUACAGUACUGACCAGUUACAGGCAAGACUAGACCCCCUCAUUUUUCCCUGAUCAGCACAGCAAGGCUUUUAAUCCUGGAUUAAAUUAUGAAAACAAAUGUUGCCACAGUGCUGGUGGAUGAACAGUCGAGAACUUUCAUAUCCUCUUGGUGGUUUUUACCAUCCUAGACAACCCCAAAGAGAAGCACUUUUGUUGAAGCAAAUCAGCAGUGGCUCUGUUUGGAGUGAUCUAGGAGACAUUCUUGCAUGAUCAGACUUCAAGAACAAUGAAAAAAGGACGCGCACACACAGCUUUUUCUGUCAAGUAAAACUGCCCCAACAAGUAGCACUUACUGAGUUCAAGGUGCAAGUUAAUGCUCAAGUCAGGGUAGUGAUAUUGACCCUCAGCUCAGAAACAGUUCUGGACCAGUGUUUUCCUGAGCUAAAAUUCUGUUGUACAAGAAUAUAUCUCCCAGGGGGCUUUGGUAUUGACAGCUGAGAGUUGGUUUUCAGCAACACUACCCCAACAAGUAGCACUUACUGCUUUCACUUAUCUAGUCAGUGCAUGUGUUUGGGUAAUGCUGGUGACAUAAUCAUGACAAAUAAUAAGGAAUGAAAAAUAAUAAUAAAUAAUCAUGACAAAACCAGUAAGCCAUAAUGAAACAUGUCUUUGCCAGUAUUUUUCUGUUUCAUACCUGCUUUUUGGUGAAAAGACACCAACAAAACACCCCCAAAGAGAAGCACUUAUGAACAGAGAAAUCAUCAGUGUCUCUAUUUGAGGUGAUCAUGUUGUGCAUUUGCUGCAACCUCCUCCUGUCCAGCUUGUUGAAUUUGCCAUGUACAACCGCCCCAACAUGUAGCACUUACUGAAGGUCAGCAGCCAAGUCAAAUGCUCAGGUUGGGUUAAUCUUCAGGCCAUCAGUGAAUUUCUGUCCUGGUUAUAUAUGUCUUAGAUGCUACUUCCAGGACCCCCAUGCAGCGUCCCUUUGGAAGGCAUUUAAUUGCUUUUCAUCAUUUCCUCAACUUUAUAUCCUUCAAGCAGUCCUUUGGGCUUGACUCCGCCCGUUAACUUCCUGGUUUCCAUAGCUGUGACUAUUGCUUGUAUUCAGAGAUCCAUACUCAACAGGAUGGCCCAUCAGCCUGGGUAAUGUCCCAUUAAUGAGUAGUGGUAAGCGGCCUCACACCCCAUCAAAAAAUAUCACCUUGCCCCUCACAUGUCCUCCUCAUCGGAUUCAACAUCAUUACAUUGUAACAUUCAAAGUCUACUUUUAAUGCGGAGGGGGUGAUGAAAUAAGAGUACAUCUUGUCAUGACUGCCCUGUGAACCAGUCAUCUGGAUUUUGUUGAUGCCUUAUUCAUCUGAGUCUUUGCAAUAGUUCUUUGUCAGUAAAACUACCCCAACAAAAAGCACUUACUGCAUGUGGAACCCAAGUCAGUGUUUGUGUUGGGGUUACAGUACUGACCAGUUACAGGCAAGACUAGACCCCCCUCAUUUUUCCUGAUCAGCACAGCAAGGCUUUUAAUCCUGGAUUAAAUUAUGAAAACAAAUGUUGCCACAGUGCUGGUGGAUGAACAGUCGAGAACUUUCAUAUCCUCUUGGUGGUUUUUACCAUCCUAGACAACCCCAAAGAGAAGCACUUUUGUUGAAGAAAUCAGCAGUGGCUCUGUUUGGAGUGAUCUAGGAGACAUUCUUGCAUGAUCAGACUUCAAGAACAAUGAAAAAAGGACGCGCACACACAGCUUUUUCUGUCAAGUAAAACUGCCCCAACAAGUAGCACUUACUGAGUUCAAGGUGCAAGUUAAUGCUCAAGUCAGGGUAGUGAUAUUGACCCUCAGCUCAGAAACAGUUCUGGACCAGUGUUUUCCUGAGCUAAAAUUCUGUUGUACAAGAAUAUAUCUCCCAGGGGGCUUUGGUAUUGACAGCUGAGAGUUGGUUUUCAGCAACACUACCCCAACAAGUAGCACUUACUGCUUUCACUUAUCUAGUCAGUGCAUGUGUUUGGGUAAUGCUGGUGACAUAAUCAUGACAAAUAAUAAGGAAUGAAAAAUAAUAAUAAAUAAUCAUGACAAAACCAGUAAGCCAUAAUGAAACAUGUCUUUGCCAGUAUUUUUCUGUUUCAUACCUGCUUUUUGGUGAAAAGACACCAACAAAACACCCCCAAAGAGAAGCACUUAUGAACAGAGAAAUCAUCAGUGUCUCUAUUUGAGGUGAUCAUGUUGUGCAUUUGCUGCAACCUCCUCCUGUCCAGCUUGUUGAAUUUGCCAUGUACAACCGCCCCAACAUGUAGCACUUACUGAAGGUCAGCAGCCAAGUCAAAUGCUCAGGUUGGGUUAAUCUUCAGGCCAUCAGUGAAUUUCUGUCCUGGUUAUAUAUGUCUUAGAUGCUACUUCCAGGACCCCCAUGCAGCGUCCCUUUGGAAGGCAUUUAAUUGCUUUUCAUCAUUUCCUCAACUUUAUAUCCUUCAAGCAGUCCUUUGGGCUUGACUCCGCCCGGUAACUUCCUGGUUUCCAUAGCUGUGACUAUUGCUUGUAUUCAGAGAUCCAUACUCAACAGGAUGGCCCAUCAGCCUGGGUAAUGUCCCAUUAAUGAGUAGUGGUAAGCGGCCUCACACCCCAUCAAAAAAUAUCACCUUGCCCCUCACAUGUCCUCCUCAUCGGAUUCAACAUCAUUACAUUGUAACAUUCAAAGUCUACUUUUAAUGCGGAGGGGGUGAUGAAAUAAGAGUACAUCUUGUCAUGACUGCCCUGUGAACCAGUCAUCUGGAUUUUGUUGAUGCCUUAUUCAUCUGAGUCUUUGCAAUAGUUCUUUGUCAGUAAAACUACCCCAACAAAAAGCACUUACUGCAUGUGGAACCCAAGUCAGUGUUUGUGUUGGGGUUACAGUACUGACCAGUUACAGGCAAGACUAGACCCCCCUCAUUUUUCCCUGAUCAGCACAGCAAGGCUUUUAAUCCUGGAUUAAAUUAUGAAAACAAAUGUUGCCACAGUGCUGGUGGAUGAACAGUCGAGAACUUUCAUAUCCUCUUGGUGGUUUUUACCAUCCUAGACAACCCCAAAGAGAAGCACUUUUGUUGAAGCAAAUCAGCAGUGGCUCUGUUUGGAGUGAUCUAGGAGACAUUCUUGCAUGAUCAGACUUCAAGAACAAUGAAAAAAGGACGCGCACACACAGCUUUUUCUGUCAAGUAAAACUGCCCCAACAAGUAGCACUUACUGAGUUCAAGGUGCAAGUUAAUGCUCAAGUCAGGGUAGUGAUAUUGACCCUCAGCUCAGAAACAGUUCUGGACCAGUGUUUUCCUGAGCUAAAAUUCUGUUGUACAAGAAUAUAUCUCCCAGGGGGCUUUGGUAUUGACAGCUGAGAGUUGGUUUUCAGCAACACUACCCCAACAAGUAGCACUUACUGCUUUCACUUAUCUAGUCAGUGCAUGUGUUUGGGUAAUGCUGGUGACAUAAUCAUGACAAAUAAUAAGGAAUGAAAAAUAAUAAUAAAUAAUCAUGACAAAACCAGUAAGCCAUAAUGAAACAUGUCUUUGCCAGUAUUUUUCUGUUUCAUACCUGCUUUUUGGUGAAAAGACACCAACAAAACACCCCCAAAGAGAAGCACUUAUGAACAGAGAAAUCAUCAGUGUCUCUAUUUGAGGUGAUCAUGUUGUGCAUUUGCUGCAACCUCCUCCUGUCCAGCUUGUUGAAUUUGCCAUGUACAACCGCCCCAACAUGUAGCACUUACUGAAGGUCAGCAGCCAAGUCAAAUGCUCAGGUUGGGUUAAUCUUCAGGCCAUCAGUGAAUUUCUGUCCUGGUUAUAUAUGUCUUAGAUGCUACUUCCAGGACCCCCAUGCAGCGUCCCUUUGGAAGGCAUUUAAUUGCUUUUCAUCAUUUCCUCAACUUUAUAUCCUUCAAGCAGUCCUUUGGGCUUGACUCCACCCGUUAACUUCCUGGUUUCCAUAGCUGUGACUAUUGCUUGUAUUCAGAGAUCCAUACUCAACAGGAUGGCCCAUCAGCCUGGGUAAUGUCCCAUUAAUGAGUAGUGGUAAGCGGCCUCACACCCCAUCAAAAAAUAUCACCUUGCCCCUCACAUGUCCUCCUCAUCGGAUUCAACAUCAUUACAUUGUAACAUUCAAAGUCUACUUUUAAUGCGGAGGGGGUGAUGAAAUAAGAGUACAUCUUGUCAUGACUGCCCUGUGAACCAGUCAUCUGGAUUUUGUUGAUGCCUUAUUCAUCUGAGUCUUUGCAAUAGUUCUUUGUCAGUAAAACUACCCCAACAAAAAGCACUUACUGCAUGUGGAACCCAAGUCAGUGUUUGUGUUGGGGUUACAGUACUGACCAGUUACAGGCAAGACUAGACCCCCCUCAUUUUUCCCUGAUCAGCACAGCAAGGCUUUUAAUCCUGGAUUAAAUUAUGAAAACAAAUGUUGCCACAGUGCUGGUGGAUGAACAGUCGAGAACUUUCAUAUCCUCUUGGUGGUUUUUACCAUCCUAGACAACCCCAAAGAGAAGCACUUUUGUUGAAGCAAAUCAGCAGUGGCUCUGUUUGGAGUGAUCUAGGAGACAUUCUUGCAUGAUCAGACUUCAAGAACAAUGAAAAAAGGACGCGCACACACAGCUUUUUCUGUCAAGUAAAACUGCCCCAACAAGUAGCACUUACUGAGUUCAAGGUGCAAGUUAAUGCUCAAGUCAGGGUAGUGAUAUUGACCCUCAGCUCAGAAACAGUUCUGGACCAGUGUUUUCCUGAGCUAAAAUUCUGUUGUACAAGAAUAUAUCUCCCAGGGGGCUUUGGUAUUGACAGCUGAGAGUUGGUUUUCAGCAACACUACCCCAACAAGUAGCACUUACUGCUUUCACUUAUCUAGUCAGUGCAUGUGUUUGGGUAAUGCUGGUGACAUAAUCAUGACAAAUAAUAAGGAAUGAAAAAUAAUAAUAAAUAAUCAUGACAAAACCAGUAAGCCAUAAUGAAACAUGUCUUUGCCAGUAUUUUUCUGUUUCAUACCUGCUUUUUGGUGAAAAGACACCAACAAAACACCCCCAAAGAGAAGCACUUAUGAACAGAGAAAUCAUCAGUGUCUCUAUUUGAGGUGAUCAUGUUGUGCAUUUGCUGCAACCUCCUCCUGUCCAGCUCGUUGAAUUUGCCAUGUACAACCGCCCCAACAUGUAGCACUUACUGAAGGUCAGCAGCCAAGUCAAAUGCUCAGGUUGGGUUAAUCUUCAGGCCAUCAGUGAAUUUCUGUCCUGGUUAUAUAUGUCUUAGAUGCUACUUCCAGGACCCCCAUGCAGCGUCCCUUUGGAAGGCAUUUAAUUGCUUUUCAUCAUUUCCUCAACUUUAUAUCCUUCAAGCAGUCCUUUGGGCUUGACUCCACCCGUUAACUUCCUGGUUUCCAUAGCUGUGACUAUUGCUUGUAUUCAGAGAUCCAUACUCAACAGGAUGGCCCAUCAGCCUGGGUAAUGUCCCAUUAAUGAGUAGUGGUAAGCGGCCUCACACCCCAUCAAAAAAUAUCACCUUGCCCCUCACAUGUCCUCCUCAUCGGAUUCAACAUCAUUACAUUGUAACAUUCAAAGUCUACUUUUAAUGCGGAGGGGGUGAUGAAAUAAGAGUACAUCUUGUCAUGACUGCCCUGUGAACCAGUCAUCUGGAUUUUGUUGAUGCCUUAUUCAUCUGAGUCUUUGCAAUAGUUCUUUGUCAGUAAAACUACCCCAACAAAAAGCACUUACUGCAUGUGGAACCCAAGUCAGUGUUUGUGUUGGGGUUACAGUACUGACCAGUUACAGGCAAGACUAGACCCCCCUCAUUUUUCCCUGAUCAGCACAGCAAGGCUUUUAAUCCUGGAUUAAAUUAUGAAAACAAAUGUUGCCACAGUGCUGGUGGAUGAACAGUCGAGAACUUUCAUAUCCUCUUGGUGGUUUUUACCAUCCUAGACAACCCCAAAGAGAAGCACUUUUGUUGAAGCAAAUCAGCAGUGGCUCUGUUUGGAGUGAUCUAGGAGACAUUCUUGCAUGAUCAGACUUCAAGAACAAUGAAAAAAGGACGCGCACACACAGCUUUUUCUGUCAAGUAAAACUGCCCCAACAAGUAGCACUUACUGAGUUCAAGGUGCAAGUUAAUGCUCAAGUCAGGGUAGUGAUAUUGACCCUCAGCUCAGAAACAGUUCUGGACCAGUGUUUUCCUGAGCUAAAAUUCUGUUGUACAAGAAUAUAUCUCCCAGGGGGCUUUGGUAUUGACAGCUGAGAGUUGGUUUUCAGCAACACUACCCCAACAAGUAGCACUUACUGCUUUCACUUAUCUAGUCAGUGCAUGUGUUUGGGUAAUGCUGGUGACAUAAUCAUGACAAAUAAUAAGGAAUGAAAAAUAAUAAUAAAUAAUCAUGACAAAACCAGUAAGCCAUAAUGAAACAUGUCUUUGCCAGUAUUUUUCUGUUUCAUACCUGCUUUUUGGUGAAAAGACACCAACAAAACACCCCCAAAGAGAAGCACUUAUGAACAGAGAAAUCAUCAGUGUCUCUAUUUGAGGUGAUCAUGUUGUGCAUUUGCUGCAACCUCCUCCUGUCCAGCUCGUUGAAUUUGCCAUGUACAACCGCCCCAACAUGUAGCACUUACUGAAGGUCAGCAGCCAAGUCAAAUGCUCAGGUUGGGUUAAUCUUCAGGCCAUCAGUGAAUUUCUGUCCUGGUUAUAUAUGUCUUAGAUGCUACUUCCAGGACCCCCAUGCAGCGUCCCUUUGGAAGGCAUUUAAUUGCUUUUCAUCAUUUCCUCAACUUUAUAUCCUUCAAGCAGUCCUUUGGGCUUGACUCCACCCGUUAACUUCCUGGUUUCCAUAGCUGUGACUAUUGCUUGUAUUCAGAGAUCCAUACUCAACAGGAUGGCCCAUCAGCCUGGGUAAUGUCCCAUUAAUGAGUAGUGGUAAGCGGCCUCACACCCCAUCAAAAAAUAUCACCUUGCCCCUCACAUGUCCUCCUCAUCGGAUUCAACAUCAUUACAUUGUAACAUUCAAAGUCUACUUUUAAUGCGGAGGGGGUGAUGAAAUAAGACUACAUCUUGUCAUGACUGCCCUGUGAACCAGUCAUCUGGAUUUUGUUGAUGCCUUAUUCAUCUGAGUCUUUGCAAUAGUUCUUUGUCAGUAAAACUACCCCAACAAAAAGCACUUACUGCAUGUGGAACCCAAGUCAGUGUUUGUGUUGGGGUUACAGUACUGACCAGUUACAGGCAAGACUAGACCCCCUCAUUUUUCCCUGAUCAGCACAGCAAGGCUUUUAAUCCUGGAUUAAAUUAUGAAAACAAAUGUUGCCACAGUGCUGGUGGAUGAACAGUCGAGAACUUUCAUAUCCUCUUGGUGGUUUUUACCAUCCUAGACAACCCCAAAGAGAAGCACUUUUGUUGAAGCAAAUCAGCAGUGGCUCUGUUUGGAGUGAUCUAGGAGACAUUCUUGCAUGAUCAGACUUCAAGAACAAUGAAAAAAGGACGCGCACACACAGCUUUUUCUGUCAAGUAAAACUGCCCCAACAAGUAGCACUUACUGAGUUCAAGGUGCAAGUUAAUGCUCAAGUCAGGGUAGUGAUAUUGACCCUCAGCUCAGAAACAGUUCUGGACCAGUGUUUUCCUGAGCUAAAAUUCUGUUGUACAAGAAUAUAUCUCCCAGGGGGCUUUGGUAUUGACAGCUGAGAGUUGGUUUUCAGCAACACUACCCCAACAAGUAGCACUUACUGCUUUCACUUAUCUAGUCAGUGCAUGUGUUUGGGUAAUGCUGGUGACAUAAUCAUGACAAAUAAUAAGGAAUGAAAAAUAAUAAUAAAUAAUCAUGACAAAACCAGUAAGCCAUAAUGAAACAUGUCUUUGCCAGUAUUUUUCUGUUUCAUACCUGCUUUUUGGUGAAAAGACACCAACAAAACACCCCCAAAGAGAAGCACUUAUGAACAGAGAAAUCAUCAGUGUCUCUAUUUGAGGUGAUCAUGUUGUGCAUUUGCUGCAACCUCCUCCUGUCCAGCUCGUUGAAUUUGCCAUGUACAACCGCCCCAACAUGUAGCACUUACUGAAGGUCAGCAGCCAAGUCAAAUGCUCAGGUUGGGUUAAUCUUCAGGCCAUCAGUGAAUUUCUGUCCUGGUUAUAUAUGUCUUAGAUGCUACUUCCAGGACCCCCAUGCAGCGUCCCUUUGGAAGGCAUUUAAUUGCUUUUCAUCAUUUCCUCAACUUUAUAUCCUUCAAGCAGUCCUUUGGGCUUGACUCCACCCGUUAACUUCCUGGUUUCCAUAGCUGUGACUAUUGCUUGUAUUCAGAGAUCCAUACUCAACAGGAUGGCCCAUCAGCCUGGGUAAUGUCCCAUUAAUGAGUAGUGGUAAGCGGCCUCACACCCCAUCAAAAAAUAUCACCUUGCCCCUCACAUGUCCUCCUCAUCGGAUUCAACAUCAUUACAUUGUAACAUUCAAAGUCUACUUUUAAUGCGGAGGGGGUGAUGAAAUAAGAGUACAUCUUGUCAUGACUGCCCUGUGAACCAGUCAUCUGGAUUUUGUUGAUGCCUUAUUCAUCUGAGUCUUUGCAAUAGUUCUUUGUCAGUAAAACUACCCCAACAAAAAGCACUUACUGCAUGUGGAACCCAAGUCAGUGUUUGUGUUGGGGUUACAGUACUGACCAGUUACAGGCAAGACUAGACCCCCCUCAUUUUUCCCUGAUCAGCACAGCAAGGCUUUUAAUCCUGGAUUAAAUUAUGAAAACAAAUGUUGCCACAGUGCUGGUGGAUGAACAGUCGAGAACUUUCAUAUCCUCUUGGUGGUUUUUACCAUCCUAGACAACCCCAAAGAGAAGCACUUUUGUUGAAGCAAAUCAGCAGUGGCUCUGUUUGGAGUGAUCUAGGAGACAUUCUUGCAUGAUCAGACUUCAAGAACAAUGAAAAAAGGACGCGCACACACAGCUUUUUCUGUCAAGUAAAACUGCCCCAACAAGUAGCACUUACUGAGUUCAAGGUGCAAGUUAAUGCUCAAGUCAGGGUAGUGAUAUUGACCCUCAGCUCAGAAACAGUUCUGGACCAGUGUUUUCCUGAGCUAAAAUUCUGUUGUACAAGAAUAUAUCUCCCAGGGGGCUUUGGUAUUGACAGCUGAGAGUUGGUUUUCAGCAACACUACCCCAACAAGUAGCACUUACUGCUUUCACUUAUCUAGUCAGUGCAUGUGUUUGGGUAAUGCUGGUGACAUAAUCAUGACAAAUAAUAAGGAAUGAAAAAUAAUAAUAAAUAAUCAUGACAAAACCAGUAAGCCAUAAUGAAACAUGUCUUUGCCAGUAUUUUUCUGUUUCAUACCUGCUUUUUGGUGAAAAGACACCAACAAAACACCCCCAAAGAGAAGCACUUAUGAACAGAGAAAUCAUCAGUGUCUCUAUUUGAGGUGAUCAUGUUGUGCAUUUGCUGCAACCUCCUCCUGUCCAGCUUGUUGAAUUUGCCAUGUACAACCGCCCCAACAUGUAGCACUUACUGAAGGUCAGCAGCCAAGUCAAAUGCUCAGGUUGGGUUAAUCUUCAGGCCAUCAGUGAAUUUCUGUCCUGGUUAUAUAUGUCUUAGAUGCUACUUCCAGGACCCCCAUGCAGCGUCCCUUUGGAAGGCAUUUAAUUGCUUUUCAUCAUUUCCUCAACUUUAUAUCCUUCAAGCAGUCCUUUGGGCUUGACUCCACCCGUUAACUUCCUGGUUUCCAUAGCUGUGACUAUUGCUUGUAUUCAGAGAUCCAUACUCAACAGGAUGGCCCAUCAGCCUGGGUAAUGUCCCAUUAAUGAGUAGUGGUAAGCGGCCUCACACCCCAUCAAAAAAUAUCACCUUGCCCCUCACAUGUCCUCCUCAUCGGAUUCAACAUCAUUACAUUGUAACAUUCAAAGUCUACUUUUAAUGCGGAGGGGGUGAUGAAAUAAGACUACAUCUUGUCAUGACUGCCCUGUGAACCAGUCAUCUGGAUUUUGUUGAUGCCUUAUUCAUCUGAGUCUUUGCAAUAGUUCUUUGUCAGUAAAACUACCCCAACAAAAAGCACUUACUGCAUGUGGAACCCAAGUCAGUGUUUGUGUUGGGGUUACAGUACUGACCAGUUACAGGCAAGACUAGACCCCCCUCAUUUUUCCCUGAUCAGCACAGCAAGGCUUUUAAUCCUGGAUUAAAUUAUGAAAACAAAUGUUGCCACAGUGCUGGUGGAUGAACAGUCGAGAACUUUCAUAUCCUCUUGGUGGUUUUUACCAUCCUAGACAACCCCAAAGAGAAGCACUUUUGUUGAAGCAAAUCAGCAGUGGCUCUGUUUGGAGUGAUCUAGGAGACAUUCUUGCAUGAUCAGACUUCAAGAACAAUGAAAAAAGGACGCACACACACAGCUUUUUCUGUCAAGUAAAACUGCCCCAACAAGUAGCACUUACUGAGUUCAAGGUGCAAGUUAAUGCUCAAGUCAGGGUAGUGAUAUUGACCCUCAGCUCAGAAACAGUUCUGGACCAGUGUUUUCCUGAGCUAAAAUUCUGUUGUACAAGAAUAUAUCUCCCAGGGGGCUUCUGGUAUUGACAGCUGAGAGUUGGUUUUCAGCAACACUACCCCAACAAGUAGCACUUACUGCUUUCACUUAUCUAGUCAGUGCAUGUGUUUGGGUAAUGCUGGUGACAUAAUCAUGACAAAUAAUAAGGAAUGAAAAAUAAUAAUAAAUAAUCAUGACAAAACCAGUAAGCCAUAAUGAAACAUGUCUUUGCCAGUAUUUUUCUGUUUCAUACCUGCUUUUUGGUGAAAAGACACCAACAAAACACCCCCAAAGAGAAGCACUUAUGAACAGAGAAAUCAUCAGUGUCUCUAUUUGAGGUGAUCAUGUUGUGCAUUUGCUGCAACCUCCUCCUGUCCAGCUUGUUGAAUUUGCCAUGUACAACCGCCCCAACAUGUAGCACUUACUGAAGGUCAGCAGCCAAGUCAAAUGCUCAGGUUGGGUUAAUCUUCAGGCCAUCAGUGAAUUUCUGUCCUGGUUAUAUAUGUCUUAGAUGCUACUUCCAGGACCCCCAUGCAGCGUCCCUUUGGAAGGCAUUUAAUUGCUUUUCAUCAUUUCCUCAACUUUAUAUCCUUCAAGCAGUCCUUUGGGCUUGACUCCGCCCGGUAACUUCCUGGUUUCCAUAGCUGUGACUAUUGCUUGUAUUCAGAGAUCCAUACUCAACAGGAUGGCCCAUCAGCCUGGGUAAUGUCCCAUUAAUGAGUAGUGGUAAGCGGCCUCACACCCCAUCAAAAAAUAUCACCUUGCCCCUCACAUGUCCUCCUCAUCGGAUUCAACAUCAAUACAUUGUAACAUUCAAAGUCUACUUUUAAUGCGGAGGGGGUGAUGAAAUAAGAGUACAUCUUGUCAUGACUGCCCUGUGAACCAGUCAUCUGGAUUUUGUUGAUGCCUUAUUCAUCUGAGUCUUUGCAAUAGUUCUUUGUCAGUAAAACUACCCCAACAAAAAGCACUUACUGCAUGUGGAACCCAAGUCAGUGUUUGUGUUGGGGUUACAGUACUGACCAGUUACAGGCAAGACUAGACCCCCCUCAUUUUCCCUGAUCAGCACAGCAAGGCUUUUAAUCCUGGAUUAAAUUAUGAAAACAAAUGUUGCCACAGUGCUGGUGGAUGAACAGUCGAGAACUUUCAUAUCCUCUUGGUGGUUUUUACCAUCCUAGACAACCCCAAAGAGAAGCACUUUUGUUGAAGCAAAUCAGCAGUGGCUCUGUUUGGAGUGAUCUAGGAGACAUUCUUGCAUGAUCAGACUUCAAGAACAAUGAAAAAAGGACGCGCACACACAGCUUUUUCUGUCAAGUAAAACUGCCCCAACAAGUAGCACUUACUGAGUUCAAGGUGCAAGUUAAUGCUCAAGUCAGGGUAGUGAUAUUGACCCUCAGCUCAGAAACAGUUCUGGACCAGUGUUUUCCUGAGCUAAAAUUCUGUUGUACAAGAAUAUAUCUCCCAGGGGGCUUUGGUAUUGACAGCUGAGAGUUGGUUUUCAGCAACACUACCCCAACAAGUAGCACUUACUGCUUUCACUUAUCUAGUCAGUGCAUGUGUUUGGGUAAUGCUGGUGACAUAAUCAUGACAAAUAAUAAGGAAUGAAAAAUAAUAAUAAAUAAUCAUGACAAAACCAGUAAGCCAUAAUGAAACAUGUCUUUGCCAGUAUUUUUCUGUUUCAUACCUGCUUUUUGGUGAAAAGACACCACCAACAAAACACCCCCAAAGAGAAGCACUUAUGAACAGAGAAAUCAUCAGUGUCUCUAUUUGAGGUGAUCAUGUUGUGCAUUUGCUGCAACCUCCUCCUGUCCAGCUGGUUGAAUUUGCCAUGUACAACCGCCCCAACAUGUAGCACUUACUGAAGGUCAGCAGCCAAGUCAAAUGCUCAGGUUGGGUUAAUCUUCAGGCCAUCAGUGAAUUUCUGUCCUGGUUAUAUAUGUCUUAGAUGCUACUUCCAGGACCCCCAUGCAGCGUCCCUUUGGAAGGCAUUUAAUUGCUUUUCAUCAUUUCCUCAACUUUAUAUCCUUCAAGCAGUCCUUUGGGCUUGACUCCGCCCGUUAACUUCCUGGUUUCCAUAGCUGUGACUAUUGCUUGUAUUCAGAGAUCCAUACUCAACAGGAUGGCCCAUCAGCCUGGGUAAUGUCCCAUUAAUGAGUAGUGGUAAGCAGCCUCACACCCCAUCAAAAAAUAUCACCUUGCCCCUCACAUGUCCUCCUCAUCGGAUUCAACAUCAUUACAUUGUAACAUUCAAAGUCUACUUUUAAUGUGGAGGGGGUGAUGAAAUAAGACUACAUCUUGUCAUGACUGCCCUGUGAACCAGUCAUCUGGAUUUUGUUGAUGCCUUAUUCAUCUGAGUCUUUGCAAUAGUUCUUUGUCAGUAAAACUACCCCAACAAAAAGCACUUACUGCAUGUGGAACCCAAGUCAGUGUUUGUGUUGGGGUUACAGUACUGACCAGUUACAGGCAAGACUAGACCCCCCUCAUUUUUCCCUGAUCAGCACAGCAAGGCUUUUAAUCCUGGAUUAAAUUAUGAAAACAAAUGUUGCCACAGUGCUGGUGGAUGAACAGUCGAGAACUUUCAUAUCCUCUUGGUGGUUUUUACCAUCCUAGACAACCCCAAAGAGAAGCACUUUUGUUGAAGCAAAUCAGCAGUGGCUCUGUUUGGAGUGAUCUAGGAGACAAUCUUGCAUGAUCAGACUUCAAGAACAAUGAAAAAAGGACGCACACACACAGCUUUUUCUGUCAAGUAAAACUGCCCCAACAAGUAGCACUUACUGAGUUCAAGGUGCAAGUUAAUGCUCAAGUCAGGGUAGUGAUAUUGACCCUCAGCUCAGAAACAGUUCUGGACCAGUGUUUUCCUGAGCUAAAAUUCUGUUGUACAAGAAUAUAUCUCCCAGGGGGCUUUGUGUAUUGACAGCUGAGAGUUGGUUUUCAGCAACACUACCCCAACAAGUAGCACUUACUGCUUUCACUUAUCUAGUCAGUGCAUGUGUUUGGGUAAUGCUGGUGACAUAAUCAUGACAAAUAAUAAGGAAUGAAAAAUAAUAAUAAAUAAUCAUGACAAAACCAGUAAGCCAUAAUGAAACAUGUCUUUGCCAGUAUUUUUCUGUUUCAUACCUGCUUUUUGGUGAAAAGACACCAACAAAACACCCCCAAAGAGAAGCACUUAUGAACAGAGAAAUCAUCAGUGUCUCUAUUUGAGGUGAUCAUGUUGUGCAUUUGCUGCAACCUCCUCCUGUCCAGCUCGUUGAAUUUGCCAUGUACAACCGCCCCAACAUGAAGCACUUCCUGAAGGUCAGCAGCCAAGUCAAAUGCUCAGGUUGGGUUAAUCUUCAGGCCAUCAGUGAAUUUCUGUCCUGGUUAUAUAUGUCUUAGAUGCUACUUCCAGGACCCCCAUGCAGCGUCCCUUUGGAAGGCAUUUAAUUGCUUUUCAUCAUUUCCUCAACUUUAUAUCCUUCAAGCAGUCCUUUGGGCUUGACUCCAACCGGUAACUUCCUGGUUUCCAUAGCUGUGACUAUUGCUUGUAUUCAGAGAUCCAUACUCAACAGGAUGGCCCAUCAGCCUGGGUAAUGUCCCAUUAAUGAGUAGUGGUAAGCGGCCUCACACCCCAUCAAAAAAUAUCACCUUGCCCCUCACAUGUCCUCCUCAUCGGAUUCAACAUCAUUACAUUGUAACAUUCAAAGUCUACUUUUAAUGCGGAGGGGGUGAUGAAAUAAGAGUACAUCUUGUCAUGACUGCCCUGUGAACCAGUCAUCUGGAUUUUGUUGAUGCCUUAUUCAUCUGAGUCUUUGCAAUAGUUCUUUGUCAGUAAAACUACCCCAACAAAAAGCACUUACUGCAUGUGGAACCCAAGUCAGUGUUUGUGUUGGGGUUACAGUACUGACCAGUUACAGGCAAGACUAGACCCCCCUCAUUUUUCCCUGAUCAGCACAGCAAGGCUUUUAAUCCUGGAUUAAAUUAUGAAAACAAAUGUUGCCACAGUGAAGGUGGAUGAACAGUCGAGAACUUUCAUAACCUCUUGGUGGUUUUUACCAUCCUAGACAACCCCAAAGAGAAGCACUUUUGUUGAAGCAAAUCAGCAGUGGCUCUGUUUGGAGUGAUCUAGGAGACAUUCUUGCAUGAUCAGACUUCAAGAACAAUGAAAAAAGGACGCGCACACACAGCUUUUUCUGUCAAGUAAAACUGCCCCAACAAGUAGCACUUACUGAGUUCAAGGUGCAAGUUAAUGCUCAAGUCAGGGUAGUGAUAUUGACCCUCAGCUCAGAAACAGUUCUGGACCAGUGUUUUCCUGAGCUAAAAUUCUGUUGUACAAGAAUAUAUCUCCCAGGGGGCUUCUGGUAUUGACAGCUGAGAGUUGGUUUUCAGCAACACUACCCCAACAAGUAGCACUUACUGCUUUCACUUAUCUAGUCAGUGCAUGUGUUUGGGUAAUGCUGGUGACAUAAUCAUGACAAAUAAUAAGGAAUGAAAAAUAAUAAUAAAUAAUCAUGACAAAACCAGUAAGCCAUAAUGAAACAUGUCUUUGCCAGUAUUUUUCUGUUUCAUACCUGCUUUUUGGUGAAAAGACACCAACAAAACACCCCCAAAGAGAAGCACUUAUGAACAGAGAAAUCAUCAGUGUCUCUAUUUGAGGUGAUCAUGUUGUGCAUUUGCUGCAACCUCCUCCUGUCCAGCUGGUUGAAUUUGCCAUGUACAACCGCCCCAACAUGUAGCACUUACUGAAGGUCAGCAGCCAAGUCAAAUGCUCAGGUUGGGUUAAUCUUCAGGCCAUCAGUGAAUUUCUGUCCUGGUUAUAUAUGUCUUAGAUGCUACUUCCAGGACCCCCAUGCAGCGUCCCUUUGGAAGGCAUUUAAUUGCUUUUCAUCAUUUCCUCAACUUUAUAUCCUUCAAGCAGUCCUUUGGGCUUGACUCCACCCGUUAACUUCCUGGUUUCCAUAGCUGUGACUAUUGCUUGUAUUCAGAGAUCCAUACUCAACAGGAUGGCCCAUCAGCCUGGGUGAUGUCUGCACCGCUAGUGGUAAGCGGCCUCACACCCCAUUAAAAAAUAUCACCUUGCCCCUCACAUGUCCUCCUCAUCGGAUUCAACAUCAUUACAUUGUAACAUUCAAAAUCUACUUUUAAUGUGGAGGGGGUGAUGAAAUAAGACUACAUCUUGUCAUGACUGCCCUGUGAACCAGUCAUCUGGAUUUUGUUGAUGCCUUAUUCAUCUGAGUCUUUGCAAUAGUUCUUUGUCAGUAAAACUACCCCAACAAAAAGCACUUACUGCAUGUGGAACCCAAGUCAGUGUUUGUGUUGGGGUUACAGUACUGACCAGUUACAGGCAAGACUAGACCCCCCUCAUUUUUCCCUGAUCAGCACAGCAAGGCUUUUAAUCCUGGAUUAAAUUAUGAAAACAAAUGUUGCCACAGUGCUGGUGGAUGAACAGUCGAGAACUUUCAUAUCCUCUUGGUGGUUUUUACCAUCCUAGACAACCCCAAAGAGAAGCACUUUUGUUGAAGCAAAUCAGCAGUGGCUCUGUUUGGAGUGAUCUAGGAGACAUUCUUGCAUGAUCAGACUUCAAGAACAAUGAAAAAAGGACGCGCACACACAGCUUUUUCUGUCAAGUAAAACUGCCCCAACAAGUAGCACUUACUGAGUUCAAGGUGCAAGUUAAUGCUCAAGUCAGGGUAGUGAUAUUGACCCUCAGCUCAGAAACAGUUCUGGACCAGUGUUUUCCUGAGCUAAAAUUCUGUUGUACAAGAAUAUAUCUCCCAGGGGGCUUUGGUAUUGACAGCUGAGAGUUGGUUUUCAGCAACACUACCCCAACAAGUAGCACUUACUGCUUUCACUUAUCUAGUCAGUGCAUGUGUUUGGGUAAUGCUGGUGACAUAAUCAUGACAAAUAAUAAGGAAUGAAAAAUAAUAAUAAAUAAUCAUGACAAAACCAGUAAGCCAUAAUGAAACAUGUCUUUGCCAGUAUUUUUCUGUUUCAUACCUGCUUUUUGGUGAAAAGACACCAACAAAACACCCCCAAAGAGAAGCACUUAUGAACAGAGAAAUCAUCAGUGUCUCUAUUUGAGGUGAUCAUGUUGUGCAUUUGCUGCAACCUCCUCCUGUCCAGCUCGGUUGAAUUUGCCAUGUACAACCGCCCCAACAUGUAGCACUUACUGAAGGUCAGCAGCCAAGUCAAAUGCUCAGGUUGGGUUAAUCUUCAGGCCAUCAGUGAAUUUCUGUCCUGGUUAUAUAUGUCUUAGAUGCUACUUCCAGGACCCCCAUGCAGCGUCCCUUUGGAAGGCAUUUAAUUGCUUUUCAUCAUUUCCUCAACUUUAUAUCCUUCAAGCAGUCCUUUGGGCUUGACUCCGCCCGGUAACUUCCUGGUUUCCAUAGCUGUGACUAUUGCUUGUAUUCAGAGAUCCAUACUCAACAGGAUGGCCCAUCAGCCUGGGUAAUGUCCCAUUAAUGAGUAGUGGUAAGCGGCCUCACACCCCAUCAAAAAAUAUCACCUUGCCCCUCACAUGUCCUCCUCAUCGGAUUCAACAUCAUUACAUUGUAACAUUCAAAGUCUACUUUUAAUGCGGAGGGGGUGAUGAAAUAAGACUACAUCUUGUCAUGACUGCCCUGUGAACCAGUCAUCUGGAUUUUGUUGAUGCCUUAUUCAUCUGAGUCUUUGCAAUAGUUCUUUGUCAGUAAAACUACCCCAACAAAAAGCACUUACUGCAUGUGGAACCCAAGUCAGUGUUUGUGUUGGGGUUACAGUACUGACCAGUUACAGGCAAGACUAGACCCCCCUCAUUUUUCCCUGAUCAGCACAGCACAGGCUUUUAAUCCUGGAUUAAAUUAUGAAAACAAAUGUUGCCACAGUGCUGGUGGAUGAACAGUCGAGAACUUUCAUAUCCUCUUGGUGGUUUUUACCAUCCUAGACAGCCCCAAAGAGAAGCACUUUUGUUGAAGAAAAACAGCAGUGGCUCUGUUUGGAGUGAUCUAGGAGACAUUCUUGCAUGAUCAGACUUCAAGAACAAUGAAAAAGGACGCACACACACAGCUUUUUCUGUCAAGUAAAACUGCCCCAACAAGUAGCACUUACUGAGUUCAAGGUGCAAGUUAAUGCUCAAGUCAGGGUAGUGAUAUUGACCCUCAGCUCAGAAACAGUUCUGGACCAGUGUUUUCCUGAGCUAAAAUUCUGUUGUACAAGAAUAUAUCUCCCAGGGGGCUUUGGUAUUGACAGCUGAGAGUUGGUUUUCAGCAACACUACCCCAACAAGUAGCACUUACUGCUUUCACUUAUCUAGUCAGUGCAUGUGUUUGGGUAAUGCUGGUGACAUAAUCAUGACAAAUAAUAAGGAAUGAAAAAUAAUAAUAAAUAAUCAUGACAAAACCAGUAAGCCAUAAUGAAACAUGUCUUUGCCAGUAUUUUUCUGUUUCAUACCUGCUUUUUGGUGAAAAGACACCAACAAAACACCCCCAAAGAGAAGCACUUAUGAACAGAGAAAUCAUCAGUGUCUCUAUUUGAGGUGAUCAUGUUGUGCAUUUGCUGCAACCUCCUCCUGUCCAGCUCGUUGAAUUUGCCAUGUACAACCGCCCCAACAUGUAGCACUUACUGAAGGUCAGCAGCCAAGUCAAAUGCUCAGGUUGGGUUAAUCUUCAGGCCAUCAGUGAAUUUCUGUCCUGGUUAUAUAUGUCUUAGAUGCUACUUCCAGGACCCCCAUGCAGCGUCCCUUUGGAAGGCAUUUAAUUGCUUUUCAUCAUUUCCUCAACUUUAUAUCCUUCAAGCAGUCCUUUGGGCUUGACUCCACCCGUUAACUUCCUGGUUUCCAUAGCUGUGACUAUUGCUUGUAUUCAGAGAUCCAUACUCAACAGGAUGGCCCAUCAGCCUGGGUAAUGUCCCAUUAAUGAGUAGUGGUAAGCGGCCUCACACCCCAUUAAAAAAUAUCACCUUGCCCCUCACAUGUCCUCCUCAUCGGAUUCAACAUCAUUACAUUGUAACAUUCAAAGUCUACUUUUAAUGCGGAGGGGGUGAUGAAAUAAGACUACAUCUUGUCAUGACUGCCCUGUGAACCAGUCAUCUGGAUUUUGUUGAUGCCUUAUUCAUCUGAGUCUUUGCAAUAGUUCUUUGUCAGUAAAACUACCCCAACAAAAAGCACUUACUGCAUGUGGAACCCAAGUCAGUGUUUGUGUUGGGGUUACAGUACUGACCAGUUACAGGCAAGACUAGACCCCCCUCAUUUUUCCCUGAUCAGCACAGCAAGGCUUUUAAUCCUGGAUUAAAUUAUGAAAACAAAUGUUGCCACAGUGCUGGUGGAUGAACAGUCGAGAACUUUCAUAUCCUCUUGGUGGUUUUUACCAUCCUAGACAACCCCAAAGAGAAGCACUUUUGUUGAAGCAAAUCAGCAGUGGCUCUGUUUGGAGUGAUCUAGGAGACAUUCUUGCAUGAUCAGACUUCAAGAACAAUGAAAAAAGGACGCGCACACACAGCUUUUUCUGUCAAGUAAAACUGCCCCAACAAGUAGCACUUACUGAGUUCAAGGUGCAAGUUAAUGCUCAAGUCAGGGUAGUGAUAUUGACCCUCAGCUCAGAAACAGUUCUGGACCAGUGUUUUCCUGAGCUAAAAUUCUGUUGUACAAGAAUAUAUCUCCCAGGGGGCUUUGGUAUUGACAGCUGAGAGUUGGUUUUCAGCAACACUACCCCAACAAGUAGCACUUACUGCUUUCACUUAUCUAGUCAGUGCAUGUGUUUGGGUAAUGCUGGUGACAUAAUCAUGACAAAUAAUAAGGAAUGAAAAAUAAUAAUAAAUAAUCAUGACAAAACCAGUAAGCCAUAAUGAAACAUGUCUUUGCCAGUAUUUUUCUGUUUCAUACCUGCUUUUUGGUGAAAAGACACCAACAAAACACCCCCAAAGAGAAGCACUUAUGAACAGAGAAAUCAUCAGUGUCUCUAUUUGAGGUGAUCAUGUUGUGCAUUUGCUGCAACCUCCUCCUGUCCAGCUCGUUGAAUUUGCCAUGUACAACCGCCCCAACAUGUAGCACUUACUGAAGGUCAGCAGCCAAGUCAAAUGCUCAGGUUGGGUUAAUCUUCAGGCCAUCAGUGAAUUUCUGUCCUGGUUAUAUAUGUCUUAGAUGCUACUUCCAGGACCCCCAUGCAGCGUCCCUUUGGAAGGCAUUUAAUUGCUUUUCAUCAUUUCCUCAACUUUAUAUCCUUCAAGCAGUCCUUUGGGCUUGACUCCACCCGUUAACUUCCUGGUUUCCAUAGCUGUGACUAUUGCUUGUAUUCAGAGAUCCAUACUCAACAGGAUGGCCCAUCAGCCUGGGUAAUGUCCCAUUAAUGAGUAGUGGUAAGCGGCCUCACACCCCAUUAAAAAAUAUCACCUUGCCCCUCACAUGUCCUCCUCAUCGGAUUCAACAUCAUUACAUUGUAACAUUCAAAAUCUACUUUUAAUGUGGAGGGGGUGAUGAAAUAAGACUACAUCUUGUCAUGACUGCCCUGUGAACCAGUCAUCUGGAUUUUGUUGAUGCCUUAUUCAUCUGAGUCUUUGCAAUAGUUCUUUGUCAGUAAAACUACCCCAACAAAAAGCACUUACUGCAUGUGGAACCCAAGUCAGUGUUUGUGUUGGGGUUACAGUACUGACCAGUUACAGGCAAGACUAGACCCCCCUCAUUUUUCCCUGAUCAGCACAGCAAGGCUUUUAAUCCUGGAUUAAAUUAUGAAAACAAAUGUUGCCACAGUGCUGGUGGAUGAACAGUCGAGAACUUUCAUAUCCUCUUGGUGGUUUUUACCAUCCUAGACAACCCCAAAGAGAAGCACUUUUGUUGAAGCAAAUCAGCAGUGGCUCUGUUUGGAGUGAUCUAGGAGACAUUCUUGCAUGAUCAGACUUCAAGAACAAUGAAAAAAGGACGCGCACACACAGCUUUUUCUGUCAAGUAAAACUGCCCCAACAAGUAGCACUUACUGAGUUCAAGGUGCAAGUUAAUGCUCAAGUCAGGGUAGUGAUAUUGACCCUCAGCUCAGAAACAGUUCUGGACCAGUGUUUUCCUGAGCUAAAAUUCUGUUGUACAAGAAUAUAUCUCCCAGGGGGCUUUGGUAUUGACAGCUGAGAGUUGGUUUUCAGCAACACUACCCCAACAAGUAGCACUUACUGCUUUCACUUAUCUAGUCAGUGCAUGUGUUUGGGUAAUGCUGGUGACAUAAUCAUGACAAAUAAUAAGGAAUGAAAAAUAAUAAUAAAUAAUCAUGACAAAACCAGUAAGCCAUAAUGAAACAUGUCUUUGCCAGUAUUUUUCUGUUUCAUACCUGCUUUUUGGUGAAAAGACACCAACAAAACACCCCCAAAGAGAAGCACUUAUGAACAGAGAAAUCAUCAGUGUCUCUAUUUGAGGUGAUCAUGUUGUGCAUUUGCUGCAACCUCCUCCUGUCCAGCUCGUUGAAUUUGCCAUGUACAACCGCCCCAACAUGUAGCACUUACUGAAGGUCAGCAGCCAAGUCAAAUGCUCAGGUUGGGUUAAUCUUCAGGCCAUCAGUGAAUUUCUGUCCUGGUUAUAUAUGUCUUAGAUGCUACUUCCAGGACCCCCAUGCAGCGUCCCUUUGGAAGGCAUUUAAUUGCUUUUCAUCAUUUCCUCAACUUUAUAUCCUUCAAGCAGUCCUUUGGGCUUGACUCCACCCGUUAACUUCCUGGUUUCCAUAGCUGUGACUAUUGCUUGUAUUCAGAGAUCCAUACUCAACAGGAUGGCCCAUCAGCCUGGGUAAUGUCCCAUUAAUGAGUAGUGGUAAGCGGCCUCACACCCCAUUAAAAAAUAUCACCUUGCCCCUCACAUGUCCUCCUCAUCGGAUUCAACAUCAUUACAUUGUAACAUUCAAAAUCUACUUUUAAUGUGGAGGGGGUGAUGAAAUAAGACUACAUCUUGUCAUGACUGCCCUGUGAACCAGUCAUCUGGAUUUUGUUGAUGCCUUAUUCAUCUGAGUCUUUGCAAUAGUUCUUUGUCAGUAAAACUACCCCAACAAAAAGCACUUACUGCAUGUGGAACCCAAGUCAGUGUUUGUGUUGGGGUUACAGUACUGACCAGUUACAGGCAAGACUAGACCCCCCUCAUUUUUCCCUGAUCAGCACAGCAAGGCUUUUAAUCCUGGAUUAAAUUAUGAAAACAAAUGUUGCCACAGUGCUGGUGGAUGAACAGUCGAGAACUUUCAUAUCCUCUUGGUGGUUUUUACCAUCCUAGACAACCCCAAAGAGAAGCACUUUUGUUGAAGCAAAUCAGCAGUGGCUCUGUUUGGAGUGAUCUAGGAGACAUUCUUGCAUGAUCAGACUUCAAGAACAAUGAAAAAAGGACGCGCACACACAGCUUUUUCUGUCAAGUAAAACUGCCCCAACAAGUAGCACUUACUGAGUUCAAGGUGCAAGUUAAUGCUCAAGUCAGGGUAGUGAUAUUGACCCUCAGCUCAGAAACAGUUCUGGACCAGUGUUUUCCUGAGCUAAAAUUCUGUUGUACAAGAAUAUAUCUCCCAGGGGGCUUUGGUAUUGCCAGCUGAGAGUUGGUUUUCAGCAACACUACCCCAACAAGUAGCACUUACUGCUUUCACUUAUCUAGUCAGUGCAUGUGUUUGGGUAAUGCUGGUGACAUAAUCAUGACAAAUAAUAAGGAAUGAAAAAUAAUAAUAAAUAAUCAUGACAAAACCAGUAAGCCAUAAUGAAACAUGUCUUUGCCAGUAUUUUUCUGUUUCAUACCUGCUUUUUGGUGAAAAGACACCAACAAAACACCCCCAAAGAGAAGCACUUAUGAACAGAGAAAUCAUCAGUGUCUCUAUUUGAGGUGAUCAUGUUGUGCAUUUGCUGCAACCUCCUCCUGUCCAGCUCGUUGAAUUUGCCAUGUACAACCGCCCCAACAUGUAGCACUUACUGAAGGUCAGCAGCCAAGUCAAAUGCUCAGGUUGGGUUAAUCUUCAGGCCAUCAGUGAAUUUCUGUCCUGGUUAUAUAUGUCUUAGAUGCUACUUCCAGGACCCCCAUGCAGCGUCCCUUUGGAAGGCAUUUAAUUGCUUUUCAUCAUUUCCUCAACUUUAUAUCCUUCAAGCAGUCCUUUGGGCUUGACUCCACCCGUUAACUUCCUGGUUUCCAUAGCUGUGACUAUUGCUUGUAUUCAGAGAUCCAUACUCAACAGGAUGGCCCAUCAGCCUGGGUAAUGUCCCAUUAAUGAGUAGUGGUAAGCGGCCUCACACCCCAUCAAAAAAUAUCACCUUGCCCCUCACAUGUCCUCCUCAUCGGAUUCAACAUCAUUACAUUGUAACAUUCAAAGUCUACUUUUAAUGCGGAGGGGGUGAUGAAAUAAGAGUACAUCUUGUCAUGACUGCCCUGUGAACCAGUCAUCUGGAUUUUGUUGAUGCCUUAUUCAUCUGAGUCUUUGCAAUAGUUCUUUGUCAGUAAAACUACCCCAACAAAAAGCACUUACUGCAUGUGGAACCCAAGUCAGUGUUUGUGUUGGGGUUACAGUACUGACCAGUUACAGGCAAGACUAGACCCCCCUCAUUUUUCCCUGAUCAGCACAGCAAGGCUUUUAAUCCUGGAUUAAAUUAUGAAAACAAAUGUUGCCACAGUGCUGGUGGAUGAACAGUCGAGAACUUUCAUAUCCUCUUGGUGGUUUUUACCAUCCUAGACAACCCCAAAGAGAAGCACUUUUGUUGAAGCAAAUCAGCAGUGGCUCUGUUUGGAGUGAUCUAGGAGACAAUCUUGCAUGAUCAGACUUCAAGAACAAUUAAAAAAAGGACGCACACACACAGCUUUUUCUGUCAAGUAAAACUGCCCCAACAAGUAGCACUUACUGAGUUCAAGGUGCAAGUUAAUGCUCAAGUCAGGGUAGUGAUAUUGACCCUCAGCUCAGAAACAGUUCUGGACCAGUGUUUUCCUGAGCUAAAAUUCUGUUGUACAAGAAUAUAUCUCCCAGGGGGCUUUGGUAUUGCCAGCUGAGAGUUGGUUUUCAGCAACACUACCCCAACAAGUAGCACUUACUGCUUUCACUUAUCUAGUCAGUGCAUGUGUUUGGGUAAUGCUGGUGACAUAAUCAUGACAAAUAAUAAGGAAUGAAAAAUAAUAAUAAAUAAUCAUGACAAAACCAGUAAGCCAUAAUGAAACAUGUCUUUGCCAGUAUUUUUCUGUUUCAUACCUGCUUUUUGGUGAAAAGACACCAACAAAACACCCCCAAAGAGAAGCACUUAUGAACAGAGAAAUCAUCAGUGUCUCUAUUUGAGGUGAUCAUGUUGUGCAUUUGCUGCAACCUCCUCCUGUCCAGCUCGUUGAAUUUGCCAUGUACAACCGCCCCAACAUGUAGCACUUACUGAAGGUCAGCAGCCAAGUCAAAUGCUCAGGUUGGGUUAAUCUUCAGGCCAUCAGUGAAUUUCUGUCCUGGUUAUAUAUGUCUUAGAUGCUACUUCCAGGACCCCCAUGCAGCGUCCCUUUGGAAGGCAUUUAAUUGCUUUUCAUCAUUUCCUCAACUUUAUAUCCUUCAAGCAGUCCUUUGGGCUUGACUCCACCCGGUAACUUCCUGGUUUCCAUAGCUGUGACUAUUGCUUGUAUUCAGAGAUCCAUACUCAACAGGAUGGCCCAUCAGCCUGGGUAAUGUCCCAUUAAUGAGUAGUGGUAAGCGGCCUCACACCCCAUCAAAAAAUAUCACCUUGCCCCUCACAUGUCCUCCUCAUCGGAUUCAACAUCAUUACAUUGUAACAUUCAAAAUCUACUUUUAAUGCGGAGGGGGUGAUGAAAUAAGACUACAUCUUGUCAUGACUGCCCUGUGAACCAGUCAUCUGGAUUUUGUUGAUGCCUUAUUCAUCUGAGUCUUUGCAAUAGUUCUUUGUCAGUAAAACUACCCCAACAAAAAGCACUUACUGCAUGUGGAACCCAAGUCAGUGUUUGUGUUGGGGUUACAGUACUGACCAGUUACAGGCAAGACUAGACCCCCUCAUUUUUCCCUGAUCAGCACAGCAAGGCUUUUAAUCCUGGAUUAAAUUAUGAAAACAAAUGUUGCCACAGUGCUGGUGGAUGAACAGUCGAGAACUUUCAUAUCCUCUUGGUGGUUUUUACCAUCCUAGACAACCCCAAAGAGAAGCACUUUUGUUGAAGCAAAUCAGCAGUGGCUCUGUUUGGAGUGAUCUAGGAGACAUUCUUGCAUGAUCAGACUUCAAGAACAAUGAAAAAAGGACGCACACACAGCUUUUUCUGUCAAGUAAAACUGCCCCAACAAGUAGCACUUACUGAGUUCAAGGUGCAAGUUAAUGCUCAAGUCAGGGUAGUGAUAUUGACCCUCAGCUCAGAAACAGUUCUGGACCAGUGUUUUCCUGAGCUAAAAUUCUGUUGUACAAGAAUAUAUCUCCCAGGGGGCUUUGGUAUUGACAGCUGAGAGUUGGUUUUCAGCAACACUACCCCAACAAGUAGCACUUACUGCUUUCACUUAUCUAGUCAGUGCAUGUGUUUGGGUAAUGCUGGUGACAUAAUCAUGACAAAUAAUAAGGAAUGAAAAAUAAUAAUAAAUAAUCAUGACAAAACCAGUAAGCCAUAAUGAAACAUGUCUUUGCCAGUAUUUUUCUGUUUCAUACCUGCUUUUUGGUGAAAAGACACCAACAAAACACCCCCAAAGAGAAGCACUUAUGAACAGAGAAAUCAUCAGUGUCUCUAUUUGAGGUGAUCAUGUUGUGCAUUUGCUGCAACCUCCUCCUGUCCAGCUCGUUGAAUUUGCCAUGUACAACCGCCCCAACAUGUAGCACUUACUGAAGGUCAGCAGCCAAGUCAAAUGCUCAGGUUGGGUUAAUCUUCAGGCCAUCAGUGAAUUUCUGUCCUGGUUAUAUAUGUCUUAGAUGCUACUUCCAGGACCCCCAUGCAGCGUCCCUUUGGAAGGCAUUUAAUUGCUUUUCAUCAUUUCCUCAACUUUAUAUCCUUCAAGCAGUCCUUUGGGCUUGACUCCACCCGUUAACUUCCUGGUUUCCAUAGCUGUGACUAUUGCUUGUAUUCAGAGAUCCAUACUCAACAGGAUGGCCCAUCAGCCUGGGUAAUGUCCCAUUAAUGAGUAGUGGUAAGCGGCCUCACACCCCAUCAAAAAAUAUCACCUUGCCCCUCACAUGUCCUCCUCAUCGGAUUCAACAUCAUUACAUUGUAACAUUCAAAGUCUACUUUUAAUGCGGAGGGGGUGAUGAAAUAAGACUACAUCUUGUCAUGACUGCCCUGUGAACCAGUCAUCUGGAUUUUGUUGAUGCCUUAUUCAUCUGAGUCUUUGCAAUAGUUCUUUGUCAGUAAAACUACCCCAACAAAAAGCACUUACUGCAUGUGGAACCCAAGUCAGUGUUUGUGUUGGGGUUACAGUACUGACCAGUUACAGGCAAGACUAGACCCCCCUCAUUUUUCCCUGAUCAGCACAGCAAGGCUUUUAAUCCUGGAUUAAAUUAUGAAAACAAAUGUUGCCACAGUGCUGGUGGAUGAACAGUCGAGAACUUUCAUAUCCUCUUGGUGGUUUUUACCAUCCUAGACAACCCCAAAGAGAAGCACUUUUGUUGAAGCAAAUCAGCAGUGGCUCUGUUUGGAGUGAUCUAGGAGACAUUCUUGCAUGAUCAGACUUCAAGAACAAUGAAAAAAGGACGCACACACACAGCUUUUUCUGUCAAGUAAAACUGCCCCAACAAGUAGCACUUACUGAGUUCAAGGUGCAAGUUAAUGCUCAAGUCAGGGUAGUGAUAUUGACCCUCAGCUCAGAAACAGUUCUGGACCAGUGUUUUCCUGAGCUAAAAUUCUGUUGUACAAGAAUAUAUCUCCCAGGGGGCUUCUGUGUUGACAGCUGAGAGUCCGUUUUCAGCAACACUACCCCAACAAGUAGCACUUACUGCUUUCACUUAUCUAGUCAGUGCAUGUGUUUGGGUAAUGCUGGUGACAUAAUCAUGACAAAUAAUAAGGAAUGAAAAAUAAUAAUAAAUAAUCAUGACAAAACCAGUAAGCCAUAAUGAAACAUGUCUUUGCCAGUAUUUUUCUGUUUCAUACCUGCUUUUUGGUGAAAAGACACCAACAAAACACCCCCAAAGAGAAGCACUUAUGAACAGAGAAAUCAUCAGUGUCUCUAUUUGAGGUGAUCAUGAUGUGCAUUUGCUGCAACCUCCUCCUGUCCAGCUCGUUGAAUUUGCCAUGUACAACCGCCCCAACAUGUAGCACUUACUGAAGGUCAGCAGCCAAGUCAAAUGCUCAGGUUGGGUUAAUCUUCAGGCCAUCAGUGAAUCUCUGUCCUGGUUAUAAAUGUCUUAGAAUUUGUAUUUAGUUUCUAAUCAGCAGGUUAAUUGUGCAAUAGAAAUAGAUUAAUAUCAAUACAACCCCACAUUAAGAAUUGAUAUUUUUGGUUAGUCUAUUUCAGUCAUUUUAUUUCAUUGGGGGAAAGACUGUGUAUUUUCAGGAUUCAAUAAUAAGAAAACCCUCAGUUUUCAGUUUGAAAAAAACGGAUUGCUACAGAAGGACAGUGUUUCGAUUACACUUAAGGUGAGUUUUUCCCUGUCAAAACCAUAAUGAAGUUUUACAUUUUGUUGUAGAAAACACACACUUGAUUCAUGGAAACAUGAAAACAUAUUUGAGUGAAACUUUAUCAAACUCUUAAUUUUAAAGGCUGUACAUAAGAAAUUUCUUUUCACUUAAUUUUGUCUGUUUUUGUAAGUUUUUAAAUAGAUUUACAUUUUUAAACGCAGAGAUUUCUCACAAUUACAUGAACUUUUCUGCUGUUAAACAUGCAGGACAGGACCACAGUGGUCAGUGGUGGGCAGGACUUUAGCUUCAUCAUUCAAUGCAUCACUUUUAAACUAACUAUUCUCAAAGUCUCGACGAUAACACAAGUUUGUAUGAUAAUAUUGUCAUGAAAUCUUACGGUCUCCAUGUCGUUGCUGUUGUCCUCUCUGUUCAGGUAUUUGUCAGAGUUUGAGUCUUUAGUCGUCUGGGGAGGUUUUAUUUACGAUGGAGCUGUCAAAAGGUGAAAGUUUGUGAGCCACAGAAGUUUUUCGUGUCGAUCUUCAGAUUGAAUCUUCAGAAAUGACCACUCUUUAUCGACUUGUAAUGAUUUAAAGUUUUUACAUCGUCACAGGUUACCAUGGAGAUUUAAAAUGCUGUUUACUUUAGAAAAACACUUACACUGGUAGGUUAUAUCUAAAAGUUUAAUAUCAACUUUAAUUCACUUUAAUCUCAAAGGAAUAUAAAUAUCUCUUGAGGUAAAGUUGAGGUUAUUUUCUGUCAACUAGUUUAAGAGUUUAAAAAGCAUAUUAAAUCAAAAACCUUCAUUAUUUCUUUACAGAACUACCCAUUUUUGAAAACUAUAUCUUAGUAUGUCUCAUAGGUAAUCCAACAAAAACUGGAAAAUUAGUGUUUAAUUAUAAUUUCCACUAAAUAUUUUUACUUAUAUUUAAUUUUCAUACCUUUAAAUAUGUUUUUCACAACAUCUGAGGUCAGUAGAUUUUCUUGUAAAAAAUAUAGGCAACUAAAAAUAGCCCAUAUAUUCCUAUCAUAUCAAUAUUUUAGAGCAGUAACUUAGGGACUGCUGGCCUGCCCUGAACCAUUCUUCGUCAGGCCCCUCGCCAGAGACAAGUUUGUCAUUGGAGACCCUACCAGGAGCACACAGCUCCAGACAAGAAAGCUCUCAGGGUCAUAGGGACACACAAACCCCUCCACCACGGAAAGGUGAUGGUUCCUGGAGAGGGUUUUUUUUUUCUUUUUUUUGGGGUCUUUUUUUGGUAUUUUUAUUUCUUUUUUUCCUAUUGCACAUCAGAGGGCGUGCUGCAUAUGUGGAGAGGUAGUUGAGUUCUUCAUGGUCUUCCACUUGGAGUCACGGGCAUCAGCCAUGGUGCUACUCUUCUUUUCUCCACUGAUGAUUUUCCUUUGCCAUAAAAUCCUGAGUUGGCAUCACAGCCUGUAAAACAGUGUAGCUGCACAACGCAUUGUGCCAUCUCUUCUGUUAGCAUGCCAUGACAGAGGACUGUCUCUUUGUUCCUCUUGAGGCAUAGCAUGCCAGGGAGCAGCUGUGAGAUGACCGAUGCUGCAACGUAGACAUCCGUAUCAGCUGCAUCAAUAACAACGGGGCCACUAUAGCCUGACUGCCGUAGACCUGCAUGAACAGUGAAGAGGAUGGUGUCAGCUUCCGACUGUUCAAUGCUGUAGUCUUCCAUCGGUUGUUGUGUUGACAAGUUGGUGCAAUGUGCAAUGCAAAAUGCAAUGCAAUUAGAUAGCCUUGAGCUUGAAGAGGAGGUAGAACAAAAGCUAUUUGCAUUCACGAGACAAGUGAUCUAUGGAGACAAGAAGAGUAGCACCAUGGCUGAUGCUCGUGCCUCCAAGUGGAAGACCAUGAAGAGAAAAUUGUCUAUCCGUCUCUCUCCAGAUGCAGACAGCUUAUGGCAACACUGUCUCCGCGCCAACUACUCGGCAUAUCUAGUGCGCCACCCCACACUGAAGAAUCACCCCUCGCCACUUGGACAUGGUUGGGAAUUGGUGGUUGGUCGCUGUCGUCCUGUCCACCACACACAGCCUGCUCUCCCCACACACUUACCUGCACCAGGGCCAGUUGAAGAGGAAGAAGAAGUUGAGAGUGAGGAGGAGGAGGAGGAUGUUGCUCAGAGGAGGGUGGAGUCAUCUGAAUCUGAUGAGUCAGAAAGCAGGGACACCGAAUUCUCUGAUUCAGACUAACAAGUGUUUUGUG